GCCUGGAGAGCCUGGUCGCCCCCCUCCCCACGUCGCCUCUGCUGCGCUGAGGGGCCUCCGGAGGCGACUAGCGCAAUAGGACGGCGGAGCUCGCCUCGCUGAGGAAGCCGGCGCCAAAGCUCGACAUCUUGGUCGCGACCCAAGUUCGUAGCCGGGGCUCCCGGGGCUCCGGAGCGCUCUCCCUACCCGUCUCCCUCGCCUCUCGCCUGGGCGGCGCUUGCCCUUCGCCCCCGUCGCCCGCUGGCGGCUCGCCCCAAGCUGACACACGCCGAGCAGAUGUGAGCGAGCCUGGCCAGAGACCCGCAGCCGCUCCGCAACAGCCAGCUCGUUAGCAACAGUGUCCCGCCAGGUCCCAGCGGGAGAAAUAUGUGGCAGCCGGCAAGCGAGAGACUGCAGGUAAGCGAGGGGAAGCGGCUGCUGCCGCCGGUGCCGGAGGCGGCGGUUAUUAGGACGGGGAAAGUGUGGGGGGUGGGGUGGGGGGUGAGACGGAGAGACGCACUCUUCUUGUCAUGUGAUUGCAAUAUUUGUGGCGAAGUGAGUAAGGGGCAGCGAAAACAACAACUUGGCGCCCUCCUCCGCCUGAGCCUGCCUGGCAGAUCCUUCUCUCGCAACUUUCCUCCUUCGCCAGGCGCAUUCCACAACGGACUGGACGGGGCUGAGAUGGGGAGUCUUGACUCCAGAUGUGCUCCUUUCUGCAAAAAGCGCAGAUGACUUGCAGAUCGUGGAUUCUGGGGGCGGGGGGGGGAUCCGUCUCUGGCUCCGAAAGGAGCUUCUCUUGAGUGAGAUGUGUAAGGAAGAAUCCUUCCUGACUCUUUAUAAAGAGUCCUCUGCCUCAAAUCGUUGAAUUCCACUUCUAAAAGGUUUUUUUUUGUUUUUAAUAAAGAAACAUACUGUGUGUGUGUGUGUGUGUGUGUGUGUGUGUGUGUGUGUGUGUGUGUGUGUGUUUGGCCGGGGAAACGAGGGACUGACGUUUUGUAGGGCGCGCAGGAAUUUUCAUUGACAUCUGCUUGCAAACGACGAGUUGAUGGGAUCUGGUUUGGAAUAUAGAAGAGUAGACUGUUAUUGCUCAACCCGUUCCUUCUCCUUCCACCCCCCAUGUUGGCUGAACGUGAUGCUUUUUUUUUUUGUAGAGGAGUCAUUAACAAAAACGAAUCGAGGUCCCUAGUGAGUGUGCGUUCGUGCGCGCGCGGGAGGGGGGGGAGUGGUAGAGCAGGGGUGUUCUUGCUUGCAGGUCUCUCUCUCCUCCUCUCUCUUGCUCUGUCUUUUUUUUCUCUUUUUUUGCUCUAAAAUAUUCUCCAGAUGGUCAGCCAGAAAGACUGCCAGAUAAAUUUACAGAAUCCCACAGACAAACUUUUUGGCAGACCGAAGCUGCAUUAAAUCUCAGAGUAAACUUUGAAGAAAUUCUAAAGUGGCAAAACAAAACAGUAUUGGAGGCCGAAUGGUUUUGAAGGCAUGAGUGGAAGAAAAUAUGCUAAUGCAGAAUAUUUAUUUGUAAGGGAAGGGCCAGAGGUUGGCAGGCAUGUGUGAGGACCUGUAUAUUGGAUGGGAGACACAUGCUGGUGUUUUCUUGCUGCAAGUAUGAUCUGUUUUACAGUGGUGGGUUUAGAGUGUGAGUUUAGAGCACAUAAUAUUGCAGUCUUGAUGGUGCUGAGUUGAUACGGGGACAACUUUUGAAAGUUGCUUCUGUGGUUUUACUAUGAUUCAUCCAGCCGUAAUAUGAGGAGUUAUUGACUUCUCCCUGCAAAUAUUUGGGAAUAAAAGCCUGUUGUAUCCCUCUGAAGAUCAUUCACUGGUAGUUGCAGUAACUCUUUAGUGUGGUCCCCCCCCCCAUUGAGUAUUGGUCUCCUGAAUGCACAAUAAUUAAAAUCCUAUUGAAGCUGUUCAGAUGCUGUAUGCUUUACUUAAGGUAGUAUGUGUGGGCUCCAAAGCACAUGUCUCUUGGAAAGCAAACUGUUCUGGCUUGCUUUCUGCGUUGUGAUUUUUCCACACUAGAAAUAUCAGCUUUUUGUUCAGGGAAUAUUUGGCUAUAAUAACAUUGGCUUCAUGUUUUACAUUGUCAUUUUAGCAGUGUUGUUUUCUAAAAUUGGGCUGUUAUGUAAAACUGCUGGCAAACUAAAGAAAUGAGCAAUAGUUCAGCAGACUUUUAUAAAAGAAGUCCAUCAUCUACCAUUAUGAAACACGCUCUUAAAAUAAGGUUCUUCUGCUCUCCAAGCUGAAGUCCUCAAGCCAUUUAUUUGAGCAUGUAAUUAUCUGGAGUAGAUAAUAGGUAUAGAUCUAGGCCUGGCACCAGGAUCUUAAAAUGUAGAGAUAAAGAUGCCAUUAUAUUUUGCUGAGUUGUAGUACAACUGACUAUAUUUGUGUUGCUCUUCUAGAUAGGUGUUAUGGUUCAAACACUCUUAAAAAAUACUGAUGUUUCAAAGAAUACUGACAUUUCAAAGGUAUCUAACAGUUAUGAUUAUUUCCUUUUAAAACAGAAAAUUGUCCUUGUGACAAUUCAUGUCCUUGAAACUUCUUAAGGGAUCUUGCCUUAAAACUACCUGUGAAUUGCAACUUUGUAUUUGCAGAACAAGAGUACAGUAAUAGAGUGUGUCUACCACUCUUUCCGUUCUAUUGGCCUUCCUAGAUAGAAGCAAAGUACAUUUCUGAAUGCUUCGGUAAAACCUCUUCCUUUGAGGCACUUUCAUGUUAAGAUAAAAAAACUUGAGUAAAAGAAAAUACUAGUAUUUCUUAAGUUGCCCCCCCCCCCCAAAUCAGGCAAACAUAGUAGAGUUUUUAUGGCGCAAGCGGUAUGUGUGUUUAAUUGACUGGGGUCUUGGAUUAUUGGGAUGUGUCAUCUUAAUCUCCUGCUGAGUACUUUGCAUAGUUUCUGAAAAUAGAUUUAGAGAGCUACAACUCCCAGAGUUCCAAUGAGCCGUGGAAGAUAUGAGUAUGCUCUAAUGUCCUCACUACAGAGAGCUGAUGCUCCUCUCUCUCCCAUGUCUUUGGAAGAAUGCUACAAAAAAAGUUCAGAGAUCCUAGCCCAUCCACUCCCAGUCAAAGUGAGGGUGUUGUGGCCAUCUCUAUUCAGCAGAGCAAAGAGCCUCCAAAGAGAGCUUCAGUACAUGAAAUAGACUGUCGCUUUAUUGCUGUGGGAAAGACUGGGCAACAUGGCCAAGGUAAUGGGUCACACUGAUCCCUUUCAAAAACACUGCCUUGCUCAGGACCACAUUAACAUAAUAAGUUUCUUCUUAAGACCUAGGUGUUCAAGGCACGUAAAUGCAUAGCAUUUCUCUUGGUCAAUGAGCUAGGAAUAUUUAAAAAAAAAUCUUCCCAAAGUUCAUUUUUAUAGUGCAGGAACACCACAACUUGAUAAACUGGAGAGUAAACAUAGGAAGCUGCCCUAUUUUUCACAUUUUCUUCUCAUCCAUCUAGUUUAGUAUUGUUUACAUUUCCUAGGAUUUUGGUCUGGGGUGUCUCCAAAUCUUCCCCUUCCCUUUCUCUCCCCACUGCAGACCCUUGCCUACAUCCAAGCUUUUCUAGAACAGUAGUCUUCAACUUUUCAAACCUGUAACCAAAACUUGCAUUUGUAGACCCAGUUUCAUUUUUCAUUUUACCAUAUGGAAUCACAUUUUUUGGGGUGGGGUGGCAUGCAGUUGUGUUAUAUUGAAUUAGGCUAUUGGUCUUGGUCAGGCAUAGGCAAACUAAGGCCUCCAGAUGUUUUGGGACUACAACUCCCAUCAUCCCUGACCACUGGACCACUGUUAGCUAGGGAUGAUGGGAGUUGUAGUCCUAAAACAUCUGGAGGGCUGAGUUUGCCUAUGCCUGGUCUACGUGCUGCAGUGUUCUAUAAUCUAGCCUUUGCUAACAUUACUGCCUCCAGAUGGUUUGAACUGCAACUGCCUGAUAGGAGUUGUGAUCCAUAAUAUUUAGAGGGCACCAGUUUGGCAAAGUCUAGCUUAAUCUGACUAGCACUGGCCUCCAAGGCAAAGUUCUUCCUAGCUGCUCCUUUAACUGGAGUAGGCAGAAGUUAAACCUGGAAACUUUAAAUAUCCUAAGCAUGGUUUGGUGAAUAUUUUACAUAGAGUAAAAUAUUGAAAUUAAUGACUCUAACUUAGCCAUGCUUAUUACUUUCAGUGGGUCUGCUCUGAUAAAACAUAGUUUAAUGCCUUCCAAUUUUUACAAGCCAUACACUAACAAUAAAAGGAAAUAAGAACCGUUGAUCUGGAUGAACAGUCAGAUUAAAAUUAGAUAAAUUAAAUUGCUUCAAAUCUAUAGAUGCUCUCUCAUCUGAAGAUGAUAAAAUAUAGAAAAGUAUGUUUUAAGUUUUUUUUUAAAUAGAAAAAUGGAAAAAGCUCUCUUUUAGAAGGUGAAAAUUGUCAAAUGCUUCUGCAAACCAUACUCAUAGUGAGUGUAUCUAAUUUAAAGCCUACUGUUCUGAGUUGGCAGAAGUUUUUCCCCUGCCUUUCACGUACUUCACAUUUUAAGAUAAUAAAUAUACAUGGGAACAUGAGACCCACAGAAACUAAGGCAAAACAAAGCUUGCUGUGCCCUUUCACUAUAUCAACUUCAUAAAGUUUCUAAAACAAAUACCUAGAAAGAAAUAUCUGAACAUAUUAAACACAGGUAUUGGUCUCUGGCAGAUAUUGUGCCUUGGAGGUUAUAUUAUUUCUGCAGCUGGAACUGAGGGAUUGAUUUCAAAGAAAAGAGCAGAAAAUUUGGAGACUUGAACUGAUGCAGUUUAGCCAAGUCUGAUUUGGUCUCUCUGAAUUUCAAUAUUUUUAGUUUACUGAUCGCCUGCCUAUUUUCAGACACAAUUUCCUCAUUCUAAUACAUGAUAGCCUAUGGACCACUGAUGGCACUGAUGUAAAGGCAAAGUAUACCCAACUGGGGCAGAUUGGCUUACUAUCAUCAUGUCCAAAAUGUGGGUUGGAGGCCAGAUUUUCAGAGCAAAGGAGCACAUUGUUGUGGGGUGUUCAUUUCUACUGUCUGCUGUUUACACCCAAAUGCAUACCCCACCCAGCCAGGCUAUGAUACUGGAAAUAAGUUUGACCAAGAGAAAAGUGCUGUGUAUUGGGGGGGGGGGGCGUUGUUCUAAAAAAUGGACCUCCCACUUCAUACGAUCACACACUAGGUGGAGGCCUUUGAAGACUUUGCUUCCACCCACAAGUAGAGAACUCUGCAGCCUUAAAGGACCAACCCUCUGUCCUGAGGACAGGAACUUCACCUCUAUUCCACAGUCUUCUUCCUGGUGCAUUACCUGCUUCUCUGGACUGUGCAGUGGGCGCCAUCUCAUUCUUGAGACUCGGGAGACUGUGCCUGUGAGGGUCGUGAGUUCUGUCCCUAUAGGCCCUGGUGGUCUGAGAGGUUCCACAAGCUAUUCCUGUCCCUCAGCCCCUAGUGCAAUGGUCUCCCUAUCUUGUGGCCUUGCAGCCUUUUUGUUCAGAUAACUGCUAGAUUCAAGGCUCAUGACAUGGUUGAACAAUGAGAAGGAUACAGGACUACAAACUGUUAGAAUUCCUGCUCCAUGAUUGCAGUCAUGGGAUUUUUGUCUAUCACAUGACGGUAUAUGUUUUGACUCCACAGAGUGGGACGUGACGGAGACAGGAUGUUUGUGUUACUGUGUUCCGUGAAGUGGGACUAUUGUCCUUUGUUCUUUUUCUCUUUGCUGUCUGAUGCUAGAGAGAGAGGGAGCCAUCUUGCAGUGCUCCAUGUGUGUUUAUAUGUAAAUAAAGUAGAUUAGCCAAAAUGCUGAGUUGCUGAGGUCUGUCACGCGCAUGCUGUGCAAACUCUGUGGAUCCCUAAGUGUGCCGGUGUCAGUUGGCAUCGGUUGCUGUGAUGUUUGGGCUGAAGAAAGCUUUUGAAGCUCCCGAACGAAAGACCAGGAGGGAGAGAACAUGCCAGUCAGGCAUGUGUCUCUGCCAGGGUCCUACUCGAGUGUAGGCUGAACUCCUGACACAAACCAUCUUUGCAAAUUAUUUAUAGAACUGGUUGAGAUAUGCAUAUCCAUCACUUUAAACACUCACAUUUGUGAAAAGCUCUUCAUGGAUGACCUCAGACAGUGACUAGUGCCAACUGAGCUGCAAUAUUUUUCUCUGGAUUCAGUUCUCACAUUCAGCUGUCAGCCAUUGUAGUGGAAAAAGCAAAGUGCUGCUUCAGUUUCACUUCUGCUUGGGAUGCUAUAAUGUCUGGACAACAGUUCUAGAAACAUCAUAAUAUCCAGGGUACAUCUACACUGAACUUUGUAGUGUUGCCAGGGCACGAACCGCAUGGUGGCUCUGUCAUUGAAGACUGAGGUAUUCUGAUGAGCCACAGCUUCAUUUCUAACUUUGCAGCCAGCUGUGAUAUUGGCAGCUAGCCAGUUCCUAGUCCCAGAAGGAGUGAUUGUGUUUGCAGUGCUUUGCUACAAUGGUAGUGUUAAAAUGGACAUAAGUGCUGUAGCCUUCAUUGGAACAUUGGAGCCUUCAUUUGUUCUAUUGCAUUAGAACAAAUUAGUUGAUGGUAUAUGUGUUUGUAUCUUUUUUAAAAAUCUGGCACUUGGUUUGGAAUGAGAAAAUAUUUUACUAGAGGAAAACAGGUGAUGAAAACAAUGUACAGAACAGUGUAGUAAUUGUAGUAUAAAAUUGUAGUUGCUAGCACAGUUAUAGCUCAGAGAAUGGGCUUCCUAUAACCAGGAUGGAAGCAGUGAAUUUUGAAAAAUAAUAACAAUUCAGUCCUUGCUGACUGAUAUAGGUGGCUUCAAAUUCUUGUCUAGAAUGGCAGGGACUUUUUAUUUUGGAGAAAAAUAAUAAAGAUAUUAUAACUGAUACCACUGCUUGAGAGUUUGUCAUAUUCUUGCAUUAAGUUUAGACUUAUUUGGAUCUUGAGUGCCUAAAAUGAAGUUUUUGAUAACUUGGAUGAUUUUGUAUUUGUGCAUGGAUGUUAAAGGUGAGGGUUUCCUUUCUCUAAGCUUGUAUUUUCAUCUCUCUUUUAUUAAUCUGUUAAAAGAAAUACUAAACAAUGUGCAGAUGCCUGUUAGAGGUUCUCGUGUUAAUAUUGGUAGUAUGAAGGAAUACCCAUUGAUGGGAUACAGAGACACAUGCAGAAACAUCCUUACUUAGAAAAUACCAGUAGCUUUGCAUUUAAUCUUGAACUUUCGCAUGUGUGAAUUAACUAACUAUGGCAGUGUAUGGAUUGAAGUGCAUUAUAUAUUUAUGGUGUGAUGUUAACAGAGUAAUCAAUGUACUGGCUGAGAAAAUACUACCUUUGUUUUUGCUGUUGCUUCCUAUUUAUUUUCAUACUAUCUAAGCUGUAAGACAAAAGAUGAAAUUGAACAUGUCUGCCUCUCACCCUUAAUUAGAUCUUAAGUCCCACACAGUUUUUCUCUCUCUUAAGGUUGCAUUUGUUCUUAAUUGAGAUGAUGUGAAGAGUGGAGGAAUGUUUUGAGGAAAAACCUUUUUCUUUCUUGUGGCUCAAACAUACAACUUGGAUUGGGGGCGUGUGCAGUGGAUUGAAUAAUCUUACAAAAAAGAUGUUUCAGAAUUUUACAGGAUUCUUAUUGAUUUUGUUCUCAAAACAUGAGUUUUAAAAUGUAUAGCCCUGUCUGUGUCAAAGGCCUGAGACAGAUAGUAUCUCACUGCUCUGGAGGUUGCAUGUAAUAAGACUAGUUACUGUAAAUGUUAGGUUGGUUUUCAUGGCUUUUGGAACAGAUGGCUCCGUGUUCAAAGCUAGCAGAUGUUAGAAUUGUAUCUGUUAUUGUGGUGACAGCUUAGUGAUGAGUUGUUGACAUACUUGCAAAAAAUACCAUUUUUUAAAUUGGAGAAUUAACUUCAUUACUAAGCUAUGUUUUCUGUGUCUCUCAGCACUACAUUACAUUUGAUGAUAAAUAAGCAAUACUUACUAAUCUUCUCAGGUAAAAUGGGAUUUGUAUGAUACAAUCCUCUAUUUACUGCAGAACACCCUAAUUGGCUUCAGGAGGAUUAUUCCAGAGUUACUUAUCGGAUCCACCCAGCCAUGGCAAAACUGUCAUCGGAAAUCAAUUAACUGCAUACUGAUCUUCAGAUUUUGCUCAUCCAAUGCAAAUUCAUCAGUAUUAUUAAUGUGAGAAGUCUGUCACAGGCACAUAUAAAAUUCGUUUUUGCCCUUCUCUGGGCACAGGUAAUCCAUGUUCUUAACAUUCAUUUUACAUGUUUUUAUAUAGCAUCUUAGACAAUACCUACAGUUUAAAACCAUUAUAUUUAAAGCACAUUAUAAUGAAUUAGAAUGCAGCCAUACAUUUUAAAGGUGGCAAACCUGUGGUCUCCACAUCAUUUAUUCCUGCAUUUCAGGGGGUUGUCAACCUGGUCCCUACUGCCCACUAGUGGGCAUUUCAGGAUUCUAGGUGGGCGGUAGGGGGUUCUACGGCACAAGCUGAAUCCUCCUUCCAUCGAGCACUGGUGGGCGGUAAGGAAAUUUUACCAUCAAGAAAGAUGCAUUAGUGGGUGGUAGGUAUAAAAAGGUUGACUACCCCUGGACUAGAUGAUCCUCAGGCUCCUACAGUUCUGUGAUUUACCAUCUUUCCCAUUAGACUUGCUUGUUACCAUUCCACUGAGAAAGAUAUGUUUGUAUCUAAAUUUCCAUUUCCAAGCUAUCUUCUAAGACCACAAGUAGAUCAGACCAACAUCUAUCCAAUCCAGCACCCUGUUUUCUACAGUGGCCAAUUAGAUGCCUAGAGGAAGCUCAUACACAGGACAUGAACACAGUAGCUCUCUCCUGCUGUUGUUCCACAGCAACUGGCAUUCAGAGUCAUACUUCCUCUGAACCUGGAGUUACUAUACAAUCAUCAUGCUAGAUGAUGAACCUGGAGUUAUUAUACAAUCAUCAUGCUAGAUGUUGUUGUUGUUUAGUUGUUUAGUCGUGUCCGACUCGUCGAGACCCCAUAGACCAGAGCACGCCUUCUGUCUCCCACUGCCUCCUGCAGUUUGGUCAAACUCAUGCUGGUAGCUUCGAGAACACUAUCCAACCAUCUCAUCCUCUGUCGUCCCCUUCUCCUUGUGCCCUCCAUCUUUUCCAACAUCAGGGUCUUUUCCAGGGAGUCUUCUCUUCUCAUGAGGUGGCCAAAGUAUUGCAGCCUCAGCUUCACGAUCUGUCCUUCCAGUGAGCACUCAGGGCUGAUUUCCUUCAGAAUGGAUAGGUUUGAUCUUCUUGCAGUCCAUGGGACUCUCAAGAGUCUCCUCCAGCACCAUAAUUCAAAAGCAUCAAUUCUUUGGUGAUGAGCCUUCUUUAUGGUCCAGCUCUCACUUCCAUACAUUACUACUGGGAAAACCAUAGCUUUAACUAUACGGACCUUUGUUGGCAAGGUGAUGUCUUUGCUUUUUAAGAUGCUGUCUAGGUUUGUCAUAGUCACUGAUAAACUUUAUCCAACAUGACUUUGCCAUAAUUCAACUUUUAAAUUCAACUGAAUUCAUUGCCAUUACCACAUUUUGCGGUAGAAAAUUUAAUAGUUUUAACUUUGCUUCCUUCUUGCUGCCCUGAAUUCCCCACCAUUUAGUUUCAUUGGAGGACUCUGAAUUCUAUUACUAUGGAAAGGGGGAGAACAGAUUCCCUGUAUUCACUUUCUCUACACCAUGUAUUAUUUUAUAUACCCAGGCUCAGUUCUACCAUUAGGUAGAAAGAGACAGUCCCCUUGGGGUUAGGGUUGCUAUAGUCCCAAAAGUGAAAAAAUCCAGACAGAGUUCUUGAGCUCCAAAAAAAAUUGGAGGCUCUUCUUGGGUUUUGUAAAGGAUUUUUAAAUAAAAGCAAAACCCCGCCCUACUCAGACAUUUUGCUGAUUCAGCAAAAAUGAACCCAGAUGCCACUUUUGCAGCCUGAUUACCGGAUGUGUCCAGGAAAACUUGGUCUUACGGCAGCCCUACCUUGGGUAGCAGUUGCUGUGAGACAAGGAGCAGCAGCAGAAUACUGGAGGACAGCACUGUGUGUGCAGUGUGACCUGCCUUUCCUACUCUGAGCCAACUCUUGUCCUCGGGUGUGUUGGAGGAUGCUGUUCAGUAACCAGUGUUGAAGUAAGAUUCAAGUACCAGUUCUGUGGAAUCCCAAGUGUUGACUUGGAGUAGGGGGAGAUUUUGGUCUUGCUUUAGGUAGCAGCAUGUCUUGCGUUGGCCCUAUAUACCUCUCAGUCUCAUCACCUUUUUGUCUAAAUCAAAGGUAAAGGUACCCCUGACUGUUAGGUCCAGUCGUGGACGACUCUGGGGUUGCGCGCUCAUCUCGCUCUAUAGGCCGAGGGAGCUGGCGUUUGUCCGCAGACAGCUUCUGGGUCAUGUGGCCAGCAUGACUAAGCCACUUCUGGCGAACCAGAGCAGUGCAUGGAAACACCGUUUACCUUCCCUCCGGAGCGGUACCUAUUUAUCUACUUGCACUUUGACGUGCUUUCGAACUGCUAGGUUGGCAGGAGCUGGGACCGAACAACGGGAGCUCACCCCGCCAUGGGGAUUCGAACCGCCAACCUUCUGAUCGGCAAGCCCUAGGCUCUGUGGUUUAGACUACAGCGCCACCCACGUCCCAUUGUCUAAAUUAAGAGGUUCCAAAUGUUGUAGCCUUUCUUCACAGGGGAGUUCCUUCAGCAACCUAAUCAUGUUGUUUGCCUUUUCCUCACCUUUUAGAGCUCUGCAAUACACUUUUUUGAGGUGCAGUGACUUGAACUGUACAGUUUUCUUUCUUUCUUUUGGAUAAAGUUUUAUUAACGCUUUUCACAAUACAGUAAAAGACAAGCUAAUCUACACAAAGAAUAGUAAAAAGAAAGGAAAGGAAAAAGAGAGAAGAGAGAGAAUAAUUCAGAAUCCUCUCUCACAAGUUUUAACUUUUGUCCCAUACAUAGAAAGGUUUGUCCUCCCAGUUUUCACCUGAAAGCAUCCCAGGCUUCUCCCAGCCUCUCACACGGAGAGAUCUCCACUUCCCGGUCUCUCACACAGGGUCCAGACUGAGAACUGUACACAGUUUUCGAAGAGAAGUUGAAUCUUGACAAUUUCUUCUGGACGCUUUCUUAAUGAUCCCUAACAUGGAAUGCACCUUCGUUACUGAUACUGCAAUGAAAACUUAAGUGUUGCUACAAUUUGUAGCUAAAAGAUGAAAGCAAACAGCUCUUUAACAUCGAUUUUUGUGUGUGGGACGUGAGGGAAGUUGAUUCUUUGUUUGACUACUCUCACAAGUUCAAAGGACUUUAUUUCCUAGACUGUUCUUGCUAUUUGAGUUAGUAUUGGGUUAGGAAACUUGAAAACAAAGCUCUGUGAAUUCAGAGCAGCUCAUCUGGCACCACUUAGGUUUGGGCAGUGCCCUUUUUCUGUGUUGUUUAUACUUUGCAGAAAAUGAACAGCUCUGCAAAAGUGCUAAAUUUGGGAAAUGCUGUGUGACCAAAGAAAAUGAAAGUCUGUGGGUCCUUUGUAGAAAGACUUUUGAGAAGCAGAUCUUAAGAGAUUCAUUUAAAGCAUAUUGCCUUAUGAAGUUAACAGUUCAUCUAAUGAUUGGAAUCAAUGGUUUCUUUGAAAGUAGCUAAUUAAAGUUCUGAAUAAUUUAUUGUCUAAGGCUGCAAGCUUUCACAUGGGAGUAGACCUUUCUCUAAGUUGUAGGCAUGGAGAGACUUGGACUGUCAGUUUGUAGCAGUUUAAAGUUUUGGUUUGUUUAUUUGAAUAUCAAAUGGCAAAUACUUUGAAACCAUAGGAACAAUUUGGUUGCAAUAUCUAAGUAUUUUUAAGAGUUACCACAGUACUUCGUGUAAAGAGGAACUGCUAAACAAUUCUCUGUGCUUUUGUACAAAGGUAGGAUGUUGAUUUCCACCUGGGCUCAGUGUUUGAAAGAGCCAGCUUGUAAAAGUUCACAAUUACCUUACAUUCUAAAGCCUCAUGCAGCAAAUACAACAGAAUCAUAGUACCCUAAAGACUAGCAAUUUUAUCCCUCAAGCUUCUGUGUGCAAGAACUUGCUUCACUUGAUGCAUGGAUAAAGUCUUCUGCAGCUUGAUCCCAAAUGCCUUUCCUUGUGUUGUCACCAUUGCCCUUCUUUGAGUUCCCAGUUCCACACCAUGUCUGAUCAUGGUGAGAAGCUAGGCUUUUGAUAAGUUUUUUAAAGGCCCUGAGGACUUUAGUUCUUCUGUAUUGUCUCUCAGGAGGUGGUGCAAAACACAUCUUUUCUGUUUGGUCUUUAGUUCUGGCUAUUUUUUCUUUUUAUUGGUGCUAUUCCUUCUGGGCUUUCCCCCCUUAGAUUUGUUCAGUUUGGUUCAUUGUAUAUUGCCUUAAGUGCUAGAAAGGCAGCUAAUAAAUGCUGAUGACAAAGAUUUGGACAGUUGAGUGAAGAAUAUAAAUAGAACCAACCAACUUCUGUCUCAUUCUUGAGUUAUCUUCCACCAGCUCUUUAAAUUGAGUUGGAAACUGAUCAUUCCUCCUGUGGGCAAUUUGUGGGCUCUUACUCUAGUUAUCUUAUGCAGGCUUUUAUUUUCUAUCCAGAAUUUGAUAAUGCUCAAACUGAAUUCCUUUAAGCACUUCUUUAGCCUACUUUAAACAUACAUUUCAAAAUAACUUUGAGUAUUUAAUCUGGUAAUUACUAGUUGGCAUUGUAUGUCUGCCAGUGGUUAUACCUCUUUAAUCUUCAUAAGUGUGGUCCUUGCAAGCCUAGUCCUAUGUGCAAAGAAAAGAACAAGGAUUGAGCAACUCUGUUAACACCCUCAUUUUCCUUUCAGUAAACAGACUCAUUACGUAAUUGUGGAUUGUAAAGAAUUGUGAUAAAAGUGCAUCUUUGGCUUCACACAUACGGACACAGGGCUAUCUUGCUUUCUUCAUUUCUCUAUAGUAUCUGGUUUAUAUGAAGAAGGUAGGAGGAAAGCUUGUAUUCUUUCCCCCCUUUCUCAGACAAUAGUUUCUCAUUCCUAGAAUAUUUGUUUGUAUGCCAGUUUUCAUUAGCUCUUAAAGCCCUAAUUGAGCUUCACAUAGAAUCGUAGAAUUGUAAGUUUGAAAGGGACACUGAGGGUCAUGUAGUCCACUGCGCUGCAAUGCACUGAAUUCAGAAAGAGGUCAUUUGAAGUCAAUGCUACAAUUGUGUGUGAAAUAAUGGUGUUUGUUAAUUUAGAAGUCCUUGACUUCUUUUUGUGGAGAGUGUCUUCAGUGAUACAUUGUCUUUCAUUUUUUAAAUAUAAAAAAAGUCAUGUGUGGCCUUGAGAUUAAUUAUCUGAAUCUGUUAAAGUUUUCUAAUAAAUGUGGUUUUUAUUUUGAAAGAAAAAAUAUUUUGUGAGGGUUUUUGGCAUGUUUAUUGAUGGAAUGGGGACGGGGGUGGCGCUGUGGGUAAAACCUCAGUGCCUAGCGUAUGGUCGGCGGUUCAAAUCCCCACGGCAGGGUGAGCUCCCAUCGUUCGGUCCCAGCUCCUGCCCACCUACCAGUUCGAAAGCACUCUUAAGUGCAAGUAGAUAAAUAGGUACCGCUUUAUAGCGGGAAGGUAAACAGCGUUUCCGUGUGCUGCGCUGGUGCUGGCUCGCCAGCUGCAGCUUCGUCACGCUGGCCACGUGACCCGGAAGUGUCUUCGGACGGCGCCGGCUCACGCCCUCUAGAGCGAGAUGAGCACGCAACCCUAGAGUCGGACACGACUGGCCCGUACGGGCAGGGGUACCUUUACCUUUACCUAUUGAUGGAAUGCCAGUUUCAGAUGUUGAGUGGCAUUCUCUAUAAAACUAACCAAUUUUUAUGAUGAUGUAUGUUGAACUUGUCUCUAUGCAUGAGAAGAUGUGCGUCCAGAGAAUAUUAUAUUCCAUUUUAUAAUAGAAAUGUUGGCCCUCAACUAUCACGGUUCCAGCCUUGACCUCAAGAUAUAGCUGAGUUGAUGCUGCUGCAGCCGUGGUUGGGGGAUGACCUGGCUUCCUGAUACUAAGCCCUAGGACUGGUGUUUAGGAGCCAGUAGAACCUAAGCCCAGACUUUUAUGGAUGCCCUUCCCUGAGUCCAAGUCACUUGAUGGGUCAAAUACCUCCUUCACACCCUACCCAACAGCAUGGGAAACCUUUUAAUGGAAAAGUGCUUUAUUUAAGGCCAAGAGCAUGGCACUCAUAAGAGUUUGCAUUUUUUAUACAAGAGGGUGGAGCUUAAGUGGAGUUGAUAGGAUAGAAGGAUUCACAGGGUCCUGGCUACCUCUAGCCUUUCUCAGAGCAAGUUGUUCACUUGGAGCUUUCCAUGGUACUGCAGCUGUCAGACUGUCUUUCUUUGCAAGUGUCUGCAUCAGAUGGUUCAGACCAUCUACAGUGUGAAUGGCUGAGAGGUUUCACUGUAAAUAGUUUCUCUUGUUUAGUCUUUUUGGCUUUUUUAUAACUGAGAUUCAGCAAGGGCUCUUUAAUCUUAGCAUUAAACAUGACAUUUCCAAAUAUCAGAAGGUCAUCUCCCUUCCUUUCCUUCUCCCUUCCAACGGGCAAAGGAAUAACAUGGAAGCAGUCAAUGGACAUUUUGAAAUGCUUGCUGCUAUACAGCUUGAUCAUGUUGACAUAUUAUCCAGUAUUUUAUAGGAUUAAAACAGGUACACAUGCUGGUUGUCUUAAAAGGCUCAAGCAAGCAGCAUUUAUUAAGUAAUUUUGAAAAGUUAAACACAGAAAAAUAGUACCUGGAAAUUAUACCUGUUUUUUUAAAAAAAUUCAAACCAGUAUCCUAUAAUUUUUUAGUCUAUCAUUUAGUCUUUAGCUCCAAAAAAAGUCACAGUGCUUGCCUCUCCCUCCUUUUUUCCCUUCCGUCCCUCCCUCUCAAAUGUCCAAAACUUGGAUCUUAGGUUUCUCUGAGUACUUACCUAUCUCUACCGUCUUUGUUACAUUAUAAAAACAACUCAUCUACUUUGACGGGUUAAUAUAAAUAACAGUAAAUAUACACAGGUAGCUGCUAGCAGUUCCAGAAUUUCAAAACUUGGGCUAUACUACAAGGUUAUUGUUGGAUCUAGUACUUAAGCAAUAAUAUAGUGUACCAGCCAAAUGUAUUUGUCAGAUGAUGAGCUCCAGAAGUAGAUACAUUUCAUAGAUAGAGGUACAUAGUUUAAAUAUACAAACAUUUGGAUAGUGUGUAACUCUUGCUCAGCUCCGUCCUCAACAAUAAAUGGGGUGGGAGCGGCCAUAGAUGAUGCCUUUUUUUAAAAAAAAGUCUUUUCAAUUAUCAGGUACUGGCCUGAUUUUACAGAAGUGAGUAUAAUUAACCUUUGAUUUCCAUAGACAGGCACACAGGUGAGUGGUGGCAGUCCCCAGGGUUUAAGACAGGGGUCUUUCCCAGCCUUGUCUGGAGAUCCAGGGACUGAACCUGGGAUCUUUUGCAUGCAAAUAUGUGCUCUACCACUGUUCUGUGGUCUUUUUCUAGAUUCAUGCCAGUUCCUACUAUGGGUAUGGAAACUUGCUGUAUCUUGUAGGGUGUUGCUUCUGUAAAAAGUCUUGUUCUGUACUGACUCUUGAACUGUUUCCUAUGUUGUCAGGAUCUGGGGGAAUCAACAACGGCUGUACAAUUUUCUUUUUCUUACCAAGUUACUGGGAUACAGGAGUAAUUAAGGGGUUGUUACCUUUGCUGUUGGUCACGAUCUUGUCAAGUGUUAAAUAUAGGUUGUUCAUACCGGAAUGCUUGUUUACUUCAUAAUUUUCAUUUUUGAAAAACAUUUUAACUCAUAGGGAUAGUGUAUUCAGUCAUGGGGGAAAUUCUUGUUUCUCUAGGAAGACCCACCAAAUUGUUGAAAAAAACUACUGGGAUCUUGAAGAAGCCUGAGCUAUUCCUAUAGUGGCCUUAUAGUACAUCUGUUUCUUCAUCAAUCCUCCAAGAAAGUUGGAGUGCUGCCCAUUCCACCAGGAGUUCUUCACCAUUGUUUGCUGAAACUGAGUUGGAAACUUAUUCCCAAAUGAAAAUGGGUCUUUUUGCUACUCAAGCUGGCAAAAUAGUUUGCAGAUUUGGGGUGCUGGUCUAUAGGGAACUAGUGGAGUCAAACAUCUGAUGAAAAUUGAGGAAAUGACCAAUGGACAUUACAUUAAAUACACCAAGGACUGCAAUCCUGUGCAUAGUUAGUUGCAAGUAGGUUCGAUUGAAUGGACUGGGCCUUAUUUUUAAGUAAUUCUACAUUUAAUGUUGGAAUGUCUGUGCAUUAUAUUCUUGGUAUAGCAUCAGAGGCCCUCCUUGCAGAAAGUUUGGCUGAGAGGACGUGGUUGCAUUACUGAAUAAACAAAGUUAUGUUCUCAGGUAGGGAUGUAAUAGAGAAUUUUAUAUUUGAUAAGACAGGUUGCUUACAUCAAGCUUCAGCUUAAGUGGAUGUAUUGUGUGUGCAUGCAUGUGUGCACCAUAGGCAAUAAAAGACAAGGUAUCUCCAACUUUUCUUGCUCUAUAGUUUCUUCUGUUUGUCUGGAGAGUAAUAGACUGACCUUUUGUUUCUCUGUUAUGGUUUGAGGCUUUUGGCAUAUCUGAAGCUUUCCAAGAUAAACUAAGCGAGUGUGGCUUGGCAUUGGAAAAGCUUAUGUUGAAUGAAACUAAAGUUUCGGCAGCAAUUACUGACUGAAUUAAAAUGUUAUCAACUGAGUUAUGGAUGUGGUUGUGGUCACUCGGGAAUAAACCCUGGCCUCUUGUAUAUGAAUAGUUCAAAUGUUAAUGUUGGUUUUGCUAGAGCAAAAUCAAUCCCACUGAAAUAAAUGGCUGUUAUCCAGAAUUUGCUCCUCCAGAAGAUUACACAAACAUAAGAGUUAUUCGUUGUGUUAAAAAGUACUGAAAUAGGUUAAAAUAGAUGACCAAUCCUUUCACAUCACACAAUAUGGAUACAUUUUCCAAGGGAAAAUUCAUAUAAAAUAUUUCAGAAAAGGAGCUUACACUUGUUUCUCCACUCUUCUCUUGUGAUGUUCAGAUUCCCUGGAGUCCCUGCUGGAAUAUGCACAUGCCUAUCUGAAGAAUGGAAUAUAUUAUAAUAGCAUGUACUACAUGCUGGUCUUGCUUGUCAAUAUAUUAUACGGUAACUAGAUAUGUGGCUGAGAGAUGUAGCUGGAAUUUGCAAUAUUGCAUUACAGUGGUACCUCGGGUUAAGUACUUAGUUCAUUCCGGAGGUCCGUUCUUAACCUGAAACUGUUCUUAACCUGAAGCACCACUUUAGCUAAUGGAGCCUCCUGCUGCUGCCGUGCUGCCGGAGCACGAUUUCUGUUCUCAUCCUGAAGCAAAGUUCUUAACCAGAGGUACUAUUUCUGGGUUAGCGGAGCCUGUAACCUGAAGCGUAUGUAACCUGAAGCAUAUGUAACCCGAGGUACCACUGUAUUAAUUAAUGCUCUUUGCUCCUCUCCUAGAUUUUAAUAACUCUAAAUCUUAGGGGAUCAAUUGCUCCAUGUGGAGAAACUCUCAUGCAGAAUUAUAACGCUUGUUCUAGCUCUGCAGGUAGAAUUCUAGUAGGUCUUGUAUUCUUUCCUAAAUAUUAGAGGUUUGAUCCAGACUUAAUAAUGCUUAGGGUAGACCCAUUGAAGGCAAUUGGACUAACUUAUGUUGAUUUUAUUGGUUCUGUUCUAAAGUUGACCAAGCCUGGGUCCAACCCUAGCAGUCUUUGAGGCAAUGUGCAAAGUUCUCUUUGAUGACACAGAACACUGGCCCUGGCUGCAUCAAUAACUCAACACAGCAUCUCCCAGUUGAACUAUACUGAAAAUGCCCUAGAAAAGAAGGCAAGUUAAAAACAACCACCAGUACAAAUUUCUUUAGCAGCACAAGCAACCAUUUGGUUUCUGAGAUUUCUUUUUGUUUUUUCACAUUUGCUGGAAUAGCCCAUUAGCUGAUACUAUAACAUCCAGUACAGUGCAGCUACAGCCACUAAAGCUUUCAAUUAAUACAUUUAUUUGAAAUGAGUACUCCCUGACUUUCAAGGACAUAGCAGGAGCUCCUGCCUAGUUUUUAAUGUAUGAAGUUUUAUCCAGAGGGUAGCCUAAGUGCUUAUUACCGUGCAUCGACAGAGAACCAUAUAAUCAGAAAAUGAAAAUUACCAAGGAAUGUCUGCUGCACCAAUGGUUUGGAAUGGCUAUUCUCUAGCACAAAAGCCUGAGCAGGAUUGGCUUUUCCCUCUGCAUGCUCUUAUUUUCUUAUAAAAUCUGUAAUAGGUACCACAUGUCUAUGGAGAGGAUUGAAGCAGAACACAAUAGCUCUGCCGCUCAAGAAAUAACCAGCUUCUAAGGAAAGCUAAGAUAUAGUCUUUGCAGUUACAUGGCAUGGUGAAUUUUGUCCAAGUAUACUAUAGUAGUGUUCUCUCUUCAAAAUUUCUGAAGAGCUCUCUUAUAACAUCAGUCAGGAAAGUAAUAAAAUAUGACAGGUUUGGGGAGAAAAACAUUGUUGUACAGUAGAAUGGGGAGGGGGGGGGGAAUGUUAGCAGGCACAGAAUCCUUAUCUAUUACUUUACUUUUGACUUCCUUCUUUCUGUCUCUUUCUCAUUUUAUUACAUCCUAUUCUAUUUUUAAUGUUUGGAAUGGAUUUACAGGCCUUGGUUUAGGAACAUCACUGGUUAGUGCCAUCCCCAGAAUGCCUGAUAAAAGUUGUACCAAAUGAUAAAACUUCUAAAAACAGUUCAAAUAUAGAUGCAGACUUAGAUCAGAUGCAGAUUCUGAUUAAGAUGUCACAACAAUUUAAGAUGCUGGCAAAGCAGAAAAUUGGCAAAUGAGAGACAAGGAGAAAGCAUAUAAGUUUGAGGCAUGCUCUUGGUUCUCCAAACCAGGUGAUGUCUGAAAUGAACCUAUCUAUCUUACUGAAGGCACUGGAGAAGAUGGCUGUCUGAAAGCUGAACAAGAAAUUAAUAACGGGAGCCAGUGCAGCAUAGCAGUUGAUGUUGGACUAGGAGUAAGCUUAAGAUCACCGCUCAGCUGCAGAACUCACUGUGUGAUUUUGGCUUAGACAUUCUAUUUCACCCUAGCCUAUUUCACAGAGUGGUUGAGGAUAUAAAAUGGUUGGGAAAGAACCAAGCUCAUUCAAGGAAAAGUGGGAUAUAACUAAACAUCUAGAGCUCUCUCUUAAGAAAAGCCUUAGAGAUGACUUGAUCUUAAACUAAGGAACAGUUUCAAUCCUAUCAAGCAGAAAAGAUUAAAGACGGUUUAUUGAAAGAUGGAAAAUCCAGACAUUGAGAGAGCUCCUAUGCUUUCAAAAGUUGCACAGAAAUUGAUUUGAGCUUGCACAGCUAAGCACAGGAGGAGAUAUACAAGUUCCCCUGGAGAACUGCCCCCAGCUGGAUAUGAAGUGAUUUAAUUUCACUGGUGAUGAAUCUUCAUAGCAUCUGAAACAGAUCUUAAAGGCAUGGGAACAUGAAUUCUCAGCAGCUUAUCAUAUAUUCUGUGGAGUGCAGUACAGUGUUGGGCAUGCACAGUAUUGCUAGACCUAGAACCAUGGUUUGAAAUUGGCUUAGUAUCCUGGCUUGUUAUGAAGCUUUUCCUGGUUUGAACAAAAUGGGAGACUACAGUUAAUUAGAGACUUCCUGGCUUAAUUGUGGCUAAUGUGAAUGGAAGAACAAAAAGAUUGCAUGCAGGGGUGUUGCUAGGAAGUUAAAAAAACUUGGGGCAUGAGUCAAUGGUCCAAACUUGCAUGUGUUAAUUUAUAUGUAAAGAUGAAAAAAAAGGUUAACUUUAGGAGGGGAAAAAACAUCUGGCUGAUGCUGCCAUGAUGUGCUAUGAAUAUGGGAUGCCUACAGGAUUUUCUGGGCUGAGUACAUAUGGACCUUCUGCCACACCCAUAAAAGGUUUGGAAAAACUGCUGCUCAUGUGCAUAUUGAAACCAAAAUGAGUCUUACCCAACAUCUGGCAAGACUCCUCUCUUUGCCCAACAUGUGUGCAUGCCUGCACACACAUGCAGUGGGCUACUAUGAAAUAUGGUAAACUUUGGCAUUCCAUUGUAAUUAGUAAAUUCAUAUCAAUAAGUACAUGUUUCCCCCCCCAUGUCUGCUAUUUAUUUGCUUUGAGGGUGGUAGAGGCCUUAGGAAUGCAGAAAGGCACCGCAGAACUCAAUGAAUAGAAGAUGUGAAAAUGGCUUCUGUUGGAGGAAGUCAUGGUGUUUCUAAAGUUUAAUUUGAGUCUGUUGAAGUCAAUCAGUGUCUUUGUACUGGCUUGAGCUGGCACUGGAUCACAUCCUCUCCUUUUAAAGACUCUGCUUGUAUUCAGUACAUCUGUGAGAAAAAUAAAUAUUUACAGUGUAUUUCCCUUCAGCCUUUAUUAGAACAUAGGGAUAGGAUGGAAGGAAGCAUUAUGGGCAUCUUAACUUCAUAUGUAGACUGCUUCUUAAACAGAAGCUGGGAGAGAAAAUGGAGCAGCCAAGCUCUGUUGUGCCUCCUUUUUAAUUACAUGCUAAAAGAAUGAAAGGGAAAAGGCAGAUUUCCUUUCGCCACUGUAGAUUUGCAUUUAGAAAUGUGCGCACACUGGUCCCUUUCACUCUUUAUUUACGUGAAGUGGUAACAAGUGAAGAAAGUAGCCCCAUCCCUGUCAUCCACGCUUGAGCUGUGGAGGUGUUUGUGCAGGGCUGUAGAACAAGAAUGGGGAGCCACUGGCGCUCCAAAUGUUGUUGGACUCCAACUCCCAUCAGCCCUAGUCAGCAUGGUAAGUGAUCAGGGAUGAUGGGCAUUGUAGUCUAGUGACAUCUUUCUAAAACUGGAGGGAGGCACUACUUGUAGAGGUCUAUGUGCGAAUGCUCCCCUGCCUCAGACCUCCACACAAAUGUGUGGAUGGCUAGACUGGGAGGAGAUUUGUGUUGGGGUGGAAGUAGACUUUAUAACAUUUAUAACACUUUUGAAAGGGGUACUCAAAAAACCAUUUUCCCCAACAGUUUGUAAGUAGCCUUGCUACACCAGUGAUGACUACGGAGAUUGGAGAAUUCCAACGAAAACUGAAAUGGAAACAGAAAUGGCCAUGUUUGUUUGUUUGUUCCAUGUCCAGAACAGAAAUCAAUCCAGUGAAUAUGAUUGGUAUUUGCUGCUGCUGUUGUUUGCAGUAUGUAAAUGAUUCGCAAUUGAUUCCAUUUCUAUCCACCUCCCAAUUUGCAUUGUGUUUCCUUUGCAUUGAAAUGAAUGGGGUGGAAUAACGUAAUGUAAUGACAGCAUAACUUAUGUAGUUUACAUAAUUAGUUACGUAAAUUAUGUAAGUUAGUAAUUCUGCCACAGCAGGCAGUAAGAUGAAUUAUGCAGUUUUGGGUGGAACAAAACAGUGCUGCAUGCGAUGAAUAAAUGGUGGAAAGGAAAAUGAUGCCUUCUUAUAUCCCUAAUGGAGAGGCUAUUAAAAUCAGAAAAUACACAAGAGUGCUUUUUCAGGAAGAAGUCUUAAUAGUAUAACAUUUGUUUAGGCAAGUGCUUUUCUCAAAGACCCUGAAUUUAUUAUUUUACUGAGCUAAAUAUUUCUUUGCUGGAUAGGUUCUAUCUCAAACUAUGUAAUCAGUCUACUAGAUAUGUAUGUUUUUCAUUUACAAACAGUAUUAUUCAACACUCUGUUAUUUUUAAGUAGUUGAGAAAUGGCCAUUUAAACUGAACAUUGAAACUUGGAGUUACUAUGACUGGGUUCAAACUACCUUUUUGUACAAUAGGUGAAGUAACUUUUUAUUUUAAAGGGUUUCGUUUGUUUGUUUGUUUGUUUUGCAUUCUAAUCUAUGAAAAGCACAUUACACCAGUUCCCACACUUCCUGGAAAAUGCCCCACUCAUGACCAAAACACAGAAGAAGGAAAGGCAGCAAAGGGGAGGUCCCAGAGAUGCCUAGAAGUGGAGAAAAGAACAGGAUCUCCUCUGUUUAAAGAUGUGGGAAGUUUUGAUAUUAUGGCAGCAUGCUACUUGGUUUUUGAGAUCUUUGCCAUUUUUUCUUGUGAGAGAUCUUUAGGUAGUAAAAUUAAGAAGAAGAAAGAGUACACAUGGAAAUUGUGUUCAUUGAUCCUUUAAUCCAAAGUAUAACUCAAUUCAGAAAGUUUGCCAUGAUAAUAUCACAGAGUAUACUUGGGAUUUUAGCAGUUGAACUGUAAGGACUGCCACAGGGAUGUUCUCUUAUAUGACCCCAUUUGGAUUGAGUGGGGAAGUGUGAAGUGCACAGAAGAGGUAACUUGAGCAGGAGAACUUCCUGGCAUCUUCCACCCUUGAUAAUGAGGCCGUUGUUUGUGUGCAAGCUGUUCACACCGACCACUUUCUCACAAUACAUAAUUUGUGGUCUUGUUCCUUGAAGAUGGUUUAUAUCAAACAAAACUGCCAUUCAUAAAGGGCCAAGCAAAUGUAGUAAAACAUGAUCAUAGCUGGGAAUUGCUGCAAACUAUGGAUUUAUGUCAAGAAUGUUAAUGAUUUGUUUAUGAAUAAGUGAGCCCAUAGUAUUGUGAAACAUUCUCAGAAUUGCUGAAUGGACAGUUUAAACUGAACUGAGACAAUUCCUGAGCUAAAUAAGCUGUAUUGGUUGUGUGUGUGAAAGAACUGGUUGCAGCUAAGUUUAUGGUUUUAAUAAACAGCACUUUCUUUUACUCAGUCUGUCCAAAUUAUAAGUUGCUGCUGCUCACAUAUAAACAUGGGUUUUCUAUCUUUUUGUUUCUCAGCCCAUAAGGAAUAAUUAUGAACAUGUACCCUUGCAUAUUGUAGAUGAUUAAAGCUGCAUUUUAAAAUCUAGCUGUUAAGAAUCCUAGCAUUUUAGAAAGCCCAGUAUGGAUUUGGCUACUAAAGCAGUAUUCCAGAACCACAGUGAAGAUAUCAGCUUUGAAGUUUAUUAACUAAUAAAUUAUCAUAAACUUUUAAAAAGAUUAUGAACUGCAAAUUUCAUUAAAGCAACUUGGAAGUCUUCCAGGGCAGAAAUAUUUUAUUCUAUAUCCAGGAGCUAUGGCUAUGUGAGCCAGUAAGCAAUGGGGGCAGCACAUUCCAGGAAAUUGGUUAUUUCAGGAAUAUAUGUAGAAAACCCCUUAUGUGGUUGGCAUAAUCAUGAAACCCUGAUGCAGUUGUAACUCUAUAUAUAAAGUCCUUCUCAGUGAGGAUUUUGCAGAGUUUUGCAGCUCACUUGCCAGUAAAUGGUUACAUCAGAGACGUGCUUUACUGAUUGGAACAGCUAUGUACAGAUUGGAAAUGAAGCACAACUUGUUUUUUCCUAUAUGGCUGUCCUGUAAAUACUGUUUCCGCACUUACUAAGCUGAUGGUUCCUGGAGUAUGUCGAGAUUUGAAUGGUUUUCAAAUAUGUAUAACUUUGGCAAACCAUCUAGACAACAUUUCCGUAGCCUAGAUGAGGACAGGGGGUAAGGAUAUUAGAUGCACAGGCAGUGCUCUGAAGUAAAUUGGCUAACUAUGAAAUACUUUCUUCUUUCGGUGCCAAAGACGAGACAUUCUGGAGCCAGUUUUAAUACAUCCACUAUAUUUGAGCAGGCCAGCAUCCAGAGGCAUCAGACUGUCCCUUCUAGUCUAGAUUCUACUCAUAGUAUUGAGAGCUUAAUUUUAAAACAUGCUGAAAUGAAUGGAAGCCUGUCCAUUGAUUUGGACCUUUGAACUGGACUCAUUAAUAGUACUUAUGGAUAAAAUAAAAAUAAUAAUGUUUGAGGUUAUUGCUGCAGUAAUUUCUAGAGGCUGUUAGUGGGCCACUUACCAGAAACAACUUCUUAUAAAAAAACUUUCAUUUCAAAGUGUAUAAGAGCUGCUCUGCUGCAUCAGAGCAAAGGUCUAUUCAGGCAUGCCUGUUUUCUCCCAGCCUGAAAGAUGCCCAUGGGAAACUUGGAAGCAGAUCACAUUCUAUAUUUAGCAUUCAGGCCUUUAAAAUGCUUUCCAUCAAUUAAGUGAGGCUCACAGGUAUACAGCUUCCCAGGCCCUGCAAUCCUUUCUUAAAUGUUCAUGUUAUGCUGGCCAUUUCCUUUGCUAUAGGUAUUGGGACAUUUCCUGUACAGUGAACCCUUUAGUUAUGUACUGCUCUGGAUACGUAACUUGUUACGAGCGUGGCAAACAUGGAAGUGUAUACUUCCGGGUUUUGCCACGCGCGCAUGCGUAGAAGUGGUGCCUCUGCCCAUGGACUUUUCGGGUUGCGGACGGACCCCCGGAAUGAAUUUGAUUUGUAUCCGGAAGGUCCACUGUAUAUGAUUCAUUCAAGUACAGCAGUGAAACUCCUCCAAGACCCAUUUUGCUGAAGGAUGGUAUACAAAUUCACAAAAUGUGUGGAACCUGUAACAGAAUGUAGCAGCCUGGCUUGCUGAUGUUCAGUGUUCUAGCCGCUCUAUUCCAUUUCCCUUCACCUGCUCCAAUUUUGCCUGUUACUUGUGUAUCUUUCUUUUGAUACCCCCUUCCCAAAAUAAGUGAAAUUAUUUCCAGAGAGUUCAGAGUUGCCUAGCCUUGUUUGCUUUUAGCAGCAAGUUCCUUCCCACAAGUACCUGGUGAAGAGACAAAUGUGGGCAGGUCGUAGUGUUCUGGAGAGUUGAUGGUUUGUGGUGUUUGGAAAAGUCAACAAAAUACAGUUAAGAGAGCAUUUUUUAAAAAUCCACUUUAAGAUAAUUUUGUUCUGUCUUCCUACUAGCUGUCUCUUGAAUAUCCAGAAAUGGCAGUGGGUGAUCAGAGGUAUGCAAGUCGAAGGUAGAUUGUAUUUAUCACAUAACUCAAUAAAUGCCCACCAUGUUUUGUUUGUGCAUUCACAGCAAUGAAUGUUCCAUGAUUUCUGGCACUUCUGUCAUGGUACUUGCCACAAACCUUUCAAGGUUUGUGUUAAAAGACUUUGCUGUGUCUGCUUAAAGUGCUACAACCGCUAGGGGGACAGAAGGGCUGCAAGGUGGAAUCCAACACCAUGGAGCGGCAAGAGUGUCACCUCCCUGGAACAACUGAAUUUUGCAGCAUUUUAAGAGACUCAUCUGAGGAAAAGGGUUGCAGCAUUGGUUCAUUUAACGAGAAAGGACCUUAUUAUUUAUUUAUUGCACCUAUAUCCCACCAAUUCUCCAGGGAGCUCAAGGACCUGGUGUACAUGGGGUAGGUUAGGCUGAGAGACAGUGACUGGUCCAAGGUGUGACCUUCAUGGCUGAGUGGUGAUUUGUACCCUGGUCUUCCAGGUCCUAGUUUGACACUGUAAUCACUACUGCACACUGGUUCUCCAAGGUGUGCUGUGUUGGCUGAGAUACAGCCUUGUAAGGGCAUUCAUAAUAAUUGAUUUAACAAAGGUGUUUCUAUGGGCUUCCAAACUCCCCUCUCAGAGUUCGAACUUGGAGUGGACCUUUCACUAGUUGCACUUCAGAAAUAGAUAAACUCAGACUAAGAUUUAAAUAAGUCUACAGCUCAGUCUGGGUGGUUAGUUCCACCCUCCACCCCAGCGGAUGAGGUGCUUCUGGUUAAUUAGGCCUUGCUUGUUUCAGCAGUUUGAUACUCUUAAGGCAUGGGGAAGACAUUGGUCCCAUCAGCAUUUUGGGACUAGAGUAAGUGAGUGGCAAUGUGACCUCAGGUCAGGGAGGUGUUGGCAGAAUGGUCUUCUGUGCAGGAGCUCCUGGUGCAAUUUCCUCUAGUCCUUUGAUUCUUCAAGUUAAUGCAUCAUUCCUUGAAAAGGGGAAGUUGGGACACUUGGUGACAGGGACAAAUACAAGUUACACCACUCGCCCACCCAAACUUUUAGUUUCUUUGAAGUCCAGGAUCAUAAAACAUUAUUUUUUUAACACAUUUUUAAUGAUUUUGAAACAAGUACAAUAACUAUUAAACACUUAUCUGCAACACGCAGUACCAUAAGCUCAUGUUCUCACUCAUUGAACCAUAGCCUUCACCUGAGUUUACCAGGAUGUUGUUAUUUUAUUUUUCUCAGUGGCUUGGAGAGCAGAUGACUUUGAGAAUGCUCAACUUCUUGUGCUGUCAGUUUCUUUCUCUUCUUUUAUCUUUUCUCUGACUCUGGAUCCUAGCCAGUGAAUUUCUUUAUAGAAAAAGACCCUCCUAAUAUAAUACAAUACAGCCCCAGCUGUUAGGAACUACUCUUCCCUCAGCAGGUUUUCAGACACCCAAGCAUAUCUUGCAGCAUCAUAUAGCACAACUUGUCCCUAAACAGAGAUGUAGCCUUACAUCUAUGUUAGCUAGAGUUAUUUGAUCUCUGCGUGAUUUCCUAAUUUGGCUUCUUUGGGAGGCUUCUGAGAAACUGUAAUCUUGACUAGCCUGUUAACAUUUUCUUUAUCCCUCUAUGCUUCACAAUGCUACCUCCAUUUUUAGAUGGUUUUUCAAAGUCACCAGCAGAAUUCCACAAAUUGUUUUCUGGAGCUGAGGUGGUCUGUCUUCCAGAGCUGCUAAUGCUUAAGGUUUAAGCCAUCGCUUUAAAUAAGGACCUAUUCAUCUUCAUGCACUAUUCCCACAACCCAGUUCCAAGAAGUACCAAUGUGAGUGCUGUACGUAUGCUGUGCAAUUGAAACUUGUAUGGCACAAGAAGUAAAACAUAGUUGGGCACUCAUUUUUAUUUUACAUUAUUUACCCAAAGUUUUGCAUACUUAUUUAAGCUGAUCGCAUACUUAUUUAAGCUAUUUGGACCUUUGCUGUUCUGCAAAAUGGUGAAGUGUUAUAUUACAUCAGGCAAAUAUUAGACCAUUUUAGAAGCAUGGGGCUUUAAAACAAAUGAAUUCUGUUCUUCCUUGAACCUAGAUAGUCAAUAUAAUUUCAUUUCCCCAUGCUUGAAAAAGUGAUGGUUUUACUUUGUGAUGACUAGUAAGAGAUGCAUGAAGAAGCUUUGAAGAAAACAGUUCAUUUGCAUUUGUUUCCAAUAGCAACUUCAUUGAUAAUUUCCCCCCGCCCUGAUAAUCAGAUGUGGUUGUUCUCAGCUGAUACUAUAAAUGCUGAAAUAAAAUAGUUGAAAAUUAAAUCAAUGUUACGUAAUGCUUGUAACUGAGAAAAUAUGAAAUUGAUAUUCUCCCUGGGCCAGAACUCCACAUAACAUGAAACUUCUUUUGCAUUAGUCUAUCUCUUUCCCCCAACUUUUUGCUCACUAGUUCUGAGAGAUUCAUGACUCUGUAUGGUAAAAGAUCUGAUCCAGUAAUCUUUCUAUAUGCAUGUUUAGAGGAUUUACAGAAACACUUUGGAAAAGCAUGUAUAUUUCAAGACAAUCAGACUUUGUUGGGCAACUUUACACUCCAACAUUUCAUUGAAUUUGAUAGAGUUGUAGUUAUUGUUCCUGAGUGAUACGAAAGCAUAUGUAUCUUGCAACAUGUGCUGCACCAGAUCUUGGGCUUGUUUAAGAUUAACUCACUACUUUAGAUUAUUGCCAAAACCUAUAGAAAAGUAAUACAAUAGUAGAAACCUGCUUCUACCCCCCGACCCAAAUUCUGAUGGUGAUCUGAGGGAUUAAAAUUAAGGCAUCCAAGAAAAUAUGGAUGAUGCAUCUAAAAUCCAUAAAGACCAUAAAGGAAAUCUACCUUCUAAUGGGAGUAUGUGGGGCGGGGAGAUGGCUUUAACUUUGAUGAGAGGCUGGUUUUCAGUAGUUUUACAUCCUGAAUUAACAGCUAGUUUUCUUAAGAAGCUGGUCUCUCUUUUUCUGUGGAAGCUGGAAGACACCUCAGACUCCAUUUUAGUGUUUAUAUGGAGUAGCUUGGCAGCUCUGCCUCCCUAAUCUCCUCAGAAAGCAUCUCCCUCUUCCUUUCCCCUCCCUAAAUAAGGUUGUGCCAUGGUUGCCUUGGCCAGUCUGCCAAGAUGAAGCUAUAUAGCUGAAAAGUAAGCAUAGCUAUACAAAUAGGUCUCUUCUCUAAUUGGCUAUACUUAUCUCUGCAACAUAUUACCUGUCUUCAUUUGUGGCUUUAUAACAUUGUGCAAGACUGUAUUGGUUGGAACAGUUUGCCUUCUAAAUAUCUUUGGCUGUGAUAUUGGGGCUAAUAUUUACAUAUCAAAGUAGUAGCAAAAGACCAAAGUAUGUGAAAUGUGAUCUGGCUGAGUCGAUAACGUGAGGAAGAUGAAACGCUACGUAAUUUAAAAAAUGUUCAUAUUAUGUAAACAUUCUGUUGAACUGGUGAUUACUUUAUCAUUGACUAUCAAGGUAAAUGGACAACUUUUCAAAGUCAGAAUUAAAGUCAACACAUUUGCUGUGGGUAGUAACCUACAAAAUAAGUUAAUAUUCAUGUUUCAAAUCCCAGACAUCUGCCUGGUUUAUACUAAUGCUGAGCAGCUGCUGCUUUUCUUCCUGGAUUGGAGGAGCAGGUGUAUGCCCGUUUCUGGUGGCAGAAAACUCACUCUGAAUCGGACUGAACACGGGUUAGAGCUGAACGUCAAGCCAGCAAUUGGUGAUAGUGAUGGCGAAGAGGACCUUCUUCACCGCCUCUAUUGCAUCUGCAGAAAGCAGCAGCAGGAGACUCUUUUAGGUAGCAGUCUAAUAAUGGAACCACCUCCACCACUGGGGCCUGGUGAGGACCCCAAGAUCUCCUGCAAUGAUUUUGCAGUUUUUUUUCAGAUAAAGUCACUCAGAUUCGGAAAGAGGUAGACUCCACUGUGGUAGCAGGACCAGGGCAGGAGAGUGCUAGAGUCCUGUCUAGUGAAGUUGCAUGGGAUCAGUUCCAAUCUGUUAUCUCUGAGGAUGUAGACAGGCUGCUUGGAUGAGUGAAACUGACUACUUGUCUCCUUGAUCCUUGCCCAUUCUGGUAAUUGGGAGUGGCCACUGAGGACAUAUAACACAUGUCCUGAAAGACCUAUGUUGGCUCCCAGUACAUUUCCAAGCACAAUUCAAAGUUCUGGUGCUGACCUUUAAAGCCCUAAAUGAGCUUGGUCCAGUAUACCUGAAGGAGCGUUUCCAUCCUCAUCUUUCAGCCCGGACACCGAGGUCCAGCUCCAAGGGCCUUCUGGCAGUUUUCUCACUGCGAGAAGUUAGGUUACAGGGAACCAGGCAGAGGGCCUUCUCGGUGGCACCCACCAUGUGGAACGUCCUCCCAUCAGAUGUCAAGGAAAUAAACCAACUAUCUGACGUUUAGAAGACAUUUGAAGGCAACCCUGUAUCAGGAAAUUUCAAUGUCUAAUGUUUUACAAUUUUUUAUGUGCUAUAAGCUGCCUUGAGUGACUGGGGAAACACAGCCAGAUGGGUGGGGUAUAAUAAUAAUAAUAAUAAUAAUAAUUAGUAAUUAUUGCCUCAACUAUGUAUUUCAGGUAGCAUAUAAUGUAUGUGCAUCAUGUGUACUGUGACAGUGUCCCAUCUGCCCAAUUUACUCCUCACAGAAAAUGUUUUUGAAAACUUAUGUUAGCAUUUUGGGUGUUUAUGUGCCUUGCCUGGGGUGCAAAAUAGCCUGGUACUGGCACUGGUCAUAGGUGCAUAUGCUCUCACCAUACAAAAUGCUCUCACCAUACAAAAGGUGCACAUACGCCUUCAGCACUGCUAGAAAGAAUAAUCAACAACUGUUUUUUAUACCGCUUGAUCACUGAAGUUUUUAAGCAGUGUUCAUAAGAUUACAAAAAUCAUUCAAUGGGCAAAAUCAAUUAAAAUCAUAAUAAAACAGAAAGCUUGCUUAAAAAUGCCUGCUGAAAUAGAAAUGUUUUUGUCAAGCACAUGAAGUUCAACAAGGGACUAACUGAUAAUAUAAAUGUGCUUGUUUGCUUCCGAAUCUUCUUCCAUAUAAUUUUUCUAGUUUAAAAUUGGGAAGAUGAGAGAAGAUUAUAUUAGCAGUUAUGCAGCCUGGCUCUGGCAAAGGCUGCUCUCAGUCUUAUGAAUCACUACCAAAAUUAGGUCUGGUCUGGACAUAUAAGUUAAGAUCAGAACAAGCCAAGUGUAUGAGAAAAGGAUGGCAAGCAAAAUGUGUGACAAGGAAAGAAUUUAGUACCAACUGCUGACUUGAAAGUUUGAUGGGAAAUAUCUUCGAACUAAUUUCAGUGUAUUGGAUUAACAUCAACCUUAAUCAUUUCCUUACUUUUGUGGAGGUUUUUGGGAAACUGAACUGCUUGCACAAACAGUAAGCAAAUAUUGUAGAAUCUGUCGCAUGAUACAUGAGUAGGAUGGCAAAGCAGCUAUUACUUAUGCACACUUUUCAUGUUUAUGGUUUUUCAAGUGUGUAACCACUUACCAUUAUGAUAGCUUUAUUUAUUUUGGUCUGUGGUUAACUUUUCAUUCAAGAACUUUUCAUACUGUUUUGCCAGGGUCACCAAUAUUGUGUUUAUGUAAAGUAUGCUAAUUGUUUGUUGCUGAGAACUUCCCAUGAAAUUUGUAUAAAGAAUUCUUAUUACAUGGCUUUUGUAAAUAAAGCAUCCAUGGGACAUCUGUGAUUACAUAAAACAAAAAUAGAUGGGGGACACUGAGAAAAGAUAUAACCGUGUAGUUUGUAGGCUUAAACUUGAAUGCACACCAAAGUGUGGAUGCUGCCUGCUGGGGCUGCAUUGCUUUUAGUGAAAUGCACAUAUUGCACGUUGAACUGUAUAUUCUGUGGAGAGUUAUUCAGUGCAGGUAGAUUGCAUGGGCACUCAGACACGCAGCAUGCCUUUGAUGCCCUGUGCCACAAACUAGAUAUAAUGAGCACUCAUAUUGGAGUGCUCUGUAGACUGAUAGCUGUGGUCUUAUAUAUACUAGCCUUUUGCGCUCUUUCACUCUUGUCUGAUGUUCCUAACCCUUCUUUUAGACUUUCUUUGCUUCUUUUGGAUUCUUAUGGACGUUUAUAUAUAUUUUCUGUUUUAACUCAUUUUAGUGGUUUUUUAAAAGUAGAUUUUAAAUGACUGUACCCCUCCUUCCUUAUGCUGGUCUGUGACCGUAAUAAAGUGUUGAUUGGUGAUGGACUGGUAGUUUAAAGGCCCUUUUGAAUGGUGGGAAUUCUUGGAGAAAGUGAACCUGAGAAUGCAUAAUGUUAUGUGCUUACCACUACCAGUGCCGGAUUUAUGUAUAAGCUAAACAAGCUAUAGCUUAGGGCCCCACUCUCUUGGGGCCCCCCCAAAAAAAUUAAAAGAAAAAAAUCUGGAUACUUCUUCUUAACUGUAUUUCAGUUCAACAAUUACUUUGAUAAAAUACAUACCGUACAUGCCGGCGUAUUAGGCGACUGGGUGUAUUAGACAACCCCCCAAAUUGGCAGCUGCAAUUUGGGCGUUCAUCUUAUAAGCCCAGUUGCCUAAUAUGCUGGGCAGCUCCGUGCCGGGAGAAAGCCGCCUUGUGUGGAGCGGAGCCCGCCACCGGCUGCAGCUGCUUCAGAGCCGCCGCUGCAGUGGGCGGGCUCUGCUCCGUGACCCCCAACUAUUUAACCUCUUUUCUGGGGUUAAAAAGUCAUCUUAUACGCCAGAAUCUACGGUUUUAUUUAUGUGCAAAUGGCUUUAGAUACCUAUAAGGUCCAUAAAUUACCAUGUAGCAUAUAAUUCAACACAAAAAACAGCAACAAUUUGUUGUUGAUAAAGGACAGCUGGACCCAUUACCUUCAGUAGCUUAGGGCCUCAUCAAACCUAAAUCUGGCCUUGACCACUAUCAUGGGUGGUGAAAAUCUUGAGCUUGACUUCCUUUUGGAAGAGUGCUUGCUGGAGACAUAUGGUAUUUUGAAAUAUUUGAUUUAUCUACAAAUAUACAUAUAGACCAUAGAUAGAGGUGGGAAGCUCCCAGUUUUGGGACCAGAUGCAGCCUUACAGGGCUUUCCUGUUUGGCUUGCUAACCUCUCCCUAGUCCCCAGUCUUCUCAGGCCUAUUUCCCCCGCUAGUGAACUAUUUCCCGCUGAUCAGAGGAGUGGCGUGGGGUAGGGAUGGGGGAGGUCAUUGGAAGGGCUGCUCAGCUGUUUAGUGGAAUCACCUCAGAAGGAAGGAAACAAGGGAAUGGCAGAGUCUCUUGGCAGAGCUACCAAUGGAGUUAGUCUGGUUUUCCUGUCCUUUCCUCCUCACUAAAGCUUUCUGUGGCCCCAGAAAUGUAAGAUAUGGCAUAACAAUGUAAGAUACGGCAUAGAAGUUACAGAGGAAAGGGGGAAUUGAUGGAAAUCAGAGGGCUACCUUCCAUGAGCUCAAGAGCAUUCUAUUUUCACAAGAGUAGGUUUGGAUCCAAACCAGUCUUUUCAAUGUCCUGUGUUAUGUAUUUUCUCUCUUCCUCUCUCUCUUCAUUUGUAAUUUGAAAAAUGAAAAAGAAAAGCAUAUAUUUCAAACCUCCCUAUCUUGGAUUUUUACAUGAACUUAAAGCAGUUUUCAUUCCUUCCAGCAUUGUUUCCAUGUCACUGCACAGAUCAUUAGAACAAGUCAGGUAGAAAUAUUGACCUUCACGUUCGUUGUCUUGAAUUUAAACACAUAAAUUCUGCAAAAUAAAAUAAAAUCUUCUGUCUUUUUUUAUUCUGUUUUCAUUUAGCACUUUCAGACCAUGUUGAAGACUAAGCUAAAUGUCUUAACCCUUCGGAAGGAACCUCUCCCCACAGUGAUCUUCCAUGAGCCAGAAGCCAUUGAGCUGUGCACCACAACUCCAUUAAUGAAAACCCGGUCACAUGCUGGAUGCAAGGUAUCUAAUAAUUCAAAAUCCAGGCAACAUGCCUGUUGUGGAAAUAUUCUGCACCAAUAGAGAGACAGUUGAAAAGGGGUGAGAAAUUUAAACACCUAUAGUAUUUGAACAGCAGUAUUCAAAUAUUUGUUCAGGGUGCUAGAUCCAGGCUAAAGUUAUGCUUAGAAUAGGCCCAUUGAGUAUCCUAAGUCUUGCUGAUUUCAUUGGGUCUGCUCUAAGCACGUUAUGGGUCUUAGUCCAACCCAUUAAGUUCCACAAAAUUAAAAACAGAAUGUUAUUAAAUCUCAGAAAAUUUUACUGUGAAGCAAAUUCACUCUGCAUGAUCCCUGGACUGGUACGAACCAUAAUCAUAUCCUCUGUUAGCUUAGGUUUUUAUUCUUCUUUAUUUUAAUUUGGGCAGAUUCCUCACUGACAGAUGAGGAAGCUGGAACCUAAAAAUUGUUGACCCCGUGAAUCAGAGGUAGGAAAGUAGAUCCAGUCAGUGGGCUGGAUUCUAACUUCCCCUACUCCCUGCAGUGUGUGGGAUCACUUUCUGGUCAGUCACACAACAUUGCAAUGAUGUCAAGCAGAUGACACAUGUCAGUGUUCUAAUGAGAUUGCUGAAACUACCGUUCAUACAGCAAUUUCCUUUGAAGGUGCGUGAUCGGCCACAGGAACGCACCUUCAAAGCGGGUUGUUGUCUCUGCCAAACAGGCAUUUGCCAGUUACAAAAAACACCUUUGAAACCUCCAUUUUCCACUGCAGUGCAGCUGAUCCCAUUGGGGCUCCCUGGGACAGACACUGAGUCCCAUAGGAUGUCAGGUGUAUGGCAGGAGGGGCUGUUUGUGAGGAACAGCUUCACAAGCCAAAUUAGGACCCAUUCCAGGCCUAAUUGGGUCUGUGGGCCAGAGGUUUCCCAUCUAGGCCUUGAAAGAUUCUUAUUUUAAGAACCACACAGAAUCAAUUCUUAGAGGUUGAAACAUUUUAAGAAAUACACUUAUGAAUAAUAAUGAUAAAAAAUUGGCAGAAACUUAGCAUGUUUAAGGUCAGAGGUUGCAGUCCCUGAGUAGAUGGGCUGCGGAAGACAUCUCUACCUCAAUACCAGGAAGGUUGCUGCUAAUCAAGUAGAAAGUGCUGGGCUAUGUGGACACAGGUGAGAGUGAGGUUUCCAUCAGUAAAAUGGGGAGGGAAGCAAUAUGCAAUGAUUCCCCCUCCCUCUGCACCCCCUGUAAAUCUGUUCUGGGGUGUCCUUUAUAUGGGGAAUGGUCAAAUAUUGCUUCUCUCUUAGUUCUGUUGAUGCAAGCCUUAUUGUCAGCUGAGUGACAUGUUUGGCUACAACCCUUAGCUGUAUAAGCCAGUUUCUUGCCCCAAUUUUUAUCCUUUAUUCUAACAAAUUUCAUUUGGUUGGUCCUUACAUUUGGGGGUUCACUCAUGGAAUAGAGGGGAAUCUUUAGCUCAGUAGGUGAGACUGUUUGUAGCUCUGUGGUAGAGUACGUGCUUUGCAUGCAGGUAAUCCCACAUCCAGUUCACAGCAUCUCCUGGCAAGGCUGUGAAAAAACUUCUGUCUGAAACCUUGGUGAACUGUUGGCAGUCAGACCAAUGGUCUGGCUAUGUACAAGGCAUCUUAUAUCCUAUGAGAGGCCAUUUUUACCACUUGCCCCUGCAGCCUCUUCCUCCACAAACAUCUGCUCUGGAGAACUGGGGACCCUCCAGAACAGAAUGGGAGGUGGCACAAAAAUUGCAGGGUGAAGGGAAAGCUCUCUUUUCUUUGUGAAGGAGUGUAUUGGAUACAAGCCACUAACUUGAGUCACCGUUUCAUUAUUGUGUCUUUACUUUCUCUGUCAAAAAUAAUUUAAAAAUCUCAUGUAUUAAUGGGAAAAACAAUUUAUGUGUUUAUACAGUCAGCUCUGUUUAUAAUAUUUAACCCUCCGGAGACAAUGUAGCUGUGGGAAUAGGAUCAUGAAUUUGUUGAGACUUGUACCGUCUUAGCAAAAAAGGGCUCUUAUGCAUUAGCAUGUUUGCAGAGUCAAACAUACAGUAAAAUGUAUUGUAUCUUCUGCUAUUGAACUUGAAUUCCACAUUAGCAUUCUUCAUAAUCCACACCCACUUCAGCUGACCACACCCACUUCCUGGCAUAUGGCCCAUAGGAAGUUGUCCAAGGCUGAAAGCAGCCUGCAGACCAAAAAAGUUAGCCACUUCUGCACCUAGGAAGUUUUGGAUUAUUAACCUUUCCUUCUGGGUCCUUGAAUUCUGCAGUUUGUGAACUGCUCAUUUCUAAGGAGAGUUAUAUUUAUUGUAUGGUUGGGUCCUACUGAGCUUUGAUGUUCAUGGGGUUCUUAGGAUUGAGCAUUUCCAGAAGAAAAUGUCAGAGGAACUGAACAUAUGAAUAGUAAAAGAUAAAACAAUAGGUGUUUUCGUAGCAAAAUAUGUUGACCUUGAAAUCAGCUACCAAGUUGGGGUUACCUGUUUCCAUGGGGGGAGGUCUUGAAUGAUUUCUCAAACUCAAAAUGGUAAACAUAACAUAUUCACUGGACUGCACCAAGCAAUAAAAUAACUUUGAGCUAUUGUGGUGGCAACACUGGAGACCAAAGUGGCUACUGGAUACAUAAUAAAGAAGGAUACAUUUAUGGAUACAUCAUAAUGAAGGAGGUCCAAAAUGGUGCCCAUUAUGGCAGAAUGCUUCUGUGUGUCUGUCAGAGUAGCUGAGUUUUCUCUGUGGGUACAUAUGGAUUAGCUAGUUGCCCAAUGCUUCAGUCCACACUUAGUCACUUUUUGUUGAAAGUCCUUAUACUCUUGUGGUUACCCAUCACUAUGAGAUUGCAGGUGAACUAUCACAGCUUACAAAGAGAUGAACCCUCCCCAAAACAGUUUGGCUGUUGAUGCUUGACAUGGGAUGGGUUGGCUCUUGUUUCAAAGCAAACUUUAAGCCAUAUGGUAUGGCCACAGAGAUCACUCCAGUCUCAAAGAGGGAGCAUUUGUGAUAGCCACCAACAGAAGAGAUUUGGGGUGGGUGGGAAGAGAAGCAAACCACCAUUUAAGUAAAACAAAUCAUAGUCUUUGACCUAUGUCCUGGCUUGUUAAAACAGUUUAAGGCUUAGCAUUUUAUUCAAAAGUAGUCAAAACCUAUGUUACUCGAGUUUAGAUGCAUUUUAUGUAUGGGGUGGUUUGCAUCAUAAGAUUAAGCGCUAACCAUGCUAUACUUUUUCUGUUUUUGGUACUGAAUCUCCUUUUUAUCAUGUAGCUAAGUCAACAAGCUUGGUCCUUUCCCCUUGUCUGCAGUUGUUUCCAACUGAUGUUUUAAACUCUGUUUUUUGACACUAGUAGAACAACAACACAGGUUGCUAUGAAGACAAAAAUGGCAAAACCUGAACAGUGAAACAGAAUAUGCCAAUUCUUCAUGCCCCUAUAAAUAACAAAUCUCCAUGCACAAUAUUCUGAUUGGGAAAAUGGCCAAGGAGAGAACAGGUGUCUUGGUGUGCCUAUUUGGCUUUGACCAGCAUCCUAAUUAUUUAUUGAUUUCCAAAGUGUCAGAAUAUAUUGUGUGAAAAUUGCUGGCAGAGUUUGUUAAUUUUCAUUAGAAAACACUUUCCUUCUACUUCAGAGGCGCACAAUUAUAUUUAAAUUUGACGUUUGAAUUUCUUGAUAUUAAAGGUAGCAUGCUCCACUUAUAGUGUUCAUGCUAGUUUCUGGCAGUUUCUUUACAUUAGACAAGAACUAGCACAUAUUUACUAUAAAUAGCAGUGAAUAAAUUAUGGUUUGACUCUGAGCUGCCACCUCAAAAGUGCAGCUUACAGGUUAGAUAGUGGUUUUGCAUUGUGUCCCCUUGCACCAGGUCUGGCAAUUCACAAAGCUGUUGGCAUUUUCCAUUAGCACUUCUAUACUGGUCUCUUUCCACAAUACUCCAAACUGUUUGGAAUGUUUCCAAAUAGUUAAUCCGCUUGGGAGAUUUCUAGAAUUACCAGCAACAGACAUUGUCAGGAUAUGCUAGCCCUGUGCUACUCUGAAAGCUCAGGUGAUGUAGUGUAAAUAGUGUUGACAUUCUGUAGAGCAGGGAAAGUCAAUGUGUUGCCCUUCAUAUAUUGUUGGACUCCAGUUCCAAUUUUCCUUGAUCAUUCAGCAUGCUGGCUGGGCCUGAUGGGAUCUGGAAUCUAGAAAACAUAUUGACGGCACUACAUUUAAUUUCCUUUGCUUCAGAGCAGGCUUCUUCAAGCUUGAAUUCCCAGAUGUUGUUGCAUUACUACUCCUAUCAUCCUCAGUCAGCUUAGCCAGUGGUUGGGGAUUAUGGGAGUUGUUGUCCAACAAUAUCUGGAAACCCAAGGUUAAAGUCACUACUAUAGUGAAUGUUUGUCUUGAAAUCACUGAUCUGCCAUUGAGUACAUUGUGCAGGCUUAUACAGGUUAUAUAGUCUUUCAAGCUAACCUACUUCCACAGUGGUUGAGAGAGUGAAAACAGCCCUGUAGUGGUUCUGGGGGUUGCUCGUGCGUAAGCCGGUGCAAACACCUGGCUGGGUUGCCUGAGUGAACCUUUUCUGUCCAGCCACUCACCCGUGGCUGUCUCAAUCGCUGGCAGAAUCUGUCAGUGGACGUUUCUUAAACUUCUUCCAGCAAAUAAGCUCUUUGACGCCUAGUCUCCUCCUACUCUCUCUGCGCGAAAGCCUUCUGCGCAAGGAGGGCGUAGGCAGCGGAGGACCUCUACUCUCCCCGCUGGUCCCCGGCAAGGAGUCAUGGGACCGCCUCGCCGCUUCCCCCAUCUGCCCCCCUUCUCCACUGGUGCUACGCUGAUUCUCUUCCCCAGAAGAUGGGCUGCCUCUCCCAAUCCCGGGACGCUCUCUGGAAUCCCUCUGGAUUUUGCUCUCUCCCUCUGGCACUGAUGGCAGUUCCCUGACAAGCCCCAACUAUGCCGCCAUAAGCUCCUCAGUGAAGGGUGCAUUGCAAAUAAGACAAGUAAGUACUUUGCCAUUUCCCCACAGUUCGAACAGACAUCAAGAUAUCUUGCUUUCUCCCCCUCCCCUCUCUGAAGUCAGGAACUUGUAGGAAUGAUUCUUGCGAAUUGUUAUUUUCAAACCACUCAUUACUCAAAUGCAAAAUGACAGAGGUUAAAAAGGUUGCCUGUAACUUGUGGGGUUGUGUCGCAAGUUUAAUACUUUUCUUAAAUUCUUCAACGUGAAACCAGUUCAGUACAGUCAGUGAUCAGAGUCAGUUCUUAUUUCAGUCAGAUGUUUAGUCGUCCUUUUUGAAAAGCAAGUGUUGUUUGUCUUGUUUCCACCACACUACCUGACAUCUUCAUUUAACUUGGACUGACCCUUCUGUCUUAAGCUUAUGAUGAAUGGUGCUUGCAUGGCUCAGGUGACAAUCACUCUAGCAUAUAGUUUUGCAAAAUGGCAUUUGCAAUUGUAUGGUGGUGCGUCUUCUUAAAUUGGAAGAUUGCAAACUUCAAGUUUUUAUUUCCUCUCAGCUCGACAUGUCAUAUUGACUAAUUUUGGGAAGCAGCUUAUUUUACCAUUAUUACAAUUGAAGUUUUGGAUGUGGAAUAUUAUUUCUGUAGCAGGAAUUACAGUGUUACCCUUGGAGGGGAAAAAAGAUACCCAACCAUUACUUUAAUUGCUAGGUCACCAGCAGCAGCAAAAAAGCAUGAGUUAAUAAAAAAUUGGACAUAUUCUGUGCCUACAGAAGAAGUUAACUCUGAACCCAGAGUGUACCUUUAGCUGUACUUACAUAUCUACAUUGCUUAGGAUUUACAUUAAGUGUGUCAUAGCUUUUAAGAAAAUCAAACCCACAUUAUAAAUAAAAUGAAUUAAUCACUGCACAUGGAACAGUCCACUCUAUACGGAGCUUGACUUCCUAGAAUCAAGUACAGUCCUGUUGUGAACUAUAUCCACAUUCACUUGGACCAGGCAGUUGCAUUAAUACAUUACUGUGUUUGCGUGUUUACUCAACAUCUCAGGUUCUUACCAUCUCAAGACUUCUCCUUUAAUUACACAUCCUCACAUGGUAAAACUGCCAACGCAAUCAUUUGACAUUCAUAGCUGACCUUGUCUGUUUCAGCCACAGUUGGUUAGCUGAUGCAUGCAUUGCUAAAGCCACUUCCUUUUGUGACUAUUGUGCGGUAGCAACCCAUUCUCGCCAGUACAACUGCAUUUCACAAAAUAUGGAAAGCAGUUAGCAAAUUCUUUCAAGGUUCUUUGCCAACUUGGUAAGUGGUAUGGCGGUAAGCUGACCACAACCACUUCCCUUUUCAAAAAGGGUAAAUGCAGAUUCCUAAACAAACAAGGCCCAAAUUCUCCAAUGGAGUGGUUUAAAGGAAGAUGAUGCAGCAAUUUUGCUAAGUGUAAGCAGGUCUAAACUGGUUCAGUGCCUGGAUGUGAGAAUUAUAUCCAUGCAACCUUGACUUAUUUCAAAGAAAGGCAAUGUAUGAAUGAAAUAAAUGUUGGUAAUGAAUCCAUAAUUUCCUCUUGCCAUCUCAUUUCUCUUGAUUAAAUGUUGCUAAGUUCAUUUCACCAAUUGACACAGUUCCUUAUUCCCAAAUUCAUUGCUUGGCUUCCUCUUUCGAUGUUUGUGUGUGCUAAAAGAGAAAUUUGCAGAGACCUUGAAAUCCCCAAACUGUUUUAAGGAUAGGCUCAUCACAGGCAGAUACCCAACAGAAUAUGCCUUUGGCCUAGCUGCACAAUUUCAGCCUGCAUAAUAGACUUGUUCCAAACAUUGCCUUAGCUUUGCCAUGAAUAAUAUUGCUUUGACUAGGAUGUGAAGGGAGGUAUGGAUUUCAGAAGAUGAGCUAUUGCAAAAUUCCAACAGUUUAUAAUACAGAAAAAGCUUUUAUACAGUAGCAUAUCCAAGCAGAUUAAGAAGAACACGAAUGGUAUUAAGUGCUUACAAAGAAGGCAAGCGGAAUGUGGAUACUCACUGUUCGCCAGUGAUUCCUUCCUUAACCAAAAGACCUUUUUGCACAGAUAGUGAUUGCAAAGUCCUGGUAAAAAGAGGUACCUGACCACUUCAGAUGUAGUCAACAUGGUGCCCUCCAGAUAUUUCUGGAUUAAUACUCCCAUCAUCCACGUCAGUUAGCCUUACUGGCUGGGACUGAUGGAAAUUGUUGACCAAUAUAUGAAGGGCACCAGGUCAGCUACCCUGGGACUACAUCAGCAGUCCUCAACACAGAUAUUUGGUCACCUGAAGAAUAGCAAAAGGGAAAAAAAAGGCAAGUGAAAAUUUAGAGGCAGAAACUCCCUGGAUCCAGCUAAGUGGAGAAAUUAGGUGAAAGAGUUUGGCUGUGGAACACCCAGUGAUGUGUACCAUGGUGGCAUGAGCAUAGGGGUGAAUACUGUUAUGUAUCCCACCUACACUUCAAAUGAUGUGCACUGUAAUCAUAUGUCAAGCUGGCAUCAAUGGUGUUGAGAAAUGGGAAGACAUUUUCAGUCAUGUCAGGGAGACAGGAGACCGGUAUAUCUGUGUCUACAUAGCUUUAGAAAAGCUAAUAGUCUCCAAAAAUUGGAAUGAACAAUACAUAUGUGAUUGUCCUGAAAUGAAAAUGAAUCAUUGAAUGCAGAGCAGCUGCCAAGUCAACAAGCAUCCGUGUCUCACUCAACAGAAUAGCUAGUUUAUCAUCUCCAAAUCUUGGAGAGAGCUGUGUCAUAUGCCGAUUUACUUAUUUCAUGCUUAGGAUGAUCCGUGAAACCAAAAGAAGCUUGUUCUGUGAAUGGAUGCAAAAAUAGAUACAUGCAAUAAGAAUGAAAAGAGGAGAACAUUAUUGGAUUAGGACAUCACGAUAAGAUAAUUAGUCUUCAGGGAAGAAAUCUCAGCUUUUCAGUACUGAACUACAGUGUUGGAAAAGUUUAACUGAGCCAGCUGAAUUCAUAGUAAGGAGACCACAGUGUGCGUACCAGGCUGCAUAUACACCAUACAUCAAUAUGUACCAUUAUAGAUGCAUUUUUACAGCAGGUUAGCCCUUUAGUCUGCAGUUGCUGAUAAUUCAGUGCUGUUGUUCUCCUUGUACAACAGACUGUCAUUCCAACAGCUGCAGAAGGAAAACCAAAUCUGUAACUUUUGAACUAAAUAUAUAUUGGUAAAAUGUUUUCGAUCACUGUAAAUGCAAAUGGCUAGAUGGUUUGAAUACAAGAGCAUUUUACUUCAUGGGAGCAGCAGUUGAAGUUAGGAAGAAAGGAACUUCCAAAGUUCCUUUGCAAAUGUGAAAUAGUGAGUGGCCCAAGGGUAUUAAGUAAUUUAGUAGCCAGGUGACAUUGUUGUGGCUGAUAUUCAGGUAUAUUGAUGUUCCUGGUAUGUUGUCAGCAUCAUAGUAAAGGGAAUUUAGAGCCAGUUUAUCCUUACCAUGUCCUCCAUAAUCCAGAGAGAUUCUGUUUCUCUUGUAAUCCAACAUUACUGUUUCAACAACUGGGUGCUACCUGGUGUAGAGUUCUGGUAUAUUUGUGUGAAGUGAUUUGGUAACCAAGAUCUUAAACGUGUUGCAAUAUAAUCACUACAAGAAGAAAAAUAUCUGCUAAGAACUGAGUUUGGCAUUGUACAUUUAGGUUCAACAUUGCACACAACAUUGCUACUUGCUCCACUUUCAUUUGCAGGGUCUCAUUUGCAUGUGGGGAUCUGAACCUGACCUCAUGCUCUGAGAGCCAGGGCCAGCCCAUGACAUUUAGCUGCCUGAAGUAGAGGACAAGAUGGUCCAUGUAGAGAAGAUGAGUGGACUGCUUGCUGAAAUUUAUUUCAGUAUAGCCAACUUCACUGGUGCAGUUCUUCACUGCACCUGAGGACAGCAAGCUAUUUUAUUGGCGUGCAUGACACAUAGAGUUGUGCCCUCCAGCAGAUGGGCAUGGCCAGGAGUAACAGCCAGAGGACUGCUGCCACCAUCGAGAAUUGGCUGCUUUUGGUGGUUGCAUCACUUUACAUAAUGAUAGGUCAGACCCAGAUUGACAGACCCCAUAUUUGAGUUCUGCAUCAUUAACCUUACUGAGUGUGGUGUGUUACAUCCUGCAAAAUUUGAUUAUACCAAGUGGUAUGUGAUGCAAGGAUAUUAGACACCAUAGAUUAAGGGUAGCCAACAUGGUGUCCUCCAGGUCUUAUUAGAUUCAAUCCAGCAUAGCUGGAUUGAUCAAAGAUGAUAGGAACUGUGGUUCAACAAUUAUGUUGACCACUUCCGCUGAUUGUCUGUUCUAUACUUAGAAGGAAUGUAUUUGAGCAUUAAAACGUAUCUAUACAGACCAACUUCUUCAUGACAGAGGUCUUUAAUGUCUUGCACUUUAAUAUGAUUUUCAGUGUAAACCCAGGACAGUUUAAUAAAACUGAACCACGUUGAGGGGGCUGAAAUUGUAGUAUACAAAUACUCAAAUAAAUUACUAUCAUAUUAUGUUUUGAAUAUUCUGUUUAAAAUGCAGGGAUUAAAACAGCAACUUGUGCAUACAUACACAUAUAGACACACACAACUUUUCUAAUCUGAACAGUUGAAAUCACUUUUAUGCCAGCUACAUGGUAAAUGAAAACAAUGUUUCCCUUGUUUACAUGGACUGUUAGGGAUUCACAGCUUUAAAGACUUUUGUGCAACUAUUCACACAACGCAUGAUAUAAAAUUUCUCAGUUUUUUCCAUCUCUUUGUGUGCAGCACAUACUGGGCAGUUCUAUUACUAGAGAUAAUCAGUUCUAUAGAUACAAUAAACAGGGUUCACUGGAUACCUCAUGACACUAUGAUAAAGCAAAAUUGAAAUUUAUUGUGGUGGUUACUGUGAGCAGAUUCUGCUGUCAUUGCCAAUCGGCUUGCUAUGAAAUGUCCUUGAAAAAUGUCCUCACCUUUAUGUGACCACUUUGGCUUCAGGAUGGAUCCACUAGAAACGUCUCUGGUGUAAUUUGUAUGAGUGAUAUCUAGGCUGGGUUGCUAUGGUUACUUGUCUAUCCAACAGCCAGUUGGCUCUUUGUGAUAAUUAGUGCAGACACUGCAUCUUUGACUUGAAUUGGCUACAGUAGAUGGAAGAGCUUUUUAUUUCUAACUCUUGAAUCACAUCUAACAUAUUAAGAACCCCUUGUGAAAUAAAAUAAAAUAAAAUAGUGUACAUGUAUUAUUCUUUCUAUUAUAACUGAAUGAAAUGCUUUACCCCCCCCCCCAAAAUGGUGUUAUAUAUUAUAUAAGGUGCAUUGAUACUCUUGAUUUUACAGAUGAGAAUGGGAAUGAUUUUGGACCAAGGCAAGUCUGAGAAUGAGUAAUCAGCAGCUGAUUACAGUUGCUAGUACCUUGUACUAGAAUUGAAGCUCCUGAAAUGGGAGCAGCUGAAAUUAGUUCCAUAGGGUGGAAUUCAACAUCGCACUAUUACAAAUGUUCCAUCUGCACAAGCAUAUCAGCUUGCUAGACAGAAUGAUCUCUUUUUUAAAAAAAAAAUAAUAUUUAUUGAGAAUUUUAAGAUUACAAAGAAACAAAGAAAAAAAAGGAGGAAAAAACAAGUAACAUUUAAACAAUACGAAUCAAUUAAAAAAAAGGUCAAAAAGAGAAAAAAUACAAAACACAUAAUACAUCAAAAUCAAAAAUAGACAAAAAAUUUAAAAACAAAUCCAAUAUUCCCAAAUCAUUAACUGUCAUUACGUUGUUUCAUCGACCUCCUCACACCUCCCUUUUUUGUAUUCUAGUUGUUAAUUAUCUCAGCAAAUCCUUUCCAUCUUUCAUAAUAUUCUGUCAUUAAAUUACCUUAAUCUAUUUUAACCUUAUCUUACCAUAAAAGGCCCUAAAACUUAAAACUUAAAUCUUAUUUAUACCAAAUUCUCUUAACCAUGACAUAUUCUUUUUAACAUUUCUGCUAAAGCCAAAUAAUUUCAUUCCAACAUUUUUCUAAUACUCUUUACUUUUACAAGAUUUUCCUAAAUAAAUUGUUUAAAACUUUCUUCCAAUCUUCAUCCAAUGUCUCUUUCUCCUGGUCUCGGGUUUUGUCAGUCCUUUCUAUCCCAUCCAUCUAGUCCAUCAACCUGGUAACCUUAUAUCCGAGGCCCUUGGAUCUCUUCCAUGUCCCAUCCACAGAUCUUCUUCAUAUUUAUACCUGUGCUUUACUUUGUCUUCUGCUCCUUUCACUCGUGGAGACUCCAGCUUGACAAUGUUUUUGUCCCUUCUCGACAGAUCAGCCCCUUUUCCAAAGUCAACACUGAACUCCAUGUGGUAUUUAAAAGCAUGUUUCAAAGUCCCUCCAAAGUUAAGGGCCCGCACAACUCUGAACGCCUCCCGGCCCAAAGCCAGACUUGAAAGGUCAAAACAUCCCUGCAUAGGGGGGUCUAUCCAGCCCCCCAUCUCCAAACCAAACAGAACUCUGUCUCUCCAAAUCUGGCUUCCUCCAGGUUCAUUCGUCAAGUCCAACAACUCAUGUUCCUGCUGGGCCACAGUUCCCUCCAUCUCUGCCUCACUAGGUCCAGCAACAACCUCCUCCCUCAUCUGAUCUGUCAAAGCACACUCCUGAGUUAAUUCCUGAGUGGGUUCUAUAUAAGUACCCACUGCCUGUCCAAACUUUCCGAUCCCAACAGUCAUCAAAUCCAUCUUCUCAUGUAACUGUUCCAAUAAAGCACUUGUCUUACAAAAGGCCAACACCAGAGCCUCCGAGUACAUUGUUGUUGAAGGUCAGAGUCUGUUCCCACGAUCUUAAUCUAUUGCAGCUGCAAAGCUCCCCAGUUCGAAUUUAAUAACAGUUUCACAAGCUCCCUCUAGGGGAAAAAGCUUCUAUUUGUAUCCAUCUCUCUCUUUUUUUUUAAAAAAAAGCAAAUCUAACAACAAACUUUCCUUUUUCAGAUCAUUUGUCAAUAUUUUGUUCCUUUUAGAUGCGAAGGGGAACAAUGGAAUCCAUAUGUUUCUCUUCUUUUAACUAUCUGUCAAAAACGUUUGUCUAUAGUCAAUGAACUUCCCGAAGACGUCUGUCCUGACACCCCGCUCCCAGGUUCAGGACCGUGGAGAAUUGCUUUUCUUUACUUAUCUUCUGCAAGUUUAAUCAGUCCAGAAAAAGUCCCCCCCUCUUCUCCUGCUUCCAAGGGGGGUUCAGUAAUUUUAAAUGAUGAAAAUUGAUCCUUUACAAACGAUUUUCUAAGCUCUAGCUUGCCGUGUCUUUGCUUCAAUCUAUUUACAAAAAACGGAAGGCAGACUUCCUGUUUAGACCUCCCGCUUCAGUGCCAAAUUAAAAGAAAUUUCUUAUUCCAAUUUUCCGUUCUACUCACGGACAGUUAUUUAAGCUCCAAUUGUCCACAGGAAAAAGUCAGCGCUCUCCGGCAACAGCAAUGCGGCUUCACUCCGUGAAAGAAGCAGUCGAUUCAAGGCACCGUGCCACUCACCCCACGUCGCUCCGGAAGCCCGAAAUCGGGUUUCCCCGUGAGUAAGGUGCCAGCUGAAUCCCACGUCCACAGGCUUCUCCCGCCUGUGGUUUUUGAUGGGUCUCCGCCUCGCCGUGGCGGUUCAGACCCUGUUUUCCACGGAGCGGAUUCCUCCCGAUCGGAGGAAAUCCGCCAUUGCCAGAGGCGCCAACCCGGAAGAAUGAUCUCCCUUCCUUCCCCCAUGUACCAUUCUGCAGGUUCUCCUAAUCCCCACUCAAACCAGUCGGGGGGGCACAUGAAGGGAGAAAAGGGAAGGAAAUCCCUGCUGUAGAUAUGCAUCUUUGAAUUCCAAUGUUAAAAAAAAAAAAAGUUUCCAUUAAGGAUGGGGGCAAACAUUCAGUGCAGGGCCACUCAGUUAUGGGAUCAACCCUGUUUGAACUGCAGUACACAGACUCAAGGUGGGCAUAGUGUCUUAAUUCUGUUCACAUCCCACCUUCCGUAUACCGCAGUCUAUUGCUUUCCCUAGGAAAAAACAGCCUUAUCUGUUGGGAGAAGUGGCGACUGAUGGAGGGCUCCAGCAGAGAGGAGAGAGGCCCAAUGAGCUUAUUCUGUGGCAGGAAAUUAUUCAUAAGAGCAGCUGUGAUCAUGGAACAUCAUUUCCUCUGGAGAGGCCUGAUGGGCCUCCACUGGGAACUUCCACCUAAAGUUGUUUUUAUUUCUUCUUUGGAGAAGGGGAGGGGGGCUGUGCAGCCAUUACACCUAUAGUAUUAAGAUAAACUACUUGGAGAGUUUGGGGGAUUUUCAAUAAGUUGAUUUGGGGGGCAAACAUCUCACUACUCAGCAGAGUUCUUACCCUGUUGUUUAGCCCUGGGACUCUUAUAUCAACUAACAUUAAUUAAAAGGGGUAAUAAAGUUAACCCUCCAAUAAUUCCUUAUUUUUAUAGCUCUUAAUAUUGUGAAAGGAAGUAUGUAGCUGGCUAGUUCAAAUCAAUAUGUGAAAUUCAGCAUAUUAUACCACCCCACUGCCUGCUUUAGCUUUUCCAAAUUACACUGUUCCUUGCAGAGUUCUUCCUUAUAUGCAACUCAUAAUGACCAAGAAAGUUCCAGAGUCUUGAAUGGCACCCCUGCACCCCUUAGGUUCCUAGCCCUCAAUGCCAGGGUCUUUUCCUCUAGUCUCAGUCUCUUUUAAUUGCCCAUGGAUUAAGUUCCUAUAGCUCAUGGACCCAAGCAUCAGGCCAGAUGUUGGGCAAACCAUGACUGGUGGAUGGGGCAAUCUCAAAAGGGCUCACUCUUAGUGCUGAUGCACUGAUUGGUGUUAACAGCAGGUCUUCAAAGGGUUCAAUCUAAGCACCGAUAGAAUGAGUCUCAUUGAGUGUACUAGGGAGUUAGUUCAGCUGAUCUCAGUGGGGCUUGCUGGCAGCACCAAUCAGCUAUAGGGUCCUGGCAGCAAGUCUUGCACUUUAAGCUCCUGAUUGUUCCUUUGUAACUACAUCAUUACCUGCCAAUCACCUGAUAUCACAUAUGUCAUCAGGGAUGGUGCAGGUGGGCAUGGAUUGGGGAAAAUGGCCUUGUGAGCCAAGGGGGCCUGUGGGUGGGAGACUGCUGCUUACUGUCAACUCUGUUCUCACCCAUUAAGCUACUUUGCUUCUGGGCUCCCUGGCUUUUUAGGUUCCAUAUGUUCUGGUGUGUCAACCAAGUCAGCUUUCAAGUUCUUACCUUCCAUGAGGUGGUAAUCCCUAACAGACUGACAGCCCUUCUUUUUCUCAUUUCUCAGCUUACCAGCAUAAUUGUAGAGUGAAGGUGAAUGUGUUCACAUGCUUUUCACAUAACUAGAGCUACCUUUUGAUGGGACCAUGCUAUUUUUGAUGAGUUACAGCAGUUUUGACAGUUUGGGCCUAGGACGUAGGGCCUGAGAACUGAAUCUAACUUGCUAAGACUUUCCCUCCUAGAAAAGCUUCCCUUUGCUUUUCUGGAAUGACAUGUCCACAAGUGAGCUGCUGCACAACAGCAGGGUGAGGCUGUGCUUGGUGGGGAUAGCCUUGGUGAGUUUCCAAUUUCCCAUGGUCCUGCAUUGCCUGUUUUUGAAUUUUGGCCAAAGUGUGCAGUGAUGAGCAUAUCACAUUUGCCCCGUGAUUGUGAGAUAAUUCAAGUGGCAUUAAUGAAAUUCUAAUUCUUGAAAAACGAGAAAGGUGAAUCAUCUGUUAAAUCACAUAAAUGUCAUAUGAAUUGAUGUAACUCUCUUGCCUUCAGCAGCACUUGUGCCUGUUUAUGGGAGCAGUAAAUAUGUGGACAAAGAGUUGUGUAUAAAUACAGUCGGCUUGCAAUGUGCACACAUUUAACUUGCAUGAUUGCAGCUUUAUGUGCUUGGCAGCUGACCAGCUGAUAUCACAGAAGAUAAACGCAUGCAAGGCGCAGAGCUUAAAAGCUCUUUCCUGGUGUGGAAAGCACUUUUAAGCUCUCAAUCUUGCUUACCAGGCUCUAACUCUGGGAGGAUCCCAUGAGAUCUUGUGAGAGCCUUCCAGAGCCCAGUAAGCAAGACAAAAAGCUUAAAAGCUCUCCACCAUGUGUGUUGGGGCGGAGGCCAAGGCCUGCUUGGCACACUGGCUUUGGAAAGGUAGGGAUGGUCACAUGGGGGCAAUUCCAAAGUUAAAACAAUUUUGGCUUUAUACACUAUCCUCUGGAACAUAACCCUUGCAUAAAUUGUAAUCCCACUGUACUGGAUUUACACAGUAGGGUUUAUGGGUUCUCUUUCUGUAACAGCUGUGUUCCUUCUAAGUUUUUCUUACCCACAAGAUUCCAAAACUAUGGGUAACCUCAAAAGAGAAAGGUUUGGGAUUUUGUUGACCUAAGGACUAGUACACACCCAGGGGUUUUUAGUGGCCCUAGGUUCAGUUAAUAGUAUUGUAAGUGUUUGAGGAGAGACAUAGCUCAUUACUUCGGCAAUUAAGUGUUUUGGGUUUUUUUGUUUUUUUAAAGGGCCCAGGUUCCGUCUCUUGCAUUAGCAGCUUCAAGGAUUAGGGGGCCGGUAAUACGGAAGACCUCACCCAGGAGAACUGCCAUUCAUAGUACAGAAUACUGUACAGUGCUAGAUAGAUGUAUAGUCUGACCUUGUGACCUGUGUUUCUGUGUUUCCUGUUUGAGAUAUAUUCCUUCAUUGAUUGUGGAACUGCUAGUAGGCUAAACUAACUGGGGUAAUAAAUGUGAUAACAAGCUUGCUUAAUUAUCUAGUUCUCAUUUAUUCACCCGCAGAGUUUUUUAAAUUUAUGGUAAUGGGUAUCCCUAAAUGUUGCACUGUUCUUGAGAUUAAUGGAGCAUGCCAUCUCAGUAGCAUUUGAUAAUUACUAUAGUUCUUAGGUUUGGGGUAUGAUCAGUAAGCAUGAUGUCAAGGCCAGGAAAGCAUUCCUUAGCCAGGGUCUGUAUUUGGAACUGAAAAGGCAUAGACUGGCUCUUGUUUGGAUGUUAAAGAAUUCAAUAAUGUAUAAGCUCAGUGUUAGUGACACAUCUGUUGUCAGAUGUCUAUGUUGUUGAAACAUUUUCAUUGAAUAACUGUAUACCUGCCUUCUCAGAUAAGAAGCCAUCCAGUUUUUAUUUAAAUCUAGAUUUUGCCCAACGUAUUGAAGAGAUGAAUAAUGAGUUUCAGUUUUUUAAGAAGAACACAAGGAUCAAACAAAAGAGAAAGGCAUUUUCAGAUGUGAUUAGCUAGUGACAGAGUACCAUUAUUAUUCUGUGAAUAUGUUAUGGUGUAGUAAACUAUAUAUCUUGCUUGAGAUCACAGAGGAAAAUACCCAGCUAUUUGCUUGUGUCUGUCUGCUAACAUCUUAGAUGAUGUCAUGUCUAUUGUUUCGAAUGUCUUCUAAAAUAUCUGUAAAAUACUUUGCAGGUACUUAUUCAGUGAUUAAUGGUCAACAUAGAAACACCACUUGGCAAGUAGAACAGUAAUUAGGAUCAUAGAAUUGUAGAGUUGCAAGGGACCCUAAGGGUCAUCUAGUUCACCUCCUUGUAUGUAAGCCUUGUGGAUGUAUUGGGGGAUUUUCAGCAGUGAUAAUUGCUGGUGAGAUUAAUGCAGUUUUUCUUAGGAUAUGCCUAGUGCUAGCAUUGUAUAUCCUGGAUCUCUUCUUGUAUAAGAAACCACUUGCAUAAGAAACCAUUGUAACAGUCUGCUCAUGGUUGAGCCAGCAUAGAAGUUAUGUUCUAGGUUAAGGUAUAAUAUAUCAUAUAAUUAUGUAACACAUACAAUGCUAUUGGUAUUUUAUAUAUUGCUGACUUUGAUAUCAGUGGAACUUCAUCACCAUAAAAUUAGUUCAGCAUUCAGACCGCAAAGCAUAAAUCUUAUGGAAUUUCAUUUAAUCAAGCACUUGCUCUCAAUUACUUGGAAGUGCUAGAAUGCAGCUGAUGAGGAUAACAUUUUUGCUUACCGUAUAUCACUAAAAAUAUUAAAUAACCCAUGCAGUAAGUUUUAUAGCAUAAUGCAGCUUGACAGAGAAUCGAAGACCACAGAACCUGCCCUUUCUCUCUCUCUCUCUCUUCAUCCCCAAGCUGUGCUUCUAGGACUGUUUGAAGUCCUAAAUAGGAAAGAUGACUUCAAUUCUGUCCCAGGCAGACAUCAGUGUAUACAUAAUUUAACACAGUUUGGCACAAUUCACAGUCAUCACCUAGGAAAUGCCCAGAAGUGAGUCAAUGCAGCAAAAUCAGUUCCUGACAACUUCUAGAUAGCUACCCUUUGAAGGCUUCAUUUCCUGUGCAUUGUUUUGCCAUUGCUUGUAUAUUCUGUGACUGGUGUGCAUCAAGGGAUGUAUAUGUCUACCUGAAAAUACAAUACUACCAGUAUUGUCAUUGUUUCCUAUGUUUGCUGGUGGGAUUGGUACAAAAUCAGAACUAGGAACUUCUCAAAACUCUUGCCUUGAGGGAAACUCCACAUUCUCUCUCUCUCUCUGGGAAUCAUAGUAUUUUGACAAUAUUAUCAGUUUCCUGUCUUCCUUUGCUGAGCAGAAAUAGCGUGAAACUGUGUGCCAUUUUCUUAUGUCAGUUUAUCAUUUUUUAUGAAGCGUUGAAUUUUUAGAGAGUUGUUAAACCCAGACUUAACAUUAAUAAAAAUGAAUAGAGAAUUAUGCUGUGACACUUUGUGCCAACUUCCACAAACCAUGAAGCUUUCAACACAUUAAUGCUAGCAUUUUUAGAUAACGAUGAUUAGAGGAAAAUGUGCAUCCUAUUCCCCCCUGCAAUGUGAGAAUUUUGAAAUAAAGUAUAACAGUAAACUGCUAUAAUACCUUUCACAACAACAGGAAAUACAUCUUGCAUGAUCAUCAUGUUCUGAUAUCUUAUUUUUUGUAUUAUUUCCUUUUUGAAAUCCAUGUUUUUUAAUUACACCACUUCUUUUGAUAUUCUGGAGGUUUUCUGUGCAGGGGGUUCAGAGUUAUCUUAGUAGGAACUGGCUUAGCUUGGGGUAGCCAACAUAGUGCCCUCAAUAUAUUGUUGGACUACAACUUCCAUCAUCCCUGACCAUUUGCCAUGAUUGCUGAGGCUGAUGGGAAUUGUGGUCAACAUCUAGAGGGCACAACAUCUAGAGGGCUUGGCUACUUUGAUGACACAGAGGGGCCAAUCUUAGAAUUUGAAUGUUAGUGUCUUUGAGCAAUUUUUGGCAAAGUAAUAAUGCUUUUCGUUUCCAGUGCAGACUGGGGUGGACAAUGCAUUUGCUUCUAGGUAUAUGAAAAAAACAGGUAUUAUUUGCUUGUUUAUUACCUACGCUUCACAAGGUUCCACAGUGGGUCACAACAUUAAAACACAAUAUUAAAAACAGUUUAAAACAAUGCUGGCUUCUUAUGCCUGGCUGUAGAUUGAUGGUUAGAGACAUGAGUUCAAAUAUCAACUUCAGCACUUGUUUCAAAAUUCUAAAGAGGCAAGCAAGGGAAGUAGUAGGAGUCAGCUAAUAAGGAGAACGUGCUUGCCACUGGCUCAGGGGAUUGCUGUAAAAUACCGUAUUUUUCGCUCUAUAACACGCACCCGACCAUAACACGCAUGUAGUUUAUAGAGGAGGAAAAUCCGUAGGCAUGCCACCCGUAGGCAUUUCCUCCAUAACACGCACAGACAUUUCACCUUACUUUCUAGGAGGAAAAAAGUGAGUGUUAUGGUGCAAAAAAUACGGUAUUAGGAAGUACCAUCAAUGCUGAGGAUUUGCUCUAGGUCCCUCCAUCUGUACGUGACAGCAGACUUCCUUCAGAAUAUGCUUAGGCUAGUCAAACUAGUUCUCUGUCUCUCCUUUUUUCGUCCUACUUAAAUGGAACAAGUGCGGCUGACAGUGGCUUGGGAUUGCAAUCUGCUUUGUAAUUUGGUGACAUGGGCUGAGGUUUUGCAGUUCCUCUUUCCAUUCUUGCUGAAGCAAGUUUGUCAGAUUUCACUCAGAGCUCAGCCCAUUGUGAUAGCAUGAAGACCAUGAAUGAGAAAUAGGAAAUAUAAAACCACAACACCACUUGUUGUUCCAUGCAUUUACCGCUUGAUUUGGUGUAACAGCCGACUUCCCCAUUGUAUAGAAUUUUGAUUAAAUCAGCAGCUUUUUGGGGGGUGGGGAGCUGAUUACAAUGAUUCUACUCCCAGUCACCCCAUGCAGCAUAAGAACAGUGUUGUUUGUCUUCUCUAACACUGCUCAAAUACCUGAUAGAUAACCCUACAAACACCAUAAAUUAGACUACUGGAACAUUUUGCGAGUUUCUGACAGUAUUUUCCUGUUGUUGUUGUUUAGUCGUUUAGUCGUGUCCGACUCUUUGUGACCCCAUGGACGAAGAGUAUUUUCCUAGGGACUAGCAAUUUUAUAUUAUCUAUAGGGUGAGAAAUGGAAUAGCUUGGGGGAGGGGGUUAAACUGAACAUUUCCCCACUGCCAGCAUUGUCAGAACUUAGGAAUGGUUUCAGAAAAACUGUUUUCCAGAAUAUUUUCCAAAAAUGCAGACUUGGGCAGGGAGACUGUCCUGAGGGGAUCAGAAUAACUUUGUUAUAUCUGUGUUUUUAUGUAAAAAGAGAACCUAUAAUUUAUUGCGGGAAAAAGAACUCUGGCCAGUUUUGCUAUAAGGUAAAUGUGAAACCUUUGUUUAGUUUCAGUACUCCCAGCCUUUUCUUCUUGAAAUAUUUUGGAAAACAUUUUUGAGAAAUAAGUACUUGAGGCACCCUGAACGACUAUCUAUAGCAGCUGGACGGCAGCUGUCUGUUCUUCUCUGCAAGUUCAGUCUACCUAUUGGAACACAUAUUUCCUAUUGCUCUACAUAUACAUUAAAGAGGAUAGUUUUCAAAGUUCUGUUUUUUCAUUCCCUUCAAAAUUCUGUGCUUUUGGGUAGAAAUAACUAAGGCAAGUUUGUAUUCUCCCUGUUGCCAUUUGCAAGCAAAGCCUGCAGUUUUGUAUUUCAAAAUAGAUUGGGAAUUUGAGUCUUCUCUGCAUGCCUCGCAUGAUGUCAUGUGUUGGCAGUGAAAAGUUAUUCAUGUGGCCACUACAUACCACACACAUGACCACUACGAACACAGUCAUGCCAAUUUGGUAUUUCUGAAAGGUUACAAAUCAAUGAGAAGGAUUUUAUGCAAGUGCUCUAUAAAAUGAACAUAACAUAGUAAGACCAUUCUGUGUUCUGCUCUUGCUCUUUAAAUUGCUUGAAAACAAUCAGCCGUCAGUCAAGCCAGGAGGGCAAGACGGGCAACCUUCAAUAUAUUGAAUUGUGUGAUGUACAACAAGCUGGGCUUGAACCUAUGAGGCUCAAAGCAUUUUGUGAUGUACUUAAAAAGUGAAAAAACAGGAAAGAAUCUUUUCAGCUCUGCAGUGAGAUUACUACAAAGUAUUCAAGCAAAAUGUUCAUUCUCAGUGAGAUGAUGGACUGCUGCAGGCAUAAUGUCAUUCCUUAACAGUGAUUAAGAGGUUGGGACUGGGAAAUGGGAUCAUUUCAAAUCCUGGGCUAAGAAGGAACUCCGAUUGCCCUUAACAUAGUUAACUGUGAUACCAAUGUAGUGCUUAACUGAAAUUUGAAGGUGGAGGGCUGAAUUAAUCUGAACAUGCAAUUAUGUAGCCCAUUUGUCAUCUUUUAAAUAUUUUCCUUUUAAAAAAAAAUAUUCAAUCAUUGUUAAGAGACUGACUGACUGUUAUGUCUACGCAAGCCAUGUUAGAGGUAAGCAGUUUUGUCAGGAUGGGAAGAAAGAGUCAAUGGUAUAUCAUUAUGGAAACAUAUCUAGGAAAGAUUCAGGUGCUUCCCUUCACCCAUCUCCAGCAUGAUUGGGAGGAGAGUUCUGAAUGUUUUCGUUUCUGUUUCAGACUAACUACAGCUUAGCAUUAUGUCUGAACCUAAGCAAACUGUGGUUUGUGUUAAGUAAGGUUAGUUGGAACAAACCAGCUUCAUGCUAUAGACAACUUGAUUUGUUUCAACCAACAAGCCAUCUAACCAUAGUUUAAAAAAACCACUGUUUAAGUUUGGGUGCAACACUAAACUGUGGUGAACUGAAAUUGGAAAUGAAAGAUUUUGAUCUCCUCCCAGCUACACUGGCUGGGGCUUAUUGGAAUAGUAGUCCAAAACAUCUGGAAGAAACCAGAUUGGCAGAGGCUGGCUUAUAGUUACAUCAAAAUGCAAAGUGCAGAAGUUUAGUUUUCUUUUCUAUGUUCAAAUAAUUAAAACAUGUGUAAGAAUAUGACAGGUCAUAUGGCUGCAUAUUCUCUGAGGUUGUAGAAUGUAUCAGCAUAACAGCCUGCAAGCAUUUCAAUUGCCCGGAUAAUGCCUGGAUAAUGAUUGUUGUGAAGCAGGAAUAUUUGAAAGAAUGCAGUUGAAAAAGAAGCCCCAUAUGUUAUCCAGUUUUCUUCAAGCUUUUUUCCCUGCACAGUCUGAUAUAUUUUUCUUCCAACUUGUAGCCUUCCCAAACUUUUACUGACUUAGAUGCCUGCUAUUUUGAAAAUGUUUUGGUAUGAAAUGUUGUCUUGCAAGAUGCUGAUCUGAGCAUCUGUUAAGCAGAUGGAAAUGAGAAUGUUUCCAGCUCCUAAUGACAAACACAAGCAAAGGGAACUAUUCCAAGUGUUGAGCAACUCACUGGAGCCUUACAUUCCUUAGUAUCCUAAGCAGGGCAGGAUUUGAACCUCUGCAGCUAAAUGGCUUUAGGAAAAGCAUUUGCUUGCAGUUGUGGAACUAGUUUUUAAUUGUGCAUUCUAAACAUAUUUGCUUAUACUGAAGCUGGGUCAAGUCACUGCUGUUCAGAUCUCUGCUAAACCUAAAGGUCAAAAGUACUUGCAGUCAAUGUAUGCCUUUUAGCAAUACUUCAUAAUUCUUUUGUUCUUAUUUUUCAAAGGAACAUGUUGAUGUUUAUGAACAUUGACCUGGACCUGGUGUUUGGAGGUAUAUAUCUAAUAUUUAUGGUUACAGCUCUAUGAAAUGGGCAGCAGAAAUUGAAAGAAUUCAUAAAGGUUCUGGAAGAGUACCCAUGUUACCCCCCAAAAAAACCCCCAUUUGAUACAUUAAAAUACUUAAUUAUUUUAUUGCAGUACAAGUGUUCAUGUACAAAUAUUUUUUUACAUCAGGUAUUUCCCUUCAUUUCUGCCUCUUAGGCUACACUGAGGAAAAAUCUAUGCAUGCAUGGUUCAGUCUAACGCUAAAGAAUUUGCUUGCCUACUGAGCGCUAGAUGUUCUUGACUGGCCUUAAAUCUUUCAACUUUUACCAUGACAACUUCUAAAAUGAAACACUACAACCCCUCUAUAUUACUUCUUUGGGGCUUAAUUUUAAGAUAGGGAUUAUUUGGAAUUAGUUUAAAUCUUACAACUAAUCUCCAGAAUCUGAAAAGUGAAAUAUGUUGUGAUUGCAUUACAAGUUCCUGGUAGGAUAGUACAUAAAAACACAAAAGUCCAUCUGGUCCAACUUCCUGUUUUUGCCACAGUGGUGAAAGAGAUGCUUAUGGAACGCUCACAAGCAGGAAACAAGGGCAUUCUCACUGUUGUUCUCUAGAUUGGGCUGGUUUCUUUUGUUAAUUGAUUUUUUAAUUAAAUUCGCUGUUCAUACACACAGAAAGACAGCCAAAGGAUUUCUCAGUGUGUGCAUAUAAGAUGCAAAACAUCAAGUGUGAUAUCUUUCAUAAGUGAGAUGGCUUUAUUUAAGUGUGGUUUGAGAUUACUGAAAAACGACUGCAUCUCUUUUCUGUUUCAGUGCUGAAUGAAGUCUACACUUGCGUUUUAGUGCUAGAAUAAUAUGGAUUUCAAAUAUAUAGAGAGUGCCAGCCAACUACAUAUCUUCACCCGAGGUGUCUAAUGGGUUCCAAAAAUGGAGUGGGAAAGAAUACAAUAACAAAAAACAAAACAAAACCCCAACUUUCUUGUGUUUCUUUUUUAUUAUGCUUGGUGAGAGUAUGCACAAAAUGAACAUGCUUUUUGUGUUGUCCUUCUCAGGAGUGACUGCUUGAGGUUUCACUGCUUGAGGUGAAACGAAGUGCCGCCCUGCCCUGCCACUGCCCCUGCUGCUGCCACCAACAUACCUGCCCCUGCAGCUUCCACUGACACUGUCUGUUCUGACACCGCCACAUUCUCUGCAGCAUCUGCUGCUGUUGGUGAAGCACCACCACCAUUAGUGCCAACAAGAUUGCUCUGAUUUGGGGUGAGAUCUCACCCAAAAUGGUCAUGAUCUUGCCCCAAAUCAGCGCUGUUGGCAGCGGCACUUCUCUGCCACUGGCAGAGGUGGCAGCACAGACAGGGCACCUGUAGGGGUGCUGCCUGAGGCAGCAGCCUCACCCUGCCUGAUGGCUGGGCCAGCUCUGGUCCUUCUACACUUGGUCAGUUCCUCUUCCCAAGACCUUGCACACCAAUGUGCAAGUUGGACUACAGAUCUCUCUGAUCUUAAGAAUAGAGAACUACAUGUGAAGGCAGCAAGGCUGCCUAUUAGGAUGCAAGUAUGAAUGUUAGGUGACUUGCAGGAAGUUGCCGUUAGUGCCGAUUUCAGACAAGAUUGUGCUUCCUCUCUCAUAGCACUAGCAGUCGUGGGACUCCAUUGAAAAUGAAUGCUGGAAGUUUCAGGACACAUGAAAGCAGUGUCCUGGGGGCAUAGCAUGCUGCCCGCAGGGGCGUGAUGCAUGUCCUGGGGGCGUGAUGCGCCUGUGGGGGUGUGGUGCCCAGUGGGGGGGCACGAUGGCACCCUACCGGGAUCAUGGUGCCAGGGGCGGUGUGCUCUCCCUGCCCCCCUCUUCCUCCACCAGUGCAUGAAAGAAAUGUUCCUUCAUACAGCUCAUAGUCAAACUAUGUAAAUGACGGCCACAGUAUACAGUGAUGACCACCAAACGAGGGGAGAGUCAAACAGGCAAAUGGGAACAAUUUGUGGAUGCUGUCGUUUCAGGUUAUUCCAGUGCUAAUUGAGAAACAGAAUAUGAGGUCAGAAUAUAGGUGAUGGGGGGAUUUGAAAAUGGUCUACAUUGAAGUGCUUAGCUGGGAGCCAGUAACCCUUUUAAUAUUACUUCAGGCCAUUUUUCUGACACUACUUGAUAAGCAGAAGUUCAAAGAAAAUUGUUGUUAAAUAAAAAUAUGCUAUAGAUAAAGAGGACCAGUUGAUUAGGUGUGUGUUGAACUAUUAGUCUGUUUUUGUACGACAGCCGGAAUUUUAGGAAAUAUUUAAAUACAAUGAGGUAAAAGAAUUGCAUUUAGACUAAUAAAGAAAAUUGACUAUUUGUACUGCAAUAAUAAAUAAAAAUAGCACAAGGCAUACGCAUGCCAAUAUCAAUGUGCAUUCAACUGCAUUCACAAAUGUUGGAGAUCCUUAUUGGUAAAAGCUGCUUUUAUUCUGGAGAGGAUGCUGUAACUCUUUGUCUCAGCCUGUUUUUAUCCCUAAUCCCCAGUCUCUCUCUGUGUGUCUCUUCCCCUGUCAUUAUUCUUCUGAGUCCAGACAGGGAACCUGUUUUUAAUUUUAAUCUGUCAUGUCUGUCUCAUAAAACAUUCACUGUAUCAUAUGACUGUUGUGCAAUGUUCAAGUGAAUAUCUCAUCAUAGGAAAAGCUUGUAGAGCUGCCUUGAAAUAAUAUACACCAAACCUUAAAACUAAAAGGGCAAUAAUUUUCUUCAGGUUAGGGUUCCAAAUUAAUUAGGAAAACUACCAGACAGCCUGGUUUGGGAGAUAUCAGACCUGACUCAUUGCUGAAUGUCCAAUUUUUGUUAUUUUAAUUUUGCACUGUAUGUACAGUACUGAGCAUAUGUGGGUGCUACAUUUAGAUGGAAAUGACUGGGGUGGCACUGGGCAGAUUUCAUGCUGCCAGUGGCCUCUGGAUUGGGCCUCCUCAUUGUACGUGGCAGUGAAAAGGAGCCUGGUUGAAAUGCCUGGCUUGCUCAUGAAUGUUGUGAAUUAGUAAAGAACUUUGAACCUGGCUCGGUAACACAUUGGUAGAGCCAAUUCAACAGUCCUGAUGAUUUGCUAAUUUCCAUUUGCUAAUUUCACAAAUAGCAUCUCAUCUUAAUUUGGCCCUUAGCUGCAGUAUUUUGUAAGAGAAUUUGAAUUGGAUGCUGGCUGUUCUCCUGAGAAAUGAGCACAAUGAAUUUGGUGGGCAUAUUUAAAAUCUCUGUGUGGCCAAUAUGACAGUGAGUUGAAACACGAAGAGGUAUACUGUAUAGCACACAAAACAUGUGUGCAUCUUUGAUCGAUUGUUUUCUUUAAAGUUGCUAAAGCACUGUGAAACGUUUUAGGCUGGAGAGUUAAAAGACAGAACAUUGAAAAGAGAGCCAAGCCAAAUAUAAAUACCAUGUUAACUCUGAUUAUUCACACACUGAUGCUUUUCUUAAAAUAAAAGCAUCUUGUUUCAAGGCUGUCACAUGGGCUUGAUCAAACUGAAAGAAUGUCAGGGUUUGCUGAUCAUGUCUAUGAUGUAUUUAUAUCCCAAAGAGUUCCAGAGCAUCAGGUAGCAUAAACUGUCAUAUAAUGGACGGGAAUAUUCCCUAUCAUUAUGCAUUGUGCUCCAGUACAGGCAGCACACUGCAAAGUUGUCUCCUCUCCUCUAACCUACCCCCUUAAUAACCAGAAUGCAAUGAAGUGCAAAGGCAGCGAGAAGGUAAAAUGAGUUGGGUAGGGGGAAGAGAAGGGGGGGGGAAAACACUAUUAGAAAUGUAUGACAUUCUAGCAGCACAGCAGGAACACUGGCCAAGAAAAGCAAUAUUUUGAACCUCCCAUGCAUGCGGUUUAUGUGUAAAAAACCAGAGAAGGAAAAGAAAAUAGAUUUUAAAAACCUCAGUGUUUACGUGAAUGAUCAAAAGAUGGCAAAAGGUUUUGCAAGUAACAAGGUGAUUAAUGAUGGGAAGCAAUGAAUGGAGACUUCUAGUAUAAUUAUUGUACUAGCUUUUCAUGACCGGCACACUGCCUAACAGAGGGCAGUGGGGACCUUUGUCACUGAAAACAUAGCUGAAAAUGUUAACACUAACCAAUGGCUAGCUACUCAGUAGUUUGCAUUAGUAGUGUCCCAUAGAUCAUUUUUCACACAUGUUUCUUUUCUUGUUAUGAUUUCCCCCCCAAAGAACAAAACAGUAGAAUGUUAUUAUCCAAGACCUGCUGAACUCUCACACUGCUGGAACUCUGCUCUGUGGGUAUUAAAAUCUUUAUUACACAGCUUCUCAGCAUGCUCCAUAUUUUUAUGACAGAGUCUGGCAUUAUUCAGUUAAUCUUUCUUUUAGUUCUUUUAUCCAAAAUACUGAGGGGUUUUUUUUAUAGUUUAGAUAAGCUUUUGCACAGUGUUGCAUUUGUGUUUGUUCCUGUUUUGAUGCUUUUCUAGUCUAAAAUAUGAUAAAAAGAAAAUACUUUUCUGAUAUUAGGGGGUUGUUUUGUGUGUGUGUGUGUGUGUGACAGGCAUUGAUAUUCAUAUUGUUACACACAUGGAAUAUGGAAUUAGAACCUGCCCACUUGAGAAGGCUCAGAGGUUCCUCUUGCAACAUCUUCUUCUGAGAAAGUGAGCUUACAGUGAGUUACGGGAAGUCACCCUUUGGAUCACUGUCUUAACACUUUGCACAUUGUGUAGACGCAAACAUGUGUUUGCCACUGAGUAUACACUUAACUGGAGGCUGCAACCAAUUGGCUGUCUGAUCAGUAUACCUGUAUGAUGCAUGUUUGAUUUCAUGUAUAUUUAAAACAUCUUAGAUGUGUGAAGCGGCCUUUUCCUGAUAUUUGAAAUUCUUGCACAAGGCUCUCUUUCCUUUCCUUUCCUUUCCUUUCCUUUCCUUUCCUUUCCUUUCCUUUCCUUUCCUUUCCUUUCCUUUCCUUGAUUUAGGAUGCAAGUCAAAGUGAAGUCAUGUAGAGUUAAGAUCAGUUGAAAUCAGUAGGUGUGGGUAUGAUAGAGUAAAAAAGGAAAUGAAUCUUUAAAGAUUUCUUAUGCUAAGGUGUGUAUCUUUCCCAGUAACAGCUCUCUGAAUAAUGUUGCAAUAUGACCAAGAUUAGCUCUGAAUUCUCUACUUUUGUUUUUGUCAAUAAAAUAGAUAUUACCUAUUCUUGUUGGCAUCCAUCCAUCUCAAGGGACAAUGCAAGAGUAUGCCAUCGGGAAUAAAUUCAAACUGUUGAAGAGUAACAGUAUCUGCUGUAGCUGUAGAGACCAAAAUGGGAGAGACAUGUUUUAUUGCAGCUGGGGCAGAUUAAGGCGUCCGGUUUCACUGAUACAGAUGUACCUAUUCUAGGUCUUUUUCAGAUGCAUGUCGGCCCCUGGUCCCUGGCCCCGAACACUGUUAAAAGAAAUUGUGGUUUCUAAAUGUUAUUGUACUAGCACUGGGUUGCUGCUUUGUUUUGAAAAUGUGAUCCAAUUCCAAGCUGUGUUAAAUGUGAUUUUGUGCAGCCUUUGAGUAUUAUGGUGAUGAGUAAAAAUUAAAACAUGCCUAUUGCAAAUCAGUGUGCUGCAUUCUGAUCACAGUACCAAAGAGACACACAACCACUUUGGACUUUAUUGUCUGGUUGAUUUAGACAGGAGAAAGGUGAAGUGAAAGAACAAAAUCUGAAUUAGCAGAAAAUGCAAACAUUUGUGAUUACCCAGUAAAGAGAUGAGAAGUCCAUUUUGAGAUUGGAGCUAGAUAAGAGGAAGCAGUUCCAAAUAUAAGGCAAGAAAUUGAGGGAAAGCACAGAUUUGGAAUCAAGAGAGAUUAGUUACCCAUGUAUGAUUAUGGGUAAUCUAAUAUGGAUAAUCAUGCUUUAUGGGCGUUUCAUUACAGCCUAGUUGUUUGGGUAAGUUGUAGAAAUCCUGCAGAGAGUUCCCAUGCGUGGUUACUGUUAUUUCUUCCAGAACAGAAAUUCUCCCCCACUGUAUUUGCUUUUACUGCUUUGGGGCCUGUUUUGAAGACAUGUUUGUGGUUCAUUCAAGUAGAGCAGAGGUGGGAGUUCUGUAGCUUUAUGGAGUGUUUCAUAUAUUCUUUCUUUGUCCAUAUGAUACUUAUGUAUUUAUUUAUUCAUAACCAUUCAGCCAAAUGGGUUUUUGAUGGAGAGCAACACAUCUUGCAUUUCAAAAUAGAAGCUGUCCUGAAGGGGACUUAAAAUGCACUUGCAGUCAAGGUUCUGAAACUGUUUCCAUUUCAAUGAAAUGCAUGCUUGUUUCUUUCACAAAGUGAAAGUGCACAGCUAUUCUAGUUAGCCUGAAGGGAGGGUGGGGUGUAAGUCCGGAUGCUCUCGUUCUCUUUCACAACGUGUCCUGUCUUUAUGUAAAAUAUUGUACAUAUAUAAUGUUGAUUUAUAAAAAUACUAUAACCUAUGUUAUUCAUGUUCAAAAUAAGUGGCAUGUUUUGAAAACAAAGGUAAAAUAUGAAAACCUACUCCCAAGUAAAUCUAUGCCAAUUUAACCACAACAGUGGCUAGCCCAAAUAAAAUGGUCUUGCAUUGGUUCCAGGUAAUUAAAUCAAGCUGAACAACCCUUGGAAUGCUAUGAAUUAUUCUGAAAAUAAGAAGGACGACUGCUUUGGGAAACUGUGCUAUUCACAAGGGUGAUUCUAGUGUAAUAUCAAAUCAUGAUUUGGCAAUUGAAAAAAACAGGAAGCUAUGGGGCUCCUGUGAUACCAACCCCCUGUUCCCUUAUGUGUGUUGAUUCCCUGAAUCUGAUUGUAGUAUGAGGCAAACAGUAGUUGUGUUUAUUCUGCAAACCAGCAUCAGAAACCAAGGUUUAGAAUGUUUGCCUCCAACUUGGUGGUGAGUCCCUCUGUACAGUAGUCCCUUCAAUAUACAGGUUAGUGUUUGAAAUUUCUCCAGUGUAUCUACUCCUUUAGAGGUGGCCCACCACUUUCCUAACCAAUAGGAAUAAGGGAUGUUGAUGACCCACCAUCACCAUUCCAUGGGAUGAUGGAUGCCUUGACAAACAGGAGCAAACACUAGCCUGUACAUUGAAGGGAAUACAUCUACGGAGUCACUAUGUACAGGGGCACAACCCCCAAACAUUUUGAAUUAACACCUACCCUGUAGAUUGGGUGUGUGUGUGUGUGUCAUAAAACCUGCUCCAUCAGAUCAAGAACAAUGCGAUGGUGACGUUGUGUAGGUCACAAACUAUCACUGAAACAAACUCCCCCCAAUAAUAUAAAAUUCACAUAAAAUUCAAAUUAUAUAUCAAGCUAUAUAAAAUUUAUAUUAAAAGGCAGGACUUCUGGGGGAAAGAAUAAGGGCUACCCGUAACUUUAUUGAUGACAUAAACUAGGUAUUCUUUUCGUACAUCACCUUGGAGGAAGAGUGAUGAAUAAAUAAAAUCUUUAUAAGAAGUACAGUAGGAAGUGGUGUAUGUCCUCCCCACCUCCAAGGUAUUUUAAUUCAGACAGUUUUCUUUUUAAUAUGAAAUCUUUGUCAAAAUCAUGUUCCAUGUGAAGGAUAUUUACUAGGUUAUAAAGUAAUCUUAAAAUCACAAGGAUACAUUGUUAGAAGUAUUUAAAACACUUCCCAGAGAGGACCUGCAUGAGUCUAACAUGCGCCAACCACGUCCCUAUGCAAAGCCUGCAAGCAGAAUCUUAACGCAAGAGCCCUCUCCCCUUCAGCUAGUAUUCAGAAGCUGGCUAUAGUUAAAACCAAUUAUAUUAAAAAAUCUAAUAUAGCAGACUUGACCCAUUCACAUUUAAUUUUAGUUUUAUUAAUAUAGAAACAUAAUUCAAGGCAAGGUUUAAGCUAUAGUCUAUAACUGGCUAGCAAAAAAAAGGGAUAAAAUUAAAAAAACAAAUGAAUUAGUCUUAAUAAAAAAAGAUGCAGAAGCAGAAAUUUACAGCUCUAUUCCUGCCACAUUUUCUUAAAAACAAAAUAAACCAAUAUAUAUGAAGCAAAUAUAAAUUCAUUAAAUGUAAUUAUCAGUGUCAUCUGGGCCUUAGGGUGAGGACAAGCAGCAACUUUGUGGGAUUUCCAUUGGCAUCUGACUGCCCAUUGUGGGAAACAGAACGCUGAACUAGGUAGGACUUUCAUACAGCAGCAUUUGUCUCAUGAACUUGUGUUUACGUUAACUUCCAAAUUCCUGCACCAUGCAGGAAGGAGAUCACAGAAUUUCCAUUUCAUCAGUUUUAUUGACACACAGGAAUUAGGUUUCACAUUUGCACUGAUUGACAGAAUAAGCUUUGGAAAUUGCAUGUUUUUCAUAGUCCUUUCCCCCCCAUUCUGAGCCAUUAGUGCUGGGAAAUCCACAGGAAUCUCCAUUUGCUGCACUGUGCAAUCAUGUUGCUCUUACUGAUGAGCAUACAUAUGGCUCUUAUUCCUUCUUAUUUAUGCUUCUUAGAUGUGAAACAUAAUUCUGUCCUGCCAAGACCUUAGGUCUGUGCUGAAAUGACUAACAAAACAGACACAAAAAGUUUAUAAAUUCCAAGAAGUGAAAAGCAACCAGCACAAAUUUAGGAUCGUUUCUUGAUUAGGCAAAGUUGAAGUACUUUUAAAUCUCAAAAACAUUUCUUUUUUUUUGAUAAAGGAGGGUUCUGCAUCUUCCAAGUACAAUUUACUUCAAGUAACAGCAAACAUCUUGGUUUGUGCUCAAUUUAAUUUGGCUGGAUCAAGCCCAUUGAUUCUAUUUAUAUCGCCGAAACAGAAGAGAUGGCCAACUUUACUUAACCAUGCAGUUUCUGACGGCUAAUUAACUACUGAAAGACCUUCUUGGAAAUGGUUCCAUUGAUGUCCCAAAGUUUCCUGUAGUGUUUGAUUUAAGAUCUAAGUCCUAUGAAGUAAACUAAGUCUGCCAGUCUCCUCCAAACCAGUAAUCCCCCCAAAUGCAGUAAUUUCCAUUCCUUUUCAAAAGCCCAACUAAUAAUACUUGCAGGUAUAGUUAAUAAUGAAAGACAAACUCACUCCUUUUUUAGUGCAGCAGUCAUAGUCACAUUGAAGAUCUAACUUGUAGUUCCUAGUCACAUUUAAAAUAGCUGCCAUAUGGAUUGUGGGGGGAAAUACAGAUGGAAUUAGUUGUACAUGAGUGGCAAGACUGCUGUAGGUGGAAGCUUGCCUGCGUCAAUCUUUAAUCUAAUGUUUGACCAGGAGAUGACAGAAAAAUAAAGCAGAAUAUUCUGUGUGGGCACUAUACUGAGCUUGGUUGGAGCAUAAAGCCUUGUUACGUGUCCACCAGCACAAUGUAAAUAUUUAAAGGUCCCUGUUGGACAGAGAGUUGUUUAAGAGCCUUCUGUUUGUAAUCAUUCGUUAAAGUAAAUGUUUCUUAUUAUACAUGGAGCUGUGGUAGGUUUCUGCACUUAAAAGCUUGUCUGAAAAGCUGAAGUCAUGUGCAGUUCUUUGAGCACAUUGUCAUCCUCCCAUGUAGAUGAGUCUCUCUUGCUUUCUAUAGUAGCAAAUUCUGUCAUACUGAUUUGGUAAAAAUGUAUAUCACUGGCUUGCAAAGGUAGCUCAAACUACAGUUUGAACUUUGGAACAGGGCCAUCGCUAUCUAGAUUCCAAAAGUCUACCAUCUGCUCUGAUAUGGGCACAAAUUAUUUGUGACUGUUAGGAACCCAGUCUUCUGCCCUUAAAUUCUUGAGCAGUUUCCUGAAGCAGAACCCAAACAGAAGCAAGGGAAAUGUGCCCAGGGGAGGGAAAGGGAGCAAAUGAAACAGUAGCUAGAGGUAAGGUGAGCAAUGGAAGGGAUGGGAUGAAGAUGCAGAGAGUCUGAAGGAUGAGAACUGGACUAAGUGGCACCUAAAAAAAGUCAAAGCUAAGCAAGCAGAAAUAAACAUGUCACUUAAAUCAUGUUGUCUUCACUUUUUACCACAAUCUUUUACUCGGUUAGCACCUUUAAAAUGCGUUCUUUAUAAACACAACAUUUAAACUACUGGACCAUAAAGAAAGCUUAUUGCCAAACAAUCAAUGCUUUUGAAUUAUGGUGCUGGAGGAGACUCUUGAGAGUCCCAUGGACUGCAAGAAGAUCCAACCUAUCCAUUCUGAAUGAAAUCAGCCCUCAGUGCUCACUGGAAGGACAGAUCCUGAAGCGGAGGCUCCAAUACUUUGGCCACCUCAUGAGAAGAGAAGACUCCCUGGAAAAGGCCUGAUGUUGGGAAAGAUUGAGGGCACAAGGAGAAGGGGACGACAGAGGACGAGAUGGUUGGAUAGUGUUCUCGAAGCUACGAACAUGAGUUUGACCAAACUGCGGGAGGCAGUGGAAGACAGGAGUGCCUGGCGUGCUCUGGUCCAUGGGGUCACGAAGAGUCGGACAUGACUAAACGACAAUACAUUUUUCAUGGGGCUACCUUUGAAGACUGUUCAGAAACUUCAGAUCAUUCUGUAUUUAUUUGAUUCCAUUUAUGAAUUACUGCUCAUGAAAUUUAUUGAAGUGAUUUCGCAGUAAAAACAUGUGAAUUCUGCAGCCAGACUAUUGACUAGGGCUACUUGUAGGGAGCAGCCCCUAUAUUAAAACAAUUUCAUUGGCUAUCAGUCUGUUUCAGGGUGCAUUUCAAAAUGCUAGUUUUGACCUACAAAGCCCUACUUGAUUUGGAAUUGAGUUAUCUUUUUUUCCAAAAAAGCUGCUCUUCUAUGCUCUUCUGACUUGGGUUUUAUUAUCUUUGGGGCUCAUCUGUCUUUCUUUCCUGCCAGAAUUUGAAGUAGCCUGUUUGGGGGAAAUCAGGUUUGUCUGGGGCACACCUCUUUGGAGAAGACAGGUUUAAUGUGACAUGAGAACCAGGCUAUUGUAUACAUCAUGAAUACAAAUAAAAUAUCUUCCCAGAAAGCUUUCUUAAAUCAAGAUUUUGGUGUAACAUAAAAGUGUAUGUCAAAAAAUGUCAAUAUUUGAAAUAAGUGAGCUAGGGAAAAAAUCUUGUUGAACAAUAACUGCUUCAAUAGGCAAAUCAUUUCCUAAUAACUUGAGGCAAGGGAGCUGCAAAAUAUGAGUUCCUUUCCCUUCAGUUGCAAAAUUCCAAACACAACAACAGUAACAGUGACUUAGGAAGUGAAAUCUCUCUCACAUUAAAGCACCAACAGUCUUAAAGGCACAGAAGCACAAACUUAUAUAGCACUAAAACCAGACAAUAUUAAUGAAAUAUCUCGUGUUCAUUCAGAGCUCUAGGACGUAAUGUAUGUAAGGGAAGGGUUGUAGCUCAGUGGUAAAAUGUCUGCCUUCAAUCUCCAGGUAGGGUUAAGAGAGACUCCCUGCUUGAAAUCCUGGACAGCCACUUCCAGUCAGUGUAGACAGUAAUGGAUCAAUAGUCUGACUUGGUACAAGGCAGCUUCCUGUAUUCCUGUGUGAAUUGCAAAAGCCUCACAUCGAAUUAACAAAUUGAUUUAUAUUAAACCAAAGGAUUCAGUUCAUCAGUGUUAAAAACUGAGAAGUUGAAUAAGACUAUGUUGUUUGUAUUCCUGCUUUUACUUGUCGAAUCCUAAGUCUUACAGGUUGAAUGGUCUUGCUAGCAUAGUGUAAACUGUGUUAACACUUCAAAACACAAAUAACCUAAGCAGAACUGAAAUUAGAAAAAUGCCUUAAUGUGAACAUUCUUGUGUUUGAUUUUGUUUUGUCUAAUAUAAGAUCAAUGUUGUACAGUUUGCAGGUUUGUUCAGUGAUGCAAAGAAUAUAUUUUCAUUUAAUUUAAUAUAUCACCUGCUUUACCUGGGGAGAUGGAUACAGAAUCUCCUGGAGCUGUAAGCUUCUGAUGAUGUAGAUGGUAUACUUGUAUGGGGUGUAGGACAGCAACUGCAUUGACUUACCAUUUGCUUCCAGGAGAUAAUGGUUCAAAAGAUACCAGCACUGCCUCAUUAUUACGUGCGUCCCUUUUUUCCUGCCUCAUUAAUGGCAAUUUCAAGUUCAGUUCUCCUGGGAAAAUCUCCUAGUUAAUUGAGGUAGUGACAUUUUUCUGUGAUUUAAUAUAAUUAUUUUAUCAAAUACUGGAAAAGAUUAACUGGCAGCUCAAUUAAGUACACUUUAGAUAAAAUGUUGAAGGUGGAUGUAGUUUGUUGAGUUGGUGUUUCUCUGUGCUUAUCACCCACAUUUUGCAGACAUGCUUUUCCUUGGCAAGUAAGGUUUUCCAUCUGUUGUGUUUUAUCAGAGAGAUGCACAUCUUUGGUGUGCUUUGAUCUGCUCAGCUAUGAUUAGCUGGGAGUGAGGGCCUAAUCCAUCAUGAUUUGCUGGAGGGAAAAAUAUUAUCUCUGACGUUUUUCUGUACCUACUAUAUAAGAAUCCAUGCAAUCAAUCUUUCUGGGGGCAAAACUGGUCCAUAAAUAUAUCUUAAUAUCCCUGGGCAUCCCAAGGUAUCAUGAGCAGAGAUUAACCAUGCCAGUGGCUUUGGACAUGAAUUACACCAGUGGAGUCUCAAAUUUAAGCAGCACCCAGCCACAUCUCACCUUUCUUAAACAUCAUAGUUGUGACGUCCCCUGUGGUGCCCUGAGGCUCCAUGCCCUAUGCGACCAGUCCCCUAAAUCCGGUUCCAUGCCCCCUAUAGGACCGGUCCUAUAAUUAUAAUGAAGUGUAAACCUUGCAGUUCCUCUCCCUGUGCUUAUGUAUCAUGUCUGCAGCCUGGAUAUACGGGAAGAGUGUGAAUCUUUUUGGGUGGGAGAGACAAAUGCACAUCUCUUGACAUAGAACAGUCUUCACCAGCCUAGUGUCGUCUAGCUGUUCUGGAUUACAACUCCCACCAGCCCCAGCUAUUUGGAUCUAUCUAUCAGGUUAUAAUAAAAAUAAUAGAUCCAUCAAUCUGAUUUUUUUGUUAGAGAUAUAGGCACAUGGUAUGUUAAGAAAUGGAACAUAAAAUAGAAGUCCCCAAAUUUUAUGUCCAGUAUUGUUAUCUCUUUAGCACUUCACAUCUAAAUAAGUGAAUUCCAUAUUGUUUCAUUAUUAUUUCCACACCAGUAUGAUCUCAUUAAUUAGGAUUUUGUAGGGGUACUAUAAGCUGUAGUUCAUCCUUUUUUAGUUCCCGUGCAAUUAGGAAAAUGCACAAUUCCAUCAGUGCAUGCAUUCCUUCCACAUCUGUAGCUGUAGAAUCACUCCAUGUGGGGAAUGUAACACACAUAAGUUUGACCCAUAUAUAAAUCUGUUUCCUUUCCCCCCAAAGUUUAGUUUGACAGAAGCCAGGAUUUAGAUGGAAGGCAUACACUCUGUUCUGUUGAAUAGUUCUAAUAAAAAUUUACACCACGCUUCAUUUUGGCCCACAAAUGAUUAAACAGUAAUGCAAUGCUGCCAUGUACCAUCCAUUAGACUCUAUGGAUCAAAUUAUUUACAACAGCUUUUUCAUUACAAAAUUUAUUUUAGCUCAUAAUAUAAUUGUUGUUGACAGCUAAUGCUAUCAAUCAAAUGAUAUUUUGCCCUUUUUUUGCCCAGUUGAUGGAUGGCUUUGGUGUCUUUGCAUUACACGUUAAACCGAAAAGUUCCACAACAAAAUAUUUGUGUGCUCAAAACCUGCAUUCAUAGGGCACAGCUAAGAAAUUGCUUCUUUUUGGAGUCUAGAGGUCAUAAAGCACUGUUCAUAUAAAAUCAAUUUCUGGAUGAAGGAGGUUCAACAGCCUUGAUGUCUUAUAAUUGUAUGUAUGCUCGUUUCUCGCCAAAUUUCUCAUAGCAGUUCCCAUUAAAUAUUAAGCAAGCCCAAUAUAAACGUUGUGGACAUCUGCUGUUUUGUUACCAAAAAUGUAAUGCCCUAGCCCCUAGAUUUAUGAAAUUUAUUAUUUCGUAGCUUUGUCAAGCAGGUAGGGUGAUAAAUCUAUGAGCCUGUGCAUUGCACCCGCUUUGGGUGGGAACUGACCUUAGCUCCCAUUCAGAAGGACCACCAUCCAUCCACUGAUGAAGCAUGCCCAGAAGCAUGGUGGAGGACAGUGGCUGCCACUACCACAGCAGCAGUGGCAACUGCUGUUUGGACCACCACAGCUGGGCUCCCCUCCCCCACUCUGGUUGGCAGCAGAGAGAGAGCUCAUCAUCAGGACCCUGCCAAGGGCCCCCUACUUCUCCAAAGCCCUGUUCUCUUGUCACCAGGCCGAAUUAAGGCAAAGAGGAGAGAGAGAAAUAGCAGUGGAGCAAGACAGAGAGAAAUCAAAGGAGCUUCAGACCCUUUUCACUUAUCUGUUGGGUAGGUGACUUGCAUGGGAAACACCUUCUAGUGAAGUCAGAAUUUGAAAAUGACCCAGUCUUUCACCAGGAGGAUGCACUUUUUUGGGGGGGAAAUCAAAAUCUACGCAUUCUCCUCUGUAGGGAACAGGGCAAUGGACAGAUGAAAGUGAACAUGUAAUACACAGGAAAUGAAAGGAACCACGGAGCACUCUUCAUGUCCUUCUUGUUGGCUUCCCAUUGGCCACAGUGGAAAACAGGAUGCUGGGCUAGAUGAACUUUUAGUUUGAUCCAGCAGGGCUCUAAUGUGGCCAUUAUGGACUUGAAAGACAAUCUUCAGUGCUAUUUCAGGAUAAUGAUUUUGUAAUAACUGAAAGAGCUGCUAGGAAGCAUUUUUGGUAGGUGUAUUAGAGCAAAGCCAUAUGGUGCAUGACCUGACAUUUCCAAAGGGGUAGCAGUUUCUUGUAGCAAAGGCAGCAGUCUUCUGGCACCUGAAAGGCUAACACAUUUGUUAUGGACAAGCUUUUGUGGACUACAGUUGAUGUUACCAGAUGCAUGAAGGGUUAUCCUGAGCUGUAGGUAUGUGUGUGUAUCAGCCAUUUGUAACCCAUCCUGGGCAUUGACACUACCCUCUCACAGCCCUUGAAUGGCAGGCCUGUAGUUGCUUAAAGAUAGCUCUCUCUCUCUCUCUCUCUCUCUCUCUCUCUCUCUCUCAUACCCACUCACCCACCCACACCCACCCACCCCUAAAAGAGUUGUACAACCACAGGUCACACAGCAGAGAAACAAGUAAAGUGAUGGGCAAUACAGUGGUACCUCGGGUUAAGUACUUAAUUUGUUCCGGAGGUCUGUUAUUAACCUGAAACUGUUCUUAACCUGAAGCACCACUUUAGCUAAUGGGGCCUCCUGCUGCUGCCGCGCCGCUGGAGCACGAUUUUUGUUCUCAUCAUGGAAGCAAAGUUCUUAACCUGAAGCAUUUUUCUGGGUUAGCAGAGUCUGUAACCUGAAGCGUAUGUAACCUGAGGUACCACUGUACUACAGAACCGAAUAAUGUCAUCCAAAACUUCAAGUUAUUCACCUGCCCAUCUUCCAGUGUGAUGUAUGCCAUUAUCUGCCAACCAUGCUCUUCUGCAUUCUAUUUGUGACAAAUAGGCCUGUCUCUGUGCAAACAAAUAACACAAAUAUGGCAAUAUUAAAACAAACAAACAAACAAACAAACAAACAAACAGUGAUAAACAUGCCGUCCUACCAGGACAGCCUGUAACCAAUAUUAAAGGAGACAUAUCGUAACAAAGUAACCUCAAAGGGAGACUGUGACAUGAAACAGCUGAAUAACAAUACAUCAAUAGGUUCAGUGCUAUAAUUUGUAGGUAUAAUAUCUAUCAUCUAUCUAUCAUCUAUCUAUCUAUCAUCUAUCUAUCUAUCUAUCUAUCUAUCUAUCUAUCUAUCCAUCAAUAACUCAGGUUAACAUUUUGUGAAUAUUUUAUGUAGUCCACAAAGGUUCCACAAAUAUCUCUGUUCCUUUUAGGCAGAGAGCAUGUUAAAUCAAGGUGGGGGGACAUAGCUGGUAAUUGUACAACUGCAAGACCUUCACUUAAUAGAUUCAAAAUAGUUAACAUAUGUAGCAAUGGAUAGUAUACAAAUCUUCAUCAGAGGCUGAUUUUGAGCAUAUGUGAGUGAAAAGAUUUUAAAUAUUGGGCAAGCCUUAAACUUGAACCUGGCUCAUAUCACAUGAAGCAUCUUUCAAAAUGAAAUCCUCUUAGCUUUAUUCCAGCUGUGGAAAUGGUAUUUAUGCCUGGGCUACAGAAGCUACAUAUUCCUUACUUAUACUAAGCAUGUGAGAUUCAGUACUAUACUAUGAAAUGCUCUGGCUGUUUUUAAAGCUGUAUAUAUUUUGAGAUCUAUAGCCUGAUAACUCAUCUGUUGGAAUACAAAAGUAGUCUCCUUCCACAGUCCUUGAAAGAUAACUCACCAUAAAGGUCAAAAAAGCUGCCUGACUCAUCUGAAGAAAGAGAGCCUUUUUAUGAUCAACAGUGUUCUUAACUAGGCUUUUAUCAUGCCGGAAUGCUUCAGAAGCCAAUUGAACAAGAUUUUGACACCCCCUUUUAGAGAUACGCUAUGAUGUAGCUGUUACAGCUGAGCUUCAACUUUUGUUAAUGACAAGCAAAAGUUAUUUAUCUUGGCUCAGCUUAUUCUUUGCCAUAUGGCAUUACAACCUCUACUCUAUAUAUUAUAUGAAAGAAAAAGCUAUCCAUGUUCUUUGGUGUUUCAACCCAUAAUGUUGGACAGAUUGUGGCUUUGCCUUAGUAAAAAGUGCUUCUGAUCACAGAGGUUGAGACACCCUUUUUCUUUUUUGCUGUAGCGCCUGUGUUGCUGCUGUUUGCUGCACUCCACUGCUCCAAAUCUCAUUCUGUUCCAGGGGUCUCCCAGCCGUUGGGAACAGUUUUGGGGGGCAGAUAUGGUGGGGCUGAAGAUGGUAGGGAAAAGCAGCAAAAACCAGGUUCUCCAACUUGUGAGACUAGGAGCACUUUCCACUUAGGCAAAGCCGCCAUUGGACACACCUCAGAGUAGUUUUCUUUGUAUGUAGAAUCCUUGAAUCAUGGUUGUGGGCAAUAUUUUACAAUUUCUGUUUUCUAACUUUAAAAUGCAUGUAGUGUCCUGAGCUUCCUGUUUUAGUAAGAUUUCCUUUAGCUUUUCUGGAACCACAGAAAUUCUGCAGCUGCAGCAAAAGAUGGAAGGAACUGGGUUCCAAAAAAGACCCCUCCAUUAAAAGUUGUGGGGCUGCUGCAAAAAACAUACAUCACGAUUGAAUCAACUGACUUAGAUUGUUACUGUCUGUCUUUUGUGCCAGAGGUUAAAGUGGUAAUUGUUUCCUUUGCUUUCUGCCUAGAAGCCACUGGUGGCCCAGUACAGAUCUCCUUUUAGAAAUGACCCAGUUAAGUGAAGCAUAGAAUAUGAUAUAUUUCAGAUCUAACCUGGGCUGGCAAUAUGUUGGAUGUUUCACAGAAUUGCAGCCAGCUUCUUGAGUUUCUUAUAUUUUUCAUAUAAUUUAGGUCAUCUUACUUAUGCCGUUAAUAAUAUAUCCAAGAGACAGUGUUCAGCUAUGUAAGUUUGCACAUUUAAAAACUUGUUUAAAGUUUGCUUAGUUAAAAGUUUGAUUAUUAUUUAUCAGUCAAACAUUUCCCUUUUUAAAAAUAAAUCAUGCAUUUAAUUCAUUCCUGUAGGUUUUGCCUAAACAUGAUUUUCAAAUUUUGCUAAUUUCUCUUAAAGUGAACCAAAUACUUUCAGCUCUAUAAUGUUUGCACAUUUUGUACUGCUAUUGAAAAGUUUACUGAGAUGGAUAUAAUAUAUGUAAAAUGCUUUGAAUUCUUGAUUCUAUAUAAAUUCUAAGUACCAUUACUGUACAGGUUUCUUUCUAAAUAGAUUUUCUUUCAUUGAAUUGGAACCUGAUGAGGACCACAUGGUCAAAUCAUCUACAAAAAACAAUAAGUAUAUUUAACUAGCUAUAAAUGUACUUAAUGACUGGAGUGGACAAUUAAUUGCUAACAUAACUGAAAUAUUCAAGAGUGACUAUUACCUUCUGCUAAUAAUGGAGAAGAAAUCCUGUAUUAUCAAAGAGACUUGAUUUGAUUGCUCUUCUGUGGUUGUGAUAAGAGAGAAGGCAUAUUAUUGUAAAGAUGAGGAGGAAGCCAUUUUAAUCAUGCAUGAAAAUAUAAAUUCCAUAUGGGCAAUGUCAACCUUUUGUUGUUAGUGACCUAAAGAACCAAUUGAGUCAAUAAGUUACACCUUUAGUAGCCAAACUGGCUGCUCUUUGAAUAAUUGGCUGAUUUCAUGGUGCCUUGUUGAGUCUAAUUUUCUAGCCAUUGUGACUAAACAGUUGGUUUUGCUAUUUCUUUUGUUCCACUGCCCUGUAUUGGAUAAAAAGUGCAGCUCCUCCAAUCCUGGUUUAAGCAUUUUGAAGCUUUGAUUUAAUUAGUUUGAAUGUGUAAACUUGGCAGCUAUAGCCAGUACAUUAUGUGAAGUAAUUCUCCAGGAAUCAUGGUGAAGAGAAAAAGAUAUUGCGUUGUCUUUUGUGGCAAGGAUCUGAAUCAAAACUAUUAUGUUCUUCUGCAGAACAUGUGGAAUAUCAAAGAAGCUAAAACUACCAUUUCCUAAUCAUUUGCCAGAGAGUUUAUUAACUGUCCACAUGACAACAGACUAAAAUAAAUGCAGAGAGUUAUGCUUCAGUAGAUUGAAUUCCUGUCUUUUCCAAAACCUUUGUUCCAAACAUAUCUUAGUAUUGGAAAGAGCCAAAUCCAGUGGCCUGCAAUUUGAAACAUUUAAUAUCUGUAUAACUGAAUGUUGUUUUUUUACACACAGUUGAGUUCAGUUCCUUUUAAUGUUCAAAGCAAGACAUUUUUACUGUUCAUAGAAAUUGCCAGUGUUCCUAUACCAUCCUUUCACUGUGCUGUGAAAAACCAUUAUGGCAUCACAGCAUGACAUCACUGAUACUAUUAUGGCAUCAGUGGCAGAGGCCACUGAUAGGAGCAGCCCAUUUUUAGUCUAUUUCUUAUAUAGAAGUUGCUGCAAGUGUUUGUUUCCCCCUUACUGUAUGAAGGUUAAUACUGAAUAGUUUUACAGCUAUAAAAAUUCUGUUAAUGACUAAUCAUUCUAGAGUGAUCUGCCUAAGCUGUUUGCAAUAAUGAAUUUCAAAUGAGUGUUGUUUCUCAUGUAAUUACUGUCCAGUUUCUUGGCCUUUACACUUUGGAACAGCAAAAUGAAAACAUAAGGCACCAUCUAAUGGGAACAUCUCCUACAGAAGUUCAUUUGAAAUGCCAAGGCAUUAUGCCCAGAAUAUUUAUGCAGGAAAAGGCUGUGCAGAUUAUUAGGGCUAGCUUAAAUCCAAUCUAUUCUUACUGAGGUGGGCCAAAAAAAGUGUAUCUGUUGUUUUGUGGGGUUUUUAAUGUAAACUCUGCAUUAAAGUACCUAGAAUAAGUUUGAUUGUUCUAUAUUAAAUAGAUUGUCUCUUUUUAAAUUAGGGCUUUGUGCCCAGUUGCAACAGAAGUAAUCAUUAUAUGGAGCAAAUAGGUAUAAUAAAGGAGAUGCUUAAAUUAAUGUGUGCACUCAUAAUUUGUAGAGCUGCAUUUCACUUUAGUUCUAAAUCAAUGCAGAAGGUUUUGAGCUUUCAUUUAUUUUCCCUGCCAUCAUAGAUCUUAUAUAAAAUGGUCAUAAUUUGCUGGAAGCUAUGAUCAUAGUAAUAAACAAAGCAGAUCAUUAUAAUGUUCAUCUAAUGGUCAGGCAUGGGAAACCUUAAAAGAAAUCAUUCUGUGUUUGUAACAUGUAAUGUGAAUCCUUGCACCUUGUCUUUCUCAUGUAUCAAAGGUACAUAUGCCCACAAAUUUCUUUGAUUGGCCAGUACAAUCCAGCUCAAACUUCAGUUGGUUUGUUUUUGUCUAAAAUCCAAGAAAUAAAGAUCUCCACCCCCCCCCCCCCGUAAGCCAAGUAUCAACUUAAUGAAUCUGGUUGUGCGAAACCUCUAAUGUAUGCACAUGUGAUGUAUGUUACUAAUUUUCCUCUAUGUCCAAAAUCUCUAAUAUGUUUGCUUCCAUAACCCAUGAUGCAUGUAGUGUUGAUCAGAUGCAGAAUCGACCAGUGAACUUCCCUGCAGUUGAAAUUGGGAUCAGACAAAACAUGAAAAUGAGUUUUCAGUCUCUUGUAAAGCUAGUGACCUCCACAAUACCAGAGAGAUUAGUUUAUUUGAGUAUGAAAAGAGUGUUCAGAACAUGCUGUGGGGUUAGAGAGGAUGAUGAUUAAAUCUGAAUGGCAGAGUCCUGACUUAUGCUGUGGGAAUGUUACUAUAACAGAUGACCCGGUUCCAUAGACUUACAGCUGUGCUAGGUAUUGUUAUCUCUGGAACAGAUUAAAGAUGAAUAUAUUUUCUUGGUCAGCCCUUCUAUUUUAGGGGUGAGCUUGGUGUUCUUUAGUAGUUCAUUCUGUUUCAAACCUUAACACAGGAAAUUCUCAUAAUUUCUCUCUUAAUUGGUGUGAACAACUGAAUUGGACUAAAUGCACUAUUAGUAGCAAAACACAGGAACUGGGACAGUUAGCUGUUUUCCCAGAUGGUUCAGAUUUUGUUAAACCCAUAAGAUAAUGAAUUCAUUUCUUCUUUCCUGAGUUAUGUUACUUAAAAAUAAUAAGCAGCUCCAUUUGCUCCAUUUAUCCAGUGUUUUAACUAUGACAUGACCGUCCUUUACUUUGUAAAAUAUUUAUGUGAGAGGUGUUCAGGGCAAUUGAGGCUGGUCCAUUAGGGUGAAAUCAGAAUGUCUCAGUGUUGCUUUUGUAGAACACAGCAUGGAGGAGGAUGGGAAUACAACUAGAAUUAGUUGGCACUGGCUCCACACAGUAUUGGUCUCCCUGCCUUCUGCCCUACAAGUCCCUGGGGCACCAGCCACCAAAGGUCCUGAGGGUGAAGUUAGAAGGCCAAAGAUGAGGCCUUGGCUGAACCAUAUUCUGAGAUCACGUACUGCAGGUCGUUGCUCAUAAAUACCAUUUUCUGUUCCCUGUAGAAAUAUGAUUUUGCACAGAUGUACAGCCUCUUGCCCAGGCUUCUCCACCCUGUCCUAUAAUGUUACUAAAAUCUUCUGUAGUGCAGAACAUAUGCUGCUUUCACAGGUCAGGUUCCUAGUAUUAAAUUAAGCUUUCCUAUUGCUUCAGAUAUGGAACCUGCUGUUUUGUGAUGAGGCGGCAGCCAUCAUGAUGGAAGCUGUUGGGACUGUGGGAGGGUUUGACAAGAGAUGGGAAGGCAGGAGGAGGAGAACGUUGCUUCACUUCUCUAUCAUCAAAGGAUUCCAGCAGGAUUUCCUGGAUCUGGCACACUGUAUGUAAAUUGCCCCCACCCCCUCAAUAUAUUACAAACUGAAGCUGGGUUUCUAAUGUACAGCUUGCCUGUGUGGUGCAAUAUUGCUGGUUCUAAGAUAAACUCAAUGUCAACUCCAUGAUCAAGUUCUUUCCCCAAAUAUCUCCAUUGUUUUGAGCACAUGAAGUCCCAACAAAAAUAUUGGGGAAUAUAGUAUUUUAAUUUAACAUGUGAAGCAGGAUGCUUUGUACCUUCAGGUGAAAGUUUAAAGGAAUGAAAUCAGGAAGAUGCGGAAUGAAACUUAAAUGAUUGUUUCCUUUCUUAUUAUAAAGAUCACACACAGUUCUGCAUUUUAGAAAUCUACCUACUGAAGUUUUAAUGUGUGAUUAUUUCUGGUAUCUUUGUUCACAUUAACGUAAGGGGAAACUAGCUGAUUAUACUUCUUGGUUUGUAUGUCUUUUCUUCCUCAGCGUUAUUUUCUUGUCAUUAGUGUUAUUUCCCAAAAGUCUAUGGACUGAAAAUGUUUCAUAAAUUUGUUGAUCCUUCCUGACAUCGUUCAGCAUGCAAAGUAACCAAGAGGAUGUUGUGGGUGUCACGAGUUGAGUCAUUUAUGUGCUGUGAGAGUAGCAGCCCUUUGCUUUGACUCAAAGCUAGACAAAUUUGGCAACAGAGACAAAAGGAGAAUACCUUUGUAUUACUGAGGUGUCAUUUUUAUAAAGUGCCUUUGUCUCCUGCACCACCCUCUUAAUGCCUCAGAAAUAAAUCACUUCAGACUUCAUCACUGACAGCCACAAUAUCUACAGUCUUCACACAUCAGGAGCCUGGCUGACAUGGCAAAUUAUGUGCUGGCGCCAUUUGACAAGAGCAAAAUGAAGAGAGGGGCUGGGCUUCCUUGCUGUAUAUCAGUGCAAAGUGGUAAUGUGUAUUCUGGAUCCAGAGCGGGUGUUUGAACGCUUAAUUGUGUUUGGUAAUAUAAGUUGAAAAAUAAGCAGAAUAACAAGCUGGGGAAAGGAUGUAAUGGGACUAAGAAAAAUAAUCUAGGCACCUGAUUCAUUGAUGGAGAAUCGCUUGCCAUUAUUUAAAACACAUCUGCAUUUGUGCCACAAAUCUCAUUACCAAUGUGCACAUAUAAGUGUUGAUCUGCAGUAGUUGUGUUUUUUAAAAGAUGAUGCAGAACUUGCAUUAACAGAUGAGUAUGCUACUUACUCCACCAGCAGUCUCCAAAAUCCCUUUGCCUAGGCUGCGGAAGUGCAUAUCAAGAUAACUCUGUGAGUAGAGUAAUCACUUUGCCUUCCUCUGUUUAUAAGAUAGGAGUUGUUUCCUCUUUUGAGUUUGUUUUCUUGUAUCUCUUCGAGUGGCAGUGACUCCACCUCUUUCUCAUCCAAAUCUGAGAAUAAAAUAAAUAUUUUGUUUAAAAAAUCUCACUGGAAUUGUGUUAAGCUCAUGAUUCAGAUAAGUGAGGGAGGAAAAGACUUUAGCUGAUACAAUUAAUGUUUUAUGUUGGAGAUCUCACCAGCUGCCUUAGAAAAAUUGCUUAGGUGCUGGGCUUCAAUAUAGUUUCAUAGAAACCAGUGGUGGGCUUGCCUUACACAGCAUAAAACUUUCCAAAGUGCUUGGUUUUACUAUUUUACUGUCUUCAGACCUUGUGACACUACUGCAGAUGAUUAUUAAUACACUGGAUCUGGAAUUUCAGGCAAUAUGGCUCACUUUCUUUCUUUGCUACAGUACUUUAUAUGCAAAGUGGAUAGACUUUCAUCCAUAUGCAAUUACUGCAAGACUAUAAAAUAUGAUAUGGUUAAAGAAAGCAGUAGAUUAAAACUACAGUAAUUUCAAGAACUUGCAACAGGAACUAAAAUCAAGUUUGAAUAUGUUGCACACUUAUGAAAAAAAGCUGAACUGACAACAAAUAAUUACUGCCUGUGGGAAGCAAGGGACUUUGCUACCCAAUAAAUAAGCUGCUCUUAUUCUCACUGUGUAGAGAGAUGCACAUGUUCAAGCGAUGCACAUAUACCAGAUAUUCUUAUAUUUCAUUGAACGUUUCAAAAGUCCUUGCUUGAUGUGCAGAAUAGUGUCACGCUGAAUGUUAAUCACUACAAGUCAAGAAAAAUGAAGUUACCUCGAAGUCCACUUUCAAAGUCUUCAUUUAUAAACCACCAUGUCCUAGAGGUAUGGGAGGGUUGUAUGGGGUGAGCCAGCUGGGUAACUACAGACAACCAAAACCCAGCAGUGAUGGAGUUCUGGAAUUAGAUUUUGUUGCAACCACUUGGAAUUCUGUGGUUGCAACUGUUUGAUCAAGCCAGUCCAGGCAGAUCAGAACAUAUGGACAUGAACAAAACCAGUUCAGCCCAGCAAUAAAAGUAGGCACAGGCUGGCUAAAAGCUACAGCUGAAUUGCAGUUACAGUGCAGAUACACUCCGCAAUGGAGAAAGAAAUGUGUAAGUCAUCUGUCUUACAGUCACUCUUUGACUGCACACAUUUUAGUAAAAAUUCCUAAGGUCUCCAACUGACUUGCCCAGAGCAAGGUAGAUUGAAGCUAUGAAAAUUUAAAAACAGCAAUCAGGAACUAAAGAUCAGUUUUGAGCAUCCCUUUCCCUCCGUCUCCCUCCCUCUUUCCUUUAACAAAGCAGAGGUGGUGCCACUGAUGCGCUCCAUCUUAGCUCCAGACACAGCACAACAGGUGACGACUCCUUCUACACAUAAAUUCUAGUUCAAACACUUUGUCAAUAGAUCCAUGGGGUUUUUUUUAAUUUUAAAGUUUAUGAUGUAGCUAUUUACUAUAGGUUUGUGUUCACAUAGAUUCUGCUAAAAGAGAUACAAAACCUAUUAUUGCUGUUCUCCAAUUACAAUCGUCCAGUCCAGUACAACAGUUGAGUGUAGAACUGAAUGCCAGUGCAAAGCUGGGAGUGGAGAGGGAACAGGAGUACCGUGGGUUUCUUGUACUAUAUUGUGUUAAAGAGAGCCAAACCCUUUAAUGCUGGCAAUGCAAUUAGUGAUUCACGGAGUAAGAAAAUCAAAAAGAUGGGUCCCUGCCAUGAUGAGCUUACAAUCUACGCUUCAGCAGUGGAGGAGAUAGGAAGGGGAAAUAACAAGGGCUGCAUGUGAGCAAAUAAGCUACGUGUACGUAAUUAAGAUUUGUGUCAGCUGGGAUCCAAAUUUGAUUUGUUUCAACAAUUUAUAGUUUAUCCAUUUGGCAAGGCACUCUAAGCAACUGAAAAGACAAAUGUAAGCAUUCACAUAUACAGAUUAAAGCAAUAAAUUAAACCUGGAAGCCUGAGUUUCAACUUCUAGGUGCCAGAAUCAAAUGUGUGGGCGCUAACCUUGUGACCCCAGUCCAAGCAAAAUUAGUAAUAAUGACCAAGCCACAAUGAAAGCAGUAGGAAUUAAUUUGGCUGUCAGAAAGGGAAAGAGGUUUAAUCUCCUUUAACUCCUUUAAGUGUUUUUUGUCAACUUACAUCUCCAUGUUGAACCUGAAAUUAAAGUUACAUUCAUUUAAAUUUUCUUCUCCACCACUUCUAAGUACCCAUGGCAAAAAGCCGGGCCCAAACUAUGAGUGAAUAUGUUUAUUUCUUGGUUUGCUUGCCUAUUCCAUUUGUAUCCUGUCCUCCUUCCCGUGAGAUAAGGCUGCUGACAUGGAGAUGGGCUUUUUCAGUGAUGGCACUGAAUGUGAUACAUUCCCUGCUGAAAUAAGAGACACCCCAUCUGUGUUGGCAUUCUGUUAGCUCUUGAAGACACACCUGUUUGAACAGGUAUUCCCCUGACCUCUUUAUCCGAGUCUCAUGUUUUAAUUGCUGUGUUGUUUUAAUGACACUUGUUACUGGACCACAGCAUAUUGCUUCCAUUAGUGCCAUUGCUCUAGCAGCUUCUAGAGAGAAUAAUAGAAUGUAAAGACUUUGAGCAAAAUCUAGUCCAAUGCCCUGCAGUGCAGGAAUCUCAACUAAAGCAUCCAUGACAGGUGGCCAUUCAACCUCUGCUGAAAAACCUCCAAGGGAGGAGAAGGGCCUCCCCCAAAUAUCAGGUUUGUAAACCCUAAGGGACUCUGCAAGCCAAUGACCAAGGCAUUGAACAGGAGUCGUCGUCCCAAGCACCAUCUUCUGAAUUUGCUUCUCCAGGAAGGAAUGGAGCACUAUACUGUAAAAUAGUGCCUCCAAGUCCUGUCCCAGCAAGGCAGCCUGGAAGGAUACCAUAGUCAAUAGUAUUGAAAGGCACCAAGAGAUCCAGCAGAACCAACAGGAACACAUUCCCACCUGUCCAGUGCUUGGCGUACGUCAUCCAUCAAGGUGACCAAAGCCAUCUCUGUCCCAUAACCAGGCCUAGAACCAGAUUGAAAUGGAUCUAGAUAAUCAGUCUUCUCCAGAAACCUCUGGAGCUGAGCUACCAGCACAUGCUCCAGUACCAUAUUUCCUAUUUCUUCUUCCAAUGUGUAGUAAGUGAUCCUAAUUCUGCAAGGAGUUUUGAUCCAAUAUGGCACUUGUAUUCUUAAAACCUCCUGCCAACCUAGCUGUUCGAAAGCACGUCAAAGUGCAAGUAGAUAAAUAGGUACCGCUCCGGUGGGAAGAUAAAAGGCAUUUCCGUGCACUGCUCUGGUUCGCCAGAAGCGGCUUAGUCAUGCUGGCCACAUGACCCGGAAGCUGUACGCCAGCUCCCUCGGCCAAUAAAGCGAGAUGAGCGUCGCAACCCCAGAGUCGGCCAAGACUGGACCUAAUGGUCAGGGGUCCCUUUACCUUUACCUAUUCUUAAAACACCUUGCAAGAAUUCCACAACCAGCAGGCACUAAAGGAAGGGCUAAAAGUCAGUGCUUUGCAUGCAGCGAGUCUUAGGUCCAGGGCCCAGCAUCUUCAAGUAGUGCUGGGAACGUCCUCUGGUGAGCCACUGCUAGUUGGUGUAGAAUUGGAGACAAUAUUGAGCUUCUUUAUAAGGCAGCCUCCUAUUUUCACUAAGUAACUCAGCAGACAGUGGCUCAUGGUCCAGCUGUGGUACAUAUUCUACCUUCUGCCCAUUCAUGUCUUAAAAAACCCCAGUGUGUCUAGCAUUGUGUAUGACUGGUUUUGUCCUCUCUACAACAAAUAGUAAAAUACCCAAUUACAACAGAAUGGCCUGAAAGCUGCAACAUGAAAUUAAAUAGUACAUGAAUUGGUAGCAUUUUACCAUGUUAAAAUAUCAAGGAUCGGCUAAAACCUUUGACUUGAAUAAGAUUUCGGCUUCUAGCCAUAUAGGAAAAUAAUUUAAAUUAGGCCAUUUCCCCAAUUCAUGUCAUUUUCUUUCUUUCUUUCUUUCUUUCUUUUUUUUAAAAAACACUCCAAACACUGAAUGCUGUCAACUCUCAUUGAACCAUGAAGAAGGUGUUCAGAAUUGCUUGCUAGACUGAACCGUAUCUCCUUGGUAACCCACUUCCGAUGCAUUAUGUGAUGUCAUUGGUACUGUUAAAAGCAGGCUGUGUUACUUUGUUGUCCUUGUCCCCCCCUCCCAAUUUCGAACAUAUUUUUACACAUUUCUUUUUUAAAUGUGAAGUUCAUUGGAUUUUCAGAGAGAAGUUUUAGUGCACUUGUAUGUAUGCUUUUGGGAACACAGAACGAAAGCAUUUAUUAUGAUGUACAAAUGAGGCAAAUUAUGCUCCUACCAGAAUCUGUACUGGCCACAGGUACCACUACCUUCCUUGAAGUUGCAUGUUUAUUCUGGAAAUUUAUGAGGCAGGUAUGUGCAACAUAGGUAAAGGGACCCCUGACCAUUAGGUCCAGUCGUGACCGACUCUGGGGUUGCGGCGCUCAUCUCGCUUUAUUGGCCGAGGGAGCCGGCGUACAGCUUCCGGGUCAUGUGGCCAGCAUGACUAAGCUGCUGCUGGUGAACCAGAGCAGCACACGGAAAUGCUGUUUACCUUCCCGCCGGAGCGGUACCUAUUUAUCUACUUGCACUUUGACGUGCUUUCGAACUGCUAGGUUGGCAGGAGCAGGGACCGAGCAACGGGAGCUCACCCCGUCACGGGGAUUCGAACCACCGACCUUCUGAUUGGCAAGUCCUAGGCUCUGUGGUUUAACCCACAGCGCCACCCACGUCCCUCAUGUGCAAAAUAGAUUGCACCUAUUACUUGUCUGGAGGCCUCUGGCAUGCAGAGGGAGUGCUAAGGGAUCAUCUCCCCCAUUCCAUGCCAAGUAUCCUCUUGCCUUUCUGUGGUCUUGUAGAACUCUAAUAUUGCCGGAAAGCCUCUAAUUUUUUCUGAGGUCCCUCUCUGUCUGAGACCUAUGAUGCACUGCCUAGCGACCCCUCAGUUCCCCAUCAGCCCACUCUUCACCAAAACUUUGCAUUCCGAAGCUCUGUAUUAAUAAUUUGACCCUUGUGCAAUCAUACAAAAUAAUGACAUAGUACAGAUUAACUUCCAGUGCAAGUGUGACUAUGAAAGUACAUAGGAAGCUGCCUUAUACUGAAUCAGACAAUAGGUCCAUCUAGCUCGUUGUGUGUACAGGCUGGUAGCAGCUCUCCAGGGUUUUAGACAGGAGUGUUUUUUCCAGCCCUACCACGAGAUGCUGAGACCUUUUGCAGGCACAGCAGAUGCCCUGCCAGGGAGCUAUUUGUUCCAGACUCACUGAAGCAUACAAAUUUACCCUAUACCAAGUCAGACUAUUGAUCUAUCUAGCUCAGUAUUAACUACUCUCCAGGGUCUUUCCCAGCCUUACCUGAAAAUGCCUAGAUUUGAAGCUGUGAUCAUUUUAAUGCAAAGCCUGCGCUGCACCACUGAACUACCUCCUUCCCCAGCUACUCUAGUGUAAUGUAAUAAGCCCUUCUCUUGGUGACUGCUAUUUCUGAAUCUCAUCUUGGUCCAAAGUGAGCAGUAUUUCCUCUAAUGACAGCUUAGCUAAUUAGUCUGCAAAUGCAACCAGUGUUUAGAGGAGUAGAAUAAACAAAUGUUUGGCUAAAUAAAUUAUAUAUUUUUGUUCCAUAUUUUAAUUCUGCCCCCAAGUGAUUAUAGGGCAAGCCACAUUGAACUGGGUAAUGUAAAAAAAAAGUCAACCAGUCAUUAAUCUUGCAGUAGGCUAAGGAAUUCACACUUCUGACAUUGUUAAAAACUAGAAGCUACUGAAAAUAAUCUAAAACUGUUUUGCCUAAAUAACACAGACAAAAUGAAAGUCAAGUAGCAAGCAGGAGUGCUAAAAAGAAGUAUAGAUUAUGAAACUGUUCAGCUGAACUAAAAAUGCAUUUGCUUCAAUCCAGAGUCCCUUGUGCAUUGUGAUUCUUUUAAGUCUCUCAAGGUGACAUGGAAGAGCCAUAUCAGAUAUCCUUCUGUUUUUAACACUUGAACAGCAGCUGGGAGAUGAAUUUAAUCAGGAAGGGGUUAAACCUUCCACUGCCUGCUAUUUCCACAAUGGAAAUUGUUCCCCAAUCUGCUAUUUUUUAAAAACGAGGCUGCAUUUUAAAUUGCAUUUUAACAUGUAUUUUAAAUUGGUUUUUUUCCUAUUAUGUUUUUAUUGUAAUUUUACUGGUAUUAGCUGCCCUGAGCCCGGCUCUGGCCGGGGAGGGCGGGGUAUAAAUAUAAUUUUGUUGUUGUUGUUGUUGUUGUUGUUGUUGUUGUUGUUAUUUUCCCUACAGCAAGAAAACAUUAAGGUCCCCUCCCUGGACAUCUUCCUCCACUGUCAAAUAUCAGCUUUGGGAAAGUGCUUUUCAUAGGGAAACUGCUCUGGAGAAUAAAGGGCUAGCUUUUUACCCAAACACUGUGAUCCUGAUCAGAUUUGCCCCCUAUUACAAUAUUCUAAUUGCUAUUUUUUUAUUAUAAAGCCUGGGGAAAUAAAAAUACUGGAUCUCCUGCUGUUGCAUCCAGUUUGACCCUUAGUGUGUGCAUUAAGUCUCUGUUACUCACAAGAGACUGGUGGUUCAGUGCCUCUUUCUAUGGACUCAGCUAGACUGGUAAAGAAAAAAUGAUUUAUAUGCGUUGUAUUGCGAUAUAACAUUGUGCCACCAGAUGGCGAAAUGGAGUCCUGUCUGUCUCUAACUGUUUUCCUUGUUUAAAUCUACAACACUUUAAACGCUUCUUUGAUGUGUCUAGAUCCAGCCUAUAUGUAGUGAUUGCCUGAUGAUUUCAUGGAAAAAGUUAUGCAGGUGUUGCAAAUAAUAGGUGGAAACCACUGGCACAAACAGGUGGAAUCGGUGGCAGCCGCAUACAGAACAGGAGGGUCUAUGGGCCAGAUUAUUUAAAAUUUUAAUCAGAACUGUAGGAAAGACUCACUGGGGAUCAUGGCAAUUAAAAACUACAGAAAAGCAGAGUUUAAAGCAAUAGUCUAAAAGCAGCAGACAAAUCACUUAAGACAGCUUCCAGGUGGGAGAGUUAACAGGAAAAGUGAAAGAUUUAUCUCUAAGAUCCAAAGUACUUGAAGACUCAAUGAAAAGGGUUCAAAAAGAUACUAAAGAAAAUAAGAAAGAUAUGGAUAGGAUUAAGACAGAGGUGAAGGAGAUAAAUAAAAUACAGGAAGAGUUACUGGAUAGUGUGGCGAUGACUCAAAUGAGACAGAAACAAUCAAACCUGAAAUUUAGGGGAUCCCUGAGGAACCUAAUGAAAACAUACGAUCUAAACUGGUUAGAGAAUUGGCAGUUUGGUUAGAUAUGAAGGAAGAGGACAUAGGAUACUCAGUUGCAAAUAUUUUUCGGAUAAAAACAAAAUCAGCCAAAGCCAGAGGGAAGAAACUGCCAGGAGAUGUCCUGGUCAUGUUUAACUCUCUGGAUAUGAGAAAUGAAAUACUAAAGUUAAACUAUAAUCAAAAAUUAUGUAUUGAGGGAAAGCCAAUUAUUAUAUUUAAAGAGAUUCCUUCGAGAUUUCUUCGUAAGAGAGAUGUUUAUAAAAAACUAACUAACCAAUUGAAGAAGAUAGGGAUCCAAUAUAGAUGGGAGUUCCCGGAAGGGAUUUCAUUCUAUUUCAAGGAAAAAAGAUUCAAACUAUCCAGCUCUCUGGAAUUGGAUAAAUUUGCAAGAAGAUAUGAGAAGGAACUGGGAAGGUUGGGAGGGGGGGAUCCAGAAGGGGCGCAGAUGGGGGAAGAGAGGGGUGGAGGUGAAGAAAGUGGAGAGGGAGAAGAGGAGGAAAACCUAGACGAAGAAAAAGAAGAGGAAGAGACAGAUAACAAGGAACAGUAGACCUAACCUAGAUUUGACCACUUACUGAUUGUACAUUAAAAAUGACCUUAAAAAUAACCUCGUGGAAUGUGAACGGGCUCAAUAAUAAAAAUAAAAGAAACCAAAUUGCUCAUGUAUUGCUUAAAAAGAACCUUGACAUAAUCUGUCUGCAAGAAACCCAUGUAACAAAAAACAUAAAAGAAUUUUAAGUAAUAAGAGAUUGGGGUUGGACUUUGUAGCAUCGGAUAAUGUCAAGAAAAGAGGAGUGGUACUAUAUAUAAAAGAAAAAUUUGAUCCAAAAUUAAUACAUAAAGACGAAGAGGGGAGAACGAUAGCAGUACAGAUCACCCACCAAGGAGAAAAGAUAAUCGUGGUAGGGAUAUAUGCACCCAAUGACAAAAAUCAGCAUUUUAUUCUGAACUAGGUAACAAAUUGUUAGAAUGGAUGGACCAACAAAUGAUAUUGAUGGGGGACUUUAAUGGAGUGGUUCUCCCAAAUUUGGAUAGAUCAAUAAGAAAACAGGAAAUGAGGGAGGGCAAAUUACCGAAAGCCUUCUUCGAAUUAGUGGAAAAUUUGGGAUUAAUUGACGCUUGGAGAUUUAAAAACCCCACGAUAAAACAAUUCACUUUUUUUUCAAACCCAAAUCAAAGCUGGGGAGAAUAGAUCAUAUUUGGGUCUCGAAGGAAUUGACGCAAAGAGUAAUUAAGACUGAAAUCCUCCCACAAACUUUAUCUGAUCAUAAUCCAGUAUAUAUGGAGGUAAAAGGAAAAGAUUUCAGAACAUUAAGAUGGAGAAUGAACGAAAACCUAUUCAAUGAUCAAAAGAUAGCAAAUAAAGCAAAAGAGACAAUUGAGGAAUAUUUUAAGUGGAAUUUGAAUAAAGAAACAUCUCUAGAAACGGUGUGGGAUGCCGGGAAGGCUGUCAUGAGGGGUUUUCUUAUUCAGAAAAAUAGCAUCUCAAAAAAGAUAAAAGAGAAAAGGAAAGAAGAAAUCUUACUACACCUUAUGGAGAAUGAAAGACAAUUAACCAUCAAACCAGGAGAUGAAAUAUUAAAACAAAACAUAAGGAUGCUACAAGCUCAAUUUUCUAUGAUAGUGAACCAGGAGAUUGAAUGGAGGAUCAAAAUGAUGAAACAAAAGAACUUUGAAUCAGCAAAUAAGAUAGGAAAAUACCUGGCGUGGCAAUUAAGAGAGAGGAAAAAACAAAACAUGAUAUGUAAGAUAAGGGAUGGAGAAAGGAUAGUGGAGGACCCAAAAGAGAUAAAGAAGAUAUUUCAGAAAUACUAUAAGGAACUAUAUAAAAGAGAAAGAGAGAUAGAUAAUGAGAUAGAAAAUUACUUGAAAAAAUACCAAUUGCAACAGAUCACGACUGAAGAAAGAGAAUAUCUAAACCAGACAAUUACAGAGGAAGAAAUUAGGAAAGCAAUAAAAAAAAUGAGAAUAGGAAAAGCGCCGGGGCCAGAUGGUAUCUCGGCUAAAUAUUAUAAAAUAUUAAGUGACCAAAUUUCCCCAGUGCUAUGUGAAGUCAUGAACAAUGUAUUAAAAGAAGGGAGAAUUCCAAACACCUGGAAAGAAGCGUAUAUUACCUUAAUCCCUAAAAAAGACACAGAUGGUUUAGAGGUAAAAAAUUAUAGACCUAUUUCGUUACUAAAUAACGACUAUAAAUUAUUCGCAGACGUACUGGCAGAAAGGUUAAAAAAAGUCUUAAAUAAAAGAAUCCAUAAAGACCAAACGGGUUUCCUCCCGGGGAGACAACUGAAAGACAACGUAAGAAAUGUGAUUGACAUCAUUGAGUAUUUGGAUACUAGAAUAGACAAACAGGCGGCGCUGAUCUUCAUUGACGCCGAGAAGGCAUUUGACAACGUCUCCUGGCGUUUCAUGAAGGAAAAUUUAAAAAUGAUGGGAAUUGGUGAAGGAUUUAGAAAAGGUAUUGACGCAAUUUAUCAAGAGCAAAAUGCCAAACUUAUAAUAAAUAACAAUAUAUCGGAGGCCUUUGAUAUUGCCAAAGGGACUAGGCAAGGUUGUCCUUUAUCCCCUUUGUUAUUUAUAACAGUGUUGGAAGUGUUUAAUAAAAGGUUAAGGGAAACACCGGAAGUUAAAGGAAUUAAGGUAGGAAGUAAGGAAUUCAAAAUAAAAGCAUUUGCAGAUGACUUGAUAUUAACAUUGGAAGAUCCUAAGAACAGUCUACAAGCAGCCUUACAGAAAUUAGAAGAAUUUGGAAAAGUGGCAGGUUUUAAGCUUAACAGGAAUAAGACCAAAAUGAUAACAAAAAAUAUAACCAAGGAAGAGAUAGCAGAGCUAGAACAAAGGACAGGAAUUACGGUUGUUAAGAAGGUAAAAUAUUUAGGAGUGUGGAUCACAGCAAAAAAUAUAAACUUAUAUAAAGAUAAUUAUGAGGCUACUUGGAAGGGUGUCAAGAAAGACUUAGAAAUCUGGGAGAGAUUGAAACUUUCUUUCUUAGGGAGGAUCUCAGUUAUUAAAAUGAAUGUCCUGCCCAGAAUGUUAUUUUUGUUCCAAACUAUACCAGUAAUGAAAGGACUAAAACAGUGUAAAGAUUGGCAAAGGAUCUUAGCGAGAUUUAUCUGGCAGGGGAAAAGACCACGAAUAAAAAUGAAAAUAUUGGUAGACAAAAAGAAAGAGGGGUUUUUCUUUACCAGAUUUGAGUCUAUACUAUGAAGCGGCUUGUUUAAUGUGGGUGAAAGACUGGAUAAAGUUAGAGAAUACUGAUAUCUUGGAUUUAGAGGGCUUUGAUAACAGGUACGGGUGGCACUCGUACCUGUGGUACGAAAAGGUGAAAGUUCAUAGAGGCUUUCUAAAUCAUAUAAUCAGAGGAUCAUUAUUUCAAGUAUGGGAAAGAAAUAAGAACUUGCUGGAAAAGAAAACUCCAUGGUGGAUCUCACCAAUUGAUGUCUUAACUGUUAAAAAAACUAAUAUGGAAGGGAAAAGAGCCACCUAUGAAGAACUUAUCAAUAAAACUGAUCAGGGCAUAAAACUCAAGCCCUAUGAGGAGGUAAAGAAUGUACUUACGGGAUGGUUGCAAUACCAUCAAGUGAAUGAUCUGUUAAAAGAUGAUAAAAAGAAACUGGGAUUUGAAGAUAAAAAAUCUAAAUUUAAUGUAGAAAUUAUUGAAGGCAAAAACAAAACAUUAUCUAGGAUGUAUGACCUUUUACUGGAUUGGUUUACAAAAGAUGAAGAGGUGAAGGAGGCUAUGAUAAAAUGGGCCAUAGACAUUGGUUACAACAUUGACUUUGUAAAGUGGCAGGAAUUGUGGAAUGUAAAUAUGAAAUUCACGGCGUGUACGGCAUUAAGGGAGAAUCUCUGGAAGAUGAUUCAUAGGUGGUAUCUCACACCAGUGAAAUUGGCUAAGAUUUACAAACUGAAGAAUAAGAAGUGCUGGAAAUGUGGAGAGGAAGAUGGUGAGUUCUACCACAUGUGGUGGACAUGCAGGAAAGUAAAAGGCUUUUGGGAACUGAUCUACAAUGAGCUCAAAAGGAUUUUUAAAUAUACUUUUCCCAAAAAGCCUGAAGCUUUCCUGCUAGGAAUAGUUGGCAAGGAAAUUAAAAAAGAGGAUAAAAAUCUGUUUCUAUAUGCCACAACGGCCGCUAGAAAUAUGUUGGCCCAAAGCUGGAAAACAGAAUUAAUACCUACUAUAGACGACUGGCAGAAUAAGAUGAUAAAUUAUGUUGAACUAGCUAGAAUAACAGGAAGACUAAGAGACCAGGAUGACCAGAAGUUUCAUGAAAAUUGGAAUAAAUAUCUGACGUAUAUAAGAGAUAAGUAUAGAACUUUGAGGACUCUGGCAGGGUUAGAAUAACUCUAACAGUGUUUGGCAAAUAUGUAAAGGAGAUAAAACAUGUAACUUUAGAAAUUAUCUGAUACUUAUCAAUAAAGUGAAGGGAAGUCCGAGGCUCGGUGGAGCCUAUAAAUAAUUGUGUACUAUAUAUAUGAUUUUUGUAACAGCUAUGUUAUAUGCAACUUAUGUAAUCUAGACUGUAUAUAUGUAUAAUCAAUGAAAAUUAAUAAAAAUGUAUUUAAAAAAAAUAAAAAAAAAAUAAGACAGCUUCCAGGAACUUGAAACCAUUUCACCAAAAUCCUGCUCAAAAAGGAAAGUCUUAUAUUGUGGUUAGAGGCCAACAGAGUGGUCAGCAAGCCAGGCUUAUCUUAGGACUUUUAGAAGACUUAUAGAAGACAUCUGAAGGCAGCCCUGUUUAGGGAAGCAUUUAAUGUUUAAUAGAUUAUUGUAUUUUAAUAUUCUGUUGGAAGCCGCCCAGAGUGGCUGGGGAAACCCAGCUAGAUGGGCGGGGUAUAAAUAAAUUAUUAUUAUUAUUAUUAUUAUUAUUAUUAUUAUUAUUAUUAUUAUUUGUGCUAAAGCCUAGGCACAGCUUCUGAAAAGGUAUCUGUGGCAUUUUGGGGACACACAAGAGCCUCUCUGUCAAAGAUCAGAAUAAAGAGGCAUGAUUCACAGUCAUGUCUGUCUUCUAGCCUCUCUUAGUUAUGUUCUGCUGAGAGCUCAGCAGUGUGGAAGCAAAACCACAUGAAGCCACAAACUCUUCACAUAUUAUUUGCAUGGACAUGCAAAGCACAUAGAAUGCAUCUUCUGGGCAAUACCUCUGCCCCCAUCCCCAAUGAUGUGUGACUGCCUCCUCUGCUGUCCACAUAUUAGCAGGGAUGACAAAAGCUGGAAGGCCUACAGAUGUAGGCUUCCCCACAUCCUGGAACUCAGUCAUGCAGUCUGCUCAAAGGCUUUCCCUCCUUCUCAGAUGGUGGGGCGGGGAAGCGAGAGUGGAGAGCCAUGCAUGAGCAAUAAUCUUUACCAAAGGAUUCCCCUUCGCCUCUACCAGUGGGACUUGGGGUAGGCGCCCUCAAAAUUGUAGGCCUUUGCCUAUGAGCCCCCUCUGCCCCCCAAGUUCUGACCUGUGUAUGAGUGGUGGUAGGCCCAAGGGUGCAGCCUCACAGUCCCUUUCCACACCCUCUUGCCUUUUCACAUGAGUAAUGCAAAAAGGAAGCCACAGAGAUGCUACACAGGUAUUGGAGUGUGAGUUACGGUCAUCCUCUGUUUGUCAAAUGUAUUGCAAACAGGUUGAUUUUGAUGCAUAAAUCAUGUUAUUGUUUAAAUUAAUAGCAAAUUCUCAUUGAUUUCAUUUAGGUUGAAAUUUUACCCUAAGUCUCUGUAAGCCAAAUAGCCUUUUCACCAGUCCUGCUGAAAAGAAUAACAACAAAAGCUCUAGAUACUGCAGUCUUUUUGCAGAUUGCACCUUGAGUCAAAUAUUCAUACUCUGUUACAAGGUUUACAUGAGAAAUGAAAUCUUCCUUGACAUGGAUUUUGCUUUUCCCCUAAAGGUUAGCAUAUUCACAUGCACCUAAUAACUAAUAACUAUUAAUAGUUGAAAGUGCAGCUGUGUUUGAGAUCAUUGUAGAAGCUUGCCAGUAGGGAAAAGACUUGGAUAAGAAAUCCCAUUUGACAGGAGAAAGGGCAGAAAGAAUAUAGACAACUUUAGUAUGCCAGGAAAGUUGCGUGGGAUGCCUUCUUUUUACACACCCUUUGAAAAACUAUAUGGAGAUCUCAACCUACUACAGCAUAUAAUAAAGCAAUAUUUUUAUAUGCGGAGAAUAAUGAGAUAAUAAAAAGCUCUUUAUUACUGAAAUUUAUUAAAAUGCUGUUUAGGUGUUCCCCCUCAGUUUCCUAUAUCAUAUGACCUACUAAGAGAUGGUAUAAUAGACAAAUCAUCUCUCAGAUUCUCAAAGAAGUCAGUGAGAGGUUUGACUGUUCGCCCACAUGAAAUUGGCAUUGGUUGUACACCAAGACUGAUGACUAGGACUUUAUACUGGACCUCUUUCUGAGAAGUGUGAUACAAAACAAAGCAGUCCACCGUCGCCACCCUCCACUGACUAUCCUACUCCGUUGAAUUAUGACUUGUGGUUCCACCAGUACCAUUAGGCAGAGAGAUCGCUGGGGAGGGCAGCAAUGGGAUCAUCUAGAUAUUCCCAUUCUCUUGAGCUGCUGCCACAGCAUCAACACUAAUGGCUUGUUGCUGGCCCGUGCUAGCUGGCUCAGCAAGUUUUCUCCCAAUGCAUCGCAAUCAGCACUGUUGCAGAGGAGAAAUCUUGGCUGAGUGGGCAGGCAGAUGCAUCCAGCACAGGCCACCCACUCCAGCUGGCAUGCCGUGUCUUGCUUUGCUCAUAUGACACACAGCGUCAUCAUGUCUGCAUUGCAGCAUUUGUUGGAGGGAACAAGGGUCAGGAGGAGCGGGAAGUCACUGAUGGCAAGGUGCUGGAAAGCAGAGCUGUUUGUGCCAUGCAUUCUGCCCUGUGCUCCCUAGCUCAUAUGCUGCAUUUGAGUGUGGAUGAGGGUGCUAUCUGGUUACCCAAAGUGAAAGCAGAUUCAACUGCCAGUCUGAGCGGUUAUUGUAUGUGGGAUGGAGAAGGGAAACAACUUACUUUCCUUCUUCUCUGGCAGCAAAGUGUAUUGCAAGGGCUCUGAUUUUAUUUUUAUAUAUAGCUUCCCCGCAACUGGAUUGCCUUGUGCAAUUGCUUGUCGUACUGAACCAAACACCUGCGGGUGUUGGGGAAAUGGAUAUCAUACACUUCAGAUGAUUCUUCUACCUGGUGACUAUUAAAUUGUGCAGGUUCCUGUCGUUUUUACUGGUUUUGAAGAAUUAAUCUUGCUAAAACGCAGCUUUCAAUAUUAUUUUAUGGUGUGUUGAUAGAAUAUAUGUAUAACACAUGGAUAUUUUAUGUGUUUUGUGCUUUUAAAAAAGUAUUCCCUCGCUAUAUGAAAUUCAUGAGUUGUAAGAACAAAGCAUUACAGAAAUCAGCAAUGGUGGCUUAUAAAAUGCUAGCAGCCUCAUACUUGGCACUGCUUGGGAAUUCAAAGAAACCAAAAUAAAACAGAGAAAUCAGUGAAAUUUUGGAAGGUUCUGUCCACAUGGAUUCAAAAUGGCUUCCAAUCGCAGGUAAACAUAGACCAACACCUGCUCUUGGGAACAGGUGCAUGCAGUCAGAGAGCAGUAUGGAUCUGUUUGAAUGCCUUCUUGCAAACAGUCCUGGACUUCCCUUUACAGAGGUAAUGUGCCUCUCAUUUGGCUAAGCACAAUCUGAACGGGGAUAGACUUCACAUAUUAAGGCUUGUGUUUGUGUACAAAAUAACAAUGACAAGUGGGGUAAAAAAGCUUUAUUUUUCUGUCUGUUGUAUAGUAUACAAAAUAAAAAUAUUGCUACUUCAGAACAGUGGAGUUUGCUUGGGUUCAUGAAGCAAUGAGAUUGGGUUAGUAAAAAAUUGGGGCCUGGCAAACCAUAAAUAAAAACAAAUAUUUUAUUUUAAAUAGUGGUGAUGGGGGAGUUCCUUUGAAUAUAAGAGUAACCAGACUGGAUCAAUCCAAAGGUCAUCUAGUCCAUUAUCCUGCUUUGCACAAUGUCACCAGAUGCAUCAAGAAGCUUAUACACAGGGCAUGAGGCCAAGAACCCUGUUCUGUUGUUCUCUCUUCCUUCAGCAUAUUCAAAGGUAGACAUCAUCCAAACCUGGUGAGGAUACCUUGGAUCCCGAACGCCUUGUGAAUCGGACGUUUUAGCUCCCAAACACCGCAAACCUGGGAGUGUGUGUUCCGGUUUGUGAACGCUCUUUGGAACCUGAACAUCCGACACGGCUGUAUAUGGAAUAUACAAGUAUAUAGCCAGAACUGUAUAUAGAACCUCCAGGUUCAGAGACAGCCUCCCUCUAAAUAAUCUAAAUAACCUGAAGUUGUGGAGGCUAACAACAGGAAAGGGCUUUGGGUCUCAAACCCUGCUUUGUUUAAACACGUUUAAAAGGGUGUGCAAGCCAGUGGCCAGCACCACAUGAUGUGCUGUGUGAAGAAAUUAUUUCACUUUUGAACCUACUGCUCCCUUUCAAUAUCACUGGAAGAUCCAUAUUUCUGAUGUUAGAGAAAUGAUAAAAAUCUGUGGUAACAUGCAAACGCUUGCAACUUGUAAUUUCUUAUGUACUCAAUCUGUGUCGUGCCAUAUUCAGAAUUAAGUCGCACUAUGUUCAGUGUAAGAGCCGUAGGCUGCAUAAGAUAGCCCAAAUGUUUCUUGUUUAUGUUUCAGAAUUUUGAAACUCUUCAGGCUCAAAAGUAAUUUUUUUUGUAGCCCACAAAUCCUUAUGCCUUAAUAAAUGUUUUAGUCUGUUAAGAUACCUCAAGACUAAUUUUGUGGUACUGUAUUUCAUGUGCUCUUUUUGGGGAGAAGCUGCCUUAUUUUGGCGAUUGUACCAGCGGGCCCCACCACCUUAAUCUGGCCUUGCUUCUGAGGGCUGAGUCCUCCAUGGUCAACAAUUGUCAUGGAUUUCAGAGAAGGCUUCCAAUGCAUACUGCUGUUUGUGGUAUCAAACUUCUUUUGGGUAACUCGUGUAAGAAUGAAAUGUAUUGGAUUGGCUCUGCAGAGAAUAAGCUGAAGGUUACAAACAUGGCAGUUUAUAGAUUUAUCUUAUUUUCUAAACUAUAGACUCGGCAACCUACAACAACUUCAGCAUCUGUGAGACUGUUCAGAGGGGGCAGGAAGGGAACUGCUUGAACUCUUAGUAACACCAUAAGGCUAUGGAAACUUAAUUGAUUAGAGUAGCGAUAGGAACUAAAAAUCCAGAGCCUUGUUAACAAUUUUAGCUGUUGCAGUUCCCUGUGUUGCCCCAAAUGUAAGAUGCUUAUAGGUGUGACGUUAGAGAAGGCUUCUUAAGGCUUUUCAUUUUGUGAUUUCCUUGCAUUUUGGCAGAGAGGGAAUGAACCAGGAUGGAUUUCCAAUAAUAUUUUGUAAGCUUAUUCUUAAUUAUUUGGGUCUCUGAGUGUGACACGAACAACUCCUGCAGAAACUCUUUGAGAGUUGUUUUCAUGCUGAGUCCUUGCAUGUUACAUUAGUAUUUAAUGAUUUUGCACAAUGUAAACACAUUGCUGUUCAAAGCUAUUUUUAUAAUGAGGAACUUUUUAAAGCCAAAAAAUAGAAAAGGAAAAUUUAUAGUGAACUCUUACAGCAGCUGGUUGCUUGGGAUGUGGAAAAAGUAGACCCCAUAAAAAAGAGUAGCAGUACAUCUAUGGACCAAUCCAAACAUUAUGCCAAUUACAUGAAUGCAAUUAAUGUGCACAUUUUUAAUAUAGUAGCCUCUUUCUGCUUCUGCUGUGGUCUGACAAAAAUUGCUUCUCCAAAAAUGUUGUUUGCCUUUCAGGGGAUUUUUUCAGGGACAUAAAAAUCCCCCUCCUCUGCCCUAAUGGUCCUAAAACUACUCCAGCAUCACAAAGGCUGCUGUUUACUUAACCCAAAAAAACACAUUAACUGUACUUGCACAAUUAUAGUGUCAUGUUUGGUUCAAAGCUAUAUAGCCUGGCAAAUCGUAUUCGCGAUGGGACGACGAAGAGUGAAGCCAUGUGGCUGGUGCAGCAGCGAUUUAUGCUGCCGUCCACACCCCUUCGAAGGCACCUGGUUGGGUGCCUGCCCGUGGGCGUGGUGCACCAGCCAGGUGAGUAGGAGGCAGGGGGCCAACGCCCCUUGCUUGAGGCGGAGACCGGCUCCUGCCCACAACCACUCCCCUCUUUUGCAGGAGGAGAGUCUUUGUAACUCAUUGUUAAAGAAUACGAUUUCAAAAUUUGGCCAAGCAUGGAUAGGUAAAUGAUGCCAACCACUUCCCACCAGCACAAACCUCUUCCAGAGAUGAAGCAGAACUCUUGGCCAUGCAUGUAUCUCUGUGCCCAGCUCCUGUUCUAUCUGUACCAUUCUCUUUUACCCUUUUUGACCCUCGCUCCUCCAGCACUAGCUAUGGCUCUAUUUCCUUUCCACUUUGCUUUCAAAACUCCCAGUGAACUCUGUCAUAUGCAGCAUCUGCUGCUACUUCACUGUUUCCCCUAAGAUUCUGGCACCCUAAAGCAACUGCUUAGGUCGACUUUGUAACUAACUAGCUCCAAACUAUAUAUUUUAGAGUUGUGAACUGGACGGUAGUAGUAGUGGUAGUGGUAGUAGUAGUAGUAGUAGUUGUAGGAAUAAUUUAUUUCUACCCUGCCCAUCUGGUUAUUUUUACAGAUCAUAUUUUAAUUUGAGAUGUUGAAAAAGACAACACAAUGUACAUAAUAAUAAUUAUUAGCAUCUGUAGAGCACUUUUAACAUCAUUCUGUGGUUUUUAUAACAACCCUGUGAAGUGGAUGAGUAUUAUCCCCAUAUUGUUGAGACUGAAAGAGAGCAGUUUGCCAGAGACCCGCCUAAUGGGUUUCUACCUGGUGGUAGAGACAAGAACCGAACCACGAGCGUUCAGAUUUGCAGCUCUUUGUAGCUUGUAUAGGUAUUACCUCUGAACACCGUAUACCAGCAUGAACAGGAACCAUAGAGCUGUGUAUGCCAUUCCUGCUUGCUCUGAGCUUCCCACGUUGAGUGAGAAGCUUUGAAGGGGGUCUCUAUGUGUGUUUGACUAUCUUCAAACCUUCCCACUCAGUGCCUCAUACUUUGAUCAGGAUUCCCUGUUCAAGCAUAAUGCCUGACUAAGCAUGUCUUAGGCUGCAGUCCUAAAACACUUCCCAAGUAAGUGCAAGCCCUCUUGAACUCAUUGAGCCUUGCUUCUGAUUAAACGUGCACAACAUUGUAUAAUUAACUCACUGUGUUACACCAGUUCACUUGGAAUGUAUUAUUUUAGCACUAUUACAGGAAUAAAAUUUGAGAGCUAGUAGGAACAGAGUGCUUAUCUUCUGUUGUAUUUCUACAUUUAGAAGCAAUCAUUGGAAGAUAGGCAGACAUAAGUUCAGACUUGAAAAUGCUGCUUCAGAUCUUUGUAUUCUUGUAUGAUACAUACAUAAGCCUAAUUGGAAGACAAAAUAGGCACAUUUUGAUCAUUGCAAAACUAAUAUGGAUGUAAGUAGCUUAAUAUUCAGCUUUUUAAUAGAAUUGUCAGGUGAUGCAAUAUUUGGAUGUACUGUGAAUUCAGUAGUUCUAAUUCAACAUCACCUAGACUUUGAAAAUCCCAAGCUAAAAAUUGCUUGAGCUGAGAUAGGUCUACAAUUUUCAAGUGAUGCUAAUGGUGUUCUGUGUAAAGAUCACAACAUGUUGAAAUUGAAAUUCCAAAGACUUCCGUUGACAAACUUUCUUUUCCUUUCUAUCUCUUUUCUUAGGUUACAUAUUUGGGUAAAGUUUCCACAACAGGGAUGCAGUUUUUGUCAGGUUGCACGGAGAAACCAGUCAUUGAGUUGUGGAAGAAGCACACGCUUGCCAGAGAGGACAUCUUCUCAGCUAAUGCCCUUCUGGAAAUCCGCCCCUUCCAAGUUUGGCUUCAUCAUCUGGACCUCAAAGGAGAGGCCACUGUCCACAUGGAUACCUUUCAAGUUGCACGUAUUGCUUACUGCACUGCCGACCACAAUGUCAGCCCAAACAUUUUUGCUUGGGUUUAUCGGGAGAUCAACGAUGAUUUGUCCUACCAAAUGGACUGCCAUGCCGUAGAGUGUGAGAGCAAGUUAGAGGCCAAGAAGUUGGCUCAUGCCAUGAUGGAGGCCUUUAAGAAGACUUUCCAUAGCAUGAAGAGUGAUGGACGGAUCCACAGGAAUAGCUCAUCUGAAGAAAUGUCUCAAGAAUUGGAAUCUGACGACGGCUGACUUGAACUCAUUACUGGUUAAGCAAAAGCAGAAAAUGGCCCUGGGAAUAGAAGCAUAUAGAUGAAUAAGCAACAGUUCAAUGUGGGAGUGAUGGGGCGCCCAACAUGUGACUGAUCAGCUUUUCAAAAUAAAGAAGCAAUUCAGUAAAUUCCCUAAAAUAUAUGCAUCUUUAUAAUAACUGCACCACAUUGAAAUCUGCUGCUGCUGUUUAAAAAUGUGACGAAACAUUUUUACUUGUGUUUCCAUUUUACCUUCAGCCACAGCUUCCAGCCCCAUUUUGGCCCUCACAGUUCAGGCUCGUCUCAUAAAGAUAAUAAAUUAUUUCAGUUUUGCUUGUUGAAACAAGUGAACAAUUCUAAUGAUAGAAUCCUCUAGGAUUUGUUGCUAGAGUCUUAAUACAGUUGCAAAUGGGAUCCAUUUCUAGAGAAGAAAAUACAAUUUGGUGGCCUACUGCUAAUCCUGUUGACCGUCUCCAGAUUGAAGUAGCUACCUGCAGUCUUUUAGAUUAACAGCCUGAAAAUCUACAUAAACUCACAUUUCACAGUUUGAAUAUUCAGAGAUGCUUAUAUUUACACACUAUAAUCAUAUGCUAUAUUUUAUUUUAUUUUACCUUUUUAAUGUAUCUGCAGCCACUCAUUUUCCACUUUAGCCCUAUAGUUUUUAAAUACAAACUUCCAGGGAUACCAGAAGGCAGGUUGGGGAGCUGGGGGACCUGAUUGUGAACUGUUUUUGAAUGCCUGGGACGACCGAACCACUGCUGAAGAUUGUGAGAGACUGUAAUUUGGUAAUUAAUGAUAAACUUCGGUAAUUAAGCAGUAUAUAAAUAGCUUCAAAAUAAAGAUCCUGGAUAGUUAAUAGUUAAGCUGCCUCACAUGCUUUCCCUCAGUUCUGGCAUGGUAUGAGACCCUUAGUUCCACAGCAGUCUUGCCACCAGCUAUGUCCAUAUUGCCCCCACUUCCUUGGGUAUCAUUUCUUAGGUCCAGUUUGAUCACAGGGUGUCUUACAGUGGAAAGGGAUCAGGUUUGAAAGCAGAUUAUUUGUUGUGAUUCAAAACCUCAUACUAAUAUUUCCAGAACCCUUUUCUGGUCACAGAUGAAAGGGUUCAUAACUUGAGAAAGUUGUUUAUUUGUUUCUUUUAAAAAAAAAUAAUGUUUAAAGGCCAAGCGCUGAUUAAUAGGUUGCAGAUAACGCUGCUCCUUUAUACAUAUAGUCUUGUUCAUAAAUCGUGGUAAUGUUAGGGGCACGAGGGCACCUUACAGAAGCCUUAAAAGAAAGCUAAUCAAAGCAGAUAGCUCUAGCGGUCUGUUCCAUUGUGUGUGAAUAUGUAUACUUUGUAUGUUUGUGUGAGUGUGUGUGUGUGUGUCUGCGUGUGCGAUCAGUGUCACAGCAUGUAGAUUGAUCAUGGGAACAUACUGAGGAGGACUUGCACCUCUUGAAAAUAAUAUGCUUAUUGCUUUCCAAUGUAUGUAAACUAUUCUGCAAUGUAAAGGCAUUCAUACUUUAAUAAAAAAAAAGGUUUGAAUC